UGCUCGCAUUCUCAUCCACACCUUACAAUAAUUUAUACCCAUGUUGUAAGUGACUUAUUGAUUUCAAAAUGGCGAGCUACCAACACCAAAUAAUAGGCUUGGUCCGAUAGUGAGACCUAGCGACAGGAAAUGAGAGCCCGGUUGUUCUUGGUGUUGGCCUAGACGCAAAGGGGCUCAUAAUAAAUAUGGCAGUUCUGUUAAAAAACCAGAUAUUAAAGCAUCUUUCCAAGUAAGCGCACAAUUGAUUAGUUAAUUUUAUUAUUUUAAAUUAGGAUCCAAGCUAUCUUUAAAACUUUACUUUUACUUCUUAUUAUUAAUGUUGAAUAAUUAUGAUUAUCUAUAUUAAUAUUAUUAAUUAUAUAUAUAUUUUUUUAUUAUAGUAUAUUAAUAUAAAUAUAAUAAAUAAUAUGUCUUCUUAUUUUAUAGCAGUGUAUAAGUAUUAGCACUUAAUUAGGGCAUUAUUAAUAAAUUAUAUACUAUUAAUUAUUAAUUAUAUACCAAUGCCAAUAUCUGAAUAUCUAAAACUAAAAAAAAUUAUCUAUCGGUUGUACCAACUAUUACUGCUAUUAGUAGUAUUAUUUACAGUUACAGACAGGGCCUAUGCUACUAUGCUAAAAAUAAAAAAAAUAGUAAUAAUAAUAAUACUAAUGCCAUUUUACUAUUUAUAAAAGGCUCUACCUUGCAUGACCUGUUAAAGGACUAUUAACAUAUAGGCCUAAUUUAUAAUGAUAUGAAUAUGAGUAUGAGUAGAGUAGCAAAUUAUAGUAUAGAUAAUAAAAGUUAUAAGUCUACUACUAUGACUAAGAUCUAUACAGUUGAUAACAGUACUAAGACUUGCAUCCUACUCAAAUAUGACAAAUAUCUACCACACUACUGAGAAUAAGUAGUAGGCCUAUAGUCUAUAGGCCUACUACUAUAGUUAUAGUCUAUAAAAUUUCUUAUAGUUACAGUGGAAUAGUACACAGUAAUUUUAAGCAUUUAUUUUAAUAAUUAAUAUUGUUAUUGUGGAGAGAGGCCUACUACUAUAGUUAUAGCCUAUAAAAUUUCUUAUAGUUACAGUGGAAUAGUGCACAGUAAUUUUAAGCAUUUAUUUUAAUAAUUAAUAUUGUUAUUGUGGAGAGAAGGACUUAGGCUUAGGAAGUUAAAGUAUUUUUGAGUCUGCUUUUUAAAUUUGACAUCCCAGUAUGAUAUUUUAAAAUUUAAAGUGACAUUAACUUUAAAGGUCACUCAGAAGGGAUGCAAUUUAAUUUGGAAAAUUGCAAUAACACAAAUAAAUAUCUACUACUUACUUAUGCCUUUUACCCCGCCUUGGGCAUAGGCCGUCUACAAGAAUUUUUCAUUCAUCUAGGUCCUGUGCUUUCCUUUCCAGGUGUAUCCCAUACUUUUCGCCUGUUACUAACUUGCAUCUCCAUGUAUUCUUUGGCCUUCCUCUCUUCCUUUUUCCUUGUGGAUUCCAAGUUAGGGAUUAUUUGGUGAUGUUUUCUGGGGUUCACAAAGAGUGUGCCAUAUCUACCUCCAUCUUUUCCUUAUGAUGUCUUCAGCAAUAGGGUCUUUGUUACAUGCUGUUAUGGUUUCGAAAAUUUAAUCUAAGUUAAGAUUUAGAAGAAACAAUACGUAACAAGGACUUUAAAAAAGGUAUGUAAAGAAAACGAUACCGAAGCUAUAUUUUGGAUAUUUAUGUUAAUGGUGAUGCCCAAGUAUAUGAAGGUCUCCACUUCUUCCAGUAAUUCCUGCCAGAGAGAUAUGCUCUUGGUUGGCUUUAUGAUCAUUGUUUUGCUACUUAGAGGCUACUAUUUAUAUUGAGAUCGAGCUAUGCUGAAAUGGUGAAUAUAUUUUUUGUAUUUUCUUGAAUUUGUUGCUGGUUGUGGAACGGAAUUGCAAUAUCAUUAGCAAAUUCUUGGUCAUUUAGUUGUUCCCAGGAUGCACACUAUAUCAUGUUCCUCUAUUUUUGUCUGUGGAUUCUUUCAUCCUCCAGUCAAUGGCAAAAAUGAAUUGGAAGUGGGACAACAAGCAUCCUUGUCUGACUCUUCAAUGAUGCGUUAUGUUGAAAUUUGAUCUGUACUUAAUCUGUUUUGGCAAAGGCCAGCCUGUAGAUCUUGUAGCUGCAUGUCAACCUGGUCCUUCAAUUCAUUCUAUUCAGAUUAGUUCCAUUAAAGACCUUUCCUAGUACUGUGUAAAUUCUUUUGUAGCUUGCACAGUUGAUGAGAUCCCCUUUCUUUGGUAUCUUGAUGAGGUGUCCUUAUUUCCAAUCUUUUGGAACUCUCUGUUCUUCCGAUAUCUUUUCAGAGGGUGUAGCAUGUUGACUAUUGUAUCUGCUGUCAUGUUCUCUGUUGUUAUAUUAUCCGGUCUAGAUGCUUUCCUAAUUUUUUAUAUCCUUAGCUAGUUAUUGCUUAUUUUGGGCGCUGUCGUGUAUUUGUAAAUCUUCAUUUCCUGGUUGUAUAUCUAGUGUCUCUGUGGAUGAAGAUCUGUUUGAUAAUUCCUCAAAGCAUUUUACCCAUCCUUUUUGCUGUUCUUUUUGUCAUGUUAUUGAUCUACCUUUAUUGUCUUUGGCUUCUUGUAUCUUCCUGAGAGCUUUCUUGUUAUAUCAUAGAGCUUUUUCAUGUUUCCCUUUCUGGCUGCUGCUUCUGCUGUUGACGCUAGACCAUCUGUGUGUGCUCUUUUAUCCUUUUUUUUACUGUUUUUACCCUGCCAUGACUUCUUUAUAGUUCUGCUGUGCUUUGUUUUCUCUGCUCUAGUGUGGCUGUUGUUUAUUGCAGACCUCAUUUCUUUCGUCUCAUUUAUUUUUUGCAAGAUCUUGAAUGAGAGCCAAGGUUUGUGUUUGUGCAUCAUCCUUCUUAAUACCUUGCUGUAAUGGAUUUGACAGACCUUUUUAUGUUUUGCAUUGAAUUUCUAUCUGGUCAUCAUCUGUUUGGUCUUGCAGUACCCAGGCCUUAUUUCUCAAUGUAACACUGAAUUCCUGUUGUUUUGCUUGUUUGUCAGAAGAGCUAUGUUGUAUUUUAGUCAUCUAGCAGCUUGCUCUUCCCAGUUUUUAUUCAGUCUUAGUUUGAGUCUUGCCCUACAUCCCAUCCUAUCAACGGCCCUUAUGCCAUUAGUGACUCCUUAUGUGCAUGGAGUAUUUUCAUCCUCGUGCCCUGAGUAUAAUAUUAGUGUUUCUCCUGAGGUAAAUUUUAACUGUCCAGCUUGUGUCCGUCUUGUUUCACAAAAGCAGUGUGAGCUUGUAUGUUCUCAUUUCUGACACCAAUGGUGCUGAUUUUCCUGUGUCAUACAUGGUUCUAACAUUUUACAGGGCUAUUGAAAGGAGAUUCGUUGGUUUUGAUGCUUCCAGUAUAACCUAGCUUUGGCCGCAAGGCUUCAUAACUCUUCUACGGGAAGAAGAGCCCUCUCUUAUCAAGGCUGAAAUGGUUUUUUUUCUUUCUUCUUGUUGUUGACGUUCCUGUAGCAAUUUGUUUUUUUACAGGUUAGGUAGCUUGCCUCAUGUCAAUCCUCCUCCUUUUGUACCCGGGCUUGGGACUGGCCAUGGUGAAGUUAAUACAUAUAUAUUAAAUAUGCAUUAUUCUUAUUAUGGCUCAGAAAACGCUUUUGGAUUAUAUAAUUGGUUUUAUGUUGGCCUGGCUUAAACGAUUUGUUCUGUCCUAUAUAAUUGAUCUUUUCAGAUUCACUAAGAAUCUUUCAGGGGAUAAGAUCAAUCUGAGCACACUGAAAGGUGAAGGGGAACUCUCUAACCUGGAACUCAAUGAGGAUAUCUUGACUCAACUUUUAGAGCUGCCUACAUGGCUCAGGAUUACCAAAGCUGUCUGCAACCAUGUACGUGUUAAGGUAAGAACAAAGCAAUUACCCAAGUGUGCAGUUGAGUUGUGAUAAUACUGAGGGACCAAUUGUAAGUAUUUGGUUUUGGUCUUGGACAAAUUGUAGUACCAAAUCAGUUAGUGAACAGUUCAAUUGGCCUGUUUAAAUUUAAUGAAAAUGUUCUCCUUUGGUCUUCUUCUUUUAUAUAUUAAAGGCCCACGAUCAAUUUAUUGGCUCUUAUGCAUGAAGUGGGAUUCACAACAUUUCUGUGCCUGGUGUUGAAGAGGAUAUUUCACUGGUUGUAUUUUAGUCUAACCAAACUCGCAGUGUGCUCUCUUUGCUUCUCUGAUUGAUAUUUUUGGCUUAAUAUGUUUAUUAUUAAAAAAACAACAACUGGAAAAUAUGUAACCAAGCAAAUCUCAAGGACAAUCUCAUAAGCUAGCAGAAGCAUAUGAACAUCAUAUCAAUUGAUUAAUGCACAUUUGUGUCUGGUAUUGUUAAUGUGAUCAAGUGAAUGUUGCUGUGAAUUCCUGUAAUUGUUGAGGUUGUGAUUGAAGUGGCUUUAACUGAUGACCCAGCUGUUGAAUUUAUUGAUUGAAAUUCUAAACUGUCCUCUUAUUUUUUUGGUAAACUACUUGCAGGGAAUGUGGAGAUAAGCUAUCGACUUGUUUACCUUUUGAAAUCCUGGUCUUAAACACCUAUAGGUUUUCUAUUUAUAAGUUUGAAUCUUUGCUUUGUCCAGCCAUAAGUUGAACCUUUUUUUUUUCUAGCCAUAAGUUUGAAACUGUUUAUUAGUUUCGCCACGUUAUAAAGUCCAAUCCCAAGGCAAGGUUUUAACAUUUCCGGUUUUUAAAUAUUUUUUAUAUAGAUUAGUUAAAAGUACUGUGCCAUUGAGUUUAAUAAUAAAAUAAACUACAAUCUUUCUUUGUUCUAUUUUUGAAUGAGUGUUCUACCCCCAACAGUCAGGUUGGCGCUAUUAACACAUUUGAGCAGCUUACAUUUGAGUGUCAUAAAACAUCUUUGCAACUUGUGAGCAAUACUACUUUCGUUGAAUAGAUUUGUUUGUGAUCUUAAGGGAUUCUAAAGCUCUGGGUUAAUUUAACAAAAACAAAAUGUGCACAAUGUGUUAGGAGCCUCUGCCAGUAUGAAUAUAGUUUAUAGAUUGAUUAAGGUAAUCAAAAGAUAGUUGGGGUGUGGAUUAGCACUUACCAAUGUCUGCAUUUCACAUUUAUAUUAAGUAUCUUUAAAGUAGACUAAUGUACACUGUAAAUCUCGUGGACACCCACAUCUAAUGCCAGGAAACUUAUAUAUUGCUAUUUUCCAUAAAAAAAAAAAAAUAUUUUGGAAGGGGGGAGUCGUGAGGUUCAAUAAGCAUGGGACGAAUAUCGAGAUUGUGAUCUUUUGGGAAUUUCUUGGUUAUUGAAGAGCUCGUACGGGCAUCAGUUCACAUUCUUUGGCAUUUCAGUAUUUUGCGUGACUGCAUUGGGAGGUGGAAGCUGGGGGGGGGGGGGGAAAAAAACGGGGCCGUCAUUUAAUCUUCAGACAUUUUAACAUACGACAUUGGUCUAGUCUUGCGGGAGGGGGGGGGGCUGUGGACUGGGUGACCACAGUGUUGUCCAGUAGUAGCUCAGUGCUCUGCAACAUUUUUUCACUCACGACACACCCAGGCCUGCCCCAGAAUUUUGCUGCACACCGCACUUUAAGAAAUAAACUAAAUGAAUACUUGGAACGUUUGAGCUUUGGCCGAAUUCAUAGCUCUGCAAUAGUCGACUUCAAAGCCAUUGUCUGUUCAGCUGGUGUUAUGCUUUCUUUGUUGAUACUUGUUUUGUGUUAUCAUCUAGUUCUCUUUGGGACAUUUUUUCAUAGAGAGGAAAACAUGCAGACACGUUUUUAAAAAUGUAUUAGCGUUUUAUUUGGCUCCUUACGAAUGAGUUGGCCCAAUGCCAACAUGUCACGCCAAGUUGGCCAGUAGGUGAACUCGGUCCAAUGCCAACAUGUCACGCCAAGUUAGCCAGUAUGUGAACUCGGUCCAAUGCCAACAUGUCACGCCUAGUUGACCAGUAGGUGAGCUCGGUCCAAUGCCAACCUGUCACGCCAAGUUGGCCAGCAGGUGAACUCGGUCAAUGUCAACAUGUCACGUUAAGUUGGCCAGCAGGUGAACUCGGUCCAGUGCCAACCUGUCACGCCAAGCUGCCUGUCUUUGAUUGGGCAUCAGGUGUAAUGGCUUCUCCUAUACAUUCAUCACCACCCAACAUUAAUCAUGGCCUCAAAUUUAUAUAAAUAUUGGAAUGUGCUUAUCUUAUAUUACGUUUGCUUAAGUACCUACCUAUGUUUAGGGAAAUAUCAACUUAUUUUAUUUUAGUAGUGCUAUCUACUAACUAAAACCUUGUGCAUUUCAAAACCAAUCCCACUGCGAUAUUAAAUUAUAUUAGCCACCAUUAUUAAAUUAUGGAAAAAAUGUCAUAGUGUAUAUAGGAAGAGUUGAUUUUCAAAAGGCAGUAUCCACCACUUUUGGAAAAGAACAACAACAAAAAAAACUUGACCUAUGUGUAGAGCAAACCAGGUUCCUUUAGGACAUGGUCAAGUUUAUUUACAAAACAUGUCAUAUUCCUAUUUUAUUCUUGUUUAAAAAAUAUUUCCUUCUCUAAAGACAAUAUGUAAUGUUUUGUAAAAAGUUGAAUAAUCUCAAAACCCCAACAAUGGAUAUGCAGCCUUUUGAAAAUCAGCUCCUCUGUUAUCAAUUAAUGUUGUAGGGAACGCCUGGUCUUUAAUGUUGUAGGGAACGCCUGGUCUUUCCAUCGCAAUUUGUUGUUUAUAGCUCACAAAAUGACCGCAUAUAAAGACCACCGACUAGCCCCCUGGGUCACGUGUAAAGACCACCGACUAGCCCCCUGGGUCACGUGUAAAGACCACCGACUAGCCCCCUGGGUCACGUGUAAAGACCACCGACUAGCCCCCUGGGUCACGUAAAGACCACCGACUAGCCUUUGGGUCAGCAUGAGAUGAGUUCAUCUCCGUCAUUGUUGUUAGCUGUCGCCUUGAUAAAGCCGUGUAUCUUAACUUGUUUAUUCACCGGCCUUUCCCGUCAGAUCUCCAGACUGAUUCAACGAGGUAAGCUCAGUCCUAAUAAUGCUGUUUAUUACUUUUCUCAAUGUGCAGUACGUACGCUCUGUUCCACCUCAUUGCCUUGUACUACAGAAAAAAAGGUAUCGCCUUCCAGUAUUUAACCGUUAACCAACCCACACCCCCUUUCAGAUGUAUUUGUAGAUCUAAUUCUUAAAAGACCACUCACACCCCCUUUCAGAUGUAUUUGUAGAUCUAAUUCUUAAAAGACCAUUCACACCCCCUUUCAGAUGUAUUUGUAGAUCUUAUCCUUAAAAGACCCUUCACACCCCCUUUCAGAUGUAUUUGUAGAUCUAAUUCUUAAAAGACCCUUCACACCCCCUUUCAGAUGUAUUUGUAGAUCUUAUCCUUAAAAGACCCUUCACACCCCCUUUCAGAUGUAUUUGUAGAUCUAAUUCUUAAAAGACCAUUCACACCCCCUUUCAGAUGUAUUUGUAGAUCUAAUUCUUAAAAGACCCUCCACACCCCCUUUCAGAUGUAUUUGUAGAUCUUAUCCUUAAAAGACCCUUCACACCCCCUUUCAGAUGUAUUUGUAGAUCUUAUCCUUAUAAGACCCUUCAAACCCCCUUCAGAUGUAUUUGUAGAUCUCAUCCUUAAAAACUUGGUAUAAUCCCACCCCUACCUCAAUACGAUAAUGCUCCACAAAGUGGGCUCAGAUUUCUUUUGGAGACCUAGGAGCAGUUAAACAUUGUCUUAAGGUGUGGGCAAUUGCUCUAUUCAUAUACAGCUUUACAGCAUGCCUUCAUAGUACUAUACCAUUGUUCAAAUGGACGUUAACGUUGGUUGUGACAAUCUCACAUGAAGUUUUCUGGCCUGGUUCUCCACAGAUCUGGAAGUUAACACCACGUGACAGCAACACAUAUUAUUGGGCAUUCUUUGACCAUUUGAAACUGCCUGAGAUGAGGAUGUCUUCCCUCAUCAAUCCUUGACAUUAGUACGGCUGUGUUCUUGACAUUAGUGCAUGUAUAUCUGUCUCCUUGACAUAAGCACGCCUUUGUCCUUGACAUUAACUACGUCUGUGUCCUUGACAUCCGCUCUAAUUCUUUGAACUUUUUUAUUUGGCUACAUCCGAUCUAGGUCAGUUUAAACCCUUUUAUUUGACUACAUCCGUUUUUUGGUCAGCUUAAACCUCUUUAUUUGGCUACAUCCGUUUGUUGGUCAGCUUAAACCUCUUUAUUUGGCUACAUCCGUUUGUUGGUCAGCUUAAACCUGUUUAUUUGACUACAUCCGUUUGUUGGUGAGUUUAAACCUCUUUAUUUGACUACAUCCGUUUGUUGGUCAGCUUAAACCUCUUUAUUUGACUACAUCCGUUUGUUGGUCAGUUUAAACCUCUUUAUUUGACUACAUCCGUUUGUUGGUCAAUUUAAACCUCUUUAUUUGGCUACAUCCGUUUGUUGGUCAGCUUAAACCUCUUUAUUUGGCUACAUCCGUUUGUUGGUCAGCUUAAACCUCUUUAUUUGGCUACAUCCGUUUGUUGGUCAGUUUAAACCUCUUUAUUUGGCUACAUCCGUUUGUUGGUGAGUUUAAACCUCUUUAUUUGAAUACAUCCGUUUGUUGGUCAGCUUAAACCUCUUUAUUUGACUACAUCCGUUUGUUGGUCAGUUUAAACCUCUUUAUUUGGCUACAUCCGUUGGUCGGUCAGCUUAAACCUCUUUAUUUGACUACAUCCGUUUGUUGGUAAGUUUAAACCUCUUUAUUUGGCUACAUCCGUUUUUUGGUCAGCUUAAACCUCUUUAUUUGGCUACAUCCGUUGGUCGGUCAGCUGAAACCUCUUUAUUUGACUACAUCCGUUUGUUAGUCACCUUAAACCUCUUUAUUUGGCUACAUCCGUUUGUUAGUCAGCUUAAACCUCUUUAUUUGGCUACAUCCGUUUGUUGGUGAGUUUAAACCUCUUUAUUUGACUACAUCCGUUUGUUGGUCAGCUUAAACCUCUUUAUUUGACUACAUCCGUUUGUUGGUCAGCUUAAACCUCUUUAUUUGACUACAUCCGUUUGUUGGUCAGUUUAAACCUCUUUAUUUGGCUACAUCCGUUGGUCGGUCAGCUUAAACCUCUUUAUUUGACUACAUCCGUUUGUUGGUCAGUUUAAACCUCUUUUUUUGGCUACAUCCGUUUUUUGGUCAGCUUAAACCUCUUUAUUUGGCUACAUCCGUUUGUUGGUCAAUUUAAACCUCUUUAUUUGGCUACAUCCGUUUGUUGGUCAAUUUAAACCUCUUUAUUUGGCUACAUCCGUUUGUUGGUCAAUUUAAACCUCUUUAUUUGGCUACAUCCGUUUGUUGGUCAAUUUAAACCUCUUUAUUUGGCUACAUCCGUUUGUUGGUCAAUUUAAACCUCUUUAUUUGGCUACAUCCGUUUUUUUUGUCAGUUUAAACCCUUUUAUUUGACUACAUCCGUUUGUUGGUCAGCUUAAACCUCUUUAUUUGGCUACGUCCGAUUGUUGAUCAGUGGCUACACUCGUUUGUUGGUCAGCUAAAACCUCUUUAUUUGACUACUUCUAUUUGUUGGUCAGUUAAACCUCUUUAUUUGAUUACGCCCGUUUGUUGGCCAGUGGCUACAUCCGUUUGUUGGUCAGUGGCUGCAUCCGUUUGCUGAUCAUUGGCCUCAUCCGUUUGUGGGUCAGUUUAAACCUCUUUGAUUGUUCGGAUACGUCCGUGUGUUGGUCAGUGGUGACCUUUCAGACUUACUCUUCAUAAUGCUUUGUCUGGACUAGACCCCAUCUUUCCUUUCCUCCGUCUCACGGCCGUAAUACUCAACACGCAUACCGUCGAAGUCAGUAAGUCAAAGCGCAGACACUGUCGGGGGGGGUGAUGCGGAGAUGGGCGGUUGGGGUUUGCAGGGGGGGGGUAGACGUUUCAAUUACUCAAGAGAUUAUCGUGAUUUAUUUGCACGAGACACGCCUUCUGUUACGAAUGAGCCGUGCAUGAUGUAGCCAAUAUUGUGCCAGGAUAUAUGGACUGGAGUAAUGGUACAUAAACUCAGAGUCCCUUCUGUUCAGUUAGUCUUUGGAUGUAAACUUUGAGUGGGUGUUAGUCUGGUUUUCUGUAUGUUUGAGUGUAAAAUAAAAAUGCAACAUUGGACACCAUUUUUUGUAGCGUGGAAAUGGGAUAAUUCAACGUUUGUAAUCGUGUCUUUUACUUUGCUUGAAAAUUAGAGGACCAUCAUCAGGAGAGUUUAACACUGAUCAGAAUGCUGGGCCAUAAAAUAACGUUAUAAUACAGACUCUCAAGCGUGAGUCGUACAGACAUAAUCAUAAAAACAUAGUCAUUCGGAUACAGUAAAACCUCCGUUUUGCGACCCUCUCUUAAACGACUUCCUUCAACAUACGACCUGGAAACAAUUCACCGAUGCUUGGUGCUAUAUAAACGACCUCUCUUAAACGACUCCUCUACAACGCGACUUGGAACCCUCAAAUAGUUCAAUUUUACGACCUAGCACCUGAAAAAGUCCGAUUCCAAAGCAAUGCUAUAUUUGUGCGCUUGAAGUAAUCAGUUUCGUUGACAACUUCUAACCGCAGACGAUGAACUAAAGCAGCUAGGAAGCAGUGAGGGUGAAAAAAACGCUUCCACCGUAAAUUUCUCUUUUGCAAUACUCCAAGGAGCUGACCAGAUUCGCCGUGAGCGGUGAGCGGGGGGCCUUUCGGACCUUGCCCCCCCCCCCCCCCCCAAGACCAUGCCCGGGGGGGGGGGGGCGCGCAUACAAACAAAAAAAAAAAAUUUUUUUUAAAAAAACCAGAUUCGCCGUGAGCGGUGAGCGGGGGGCCUUUCGGACCUUGCCCCCCCCCCCCACCCAAGACCAUGCACGGGUAGGGGGGGUCGUGCAUACAAACAUAAAUAAAAAAUUCUUUUUUAAAAAGGAACAACAGUUUUGAAUGAUUGAACAAAAGCAAUUGCAACAGUAUUAAUUGUCUUAUCUUGUACAUAAACAGCUGUAACUCUAAACACACAAUCUGCACUUACACACGCUUUUAAACAACUACCAUACCAGCAUUGAUUUUUUUAAUUAAUGAGGAACAGGAAGAUAGAGACUGUAUUGGUUGUGCAUUUAAUCUAUAUUUCUUAACGAAAGAUGGUAGAUAUGGCCUAUACUUGCCUGUACGUGUACCUUUUUUUUUGGUAUUUAUUUUACAUGUUUACUCCAUUUUCUAAAUGUCGUUUUUCGAAAAUGUCCUACCUCUUUUUUUAAGACAGUUCCAAUUUACGACCCCGUUUUAAUGGCAAUUUAAAGGUCGUAAAACGGAGGUUUUACUGUAGUUGCAUUUUUGAAAGCUGCAGGAGUUGAAUUGACAUUUUGUCCGUAAACAAUGUACAGAUUUGGAAUAGUUGUCCGUAAACAAUGUACAGAUUUGGAAUAGUUGUCCGUAAACAAUGUACAGAUUUGGAAUAGUUGUCCGUAAACAAUGUACAGAUUUGGAAUAGUUGUCCGUAAACUAUGUACAGAUUUGGAAUAGUUGCCCAUAAACAAUGUACAGAUUUGGAAUAGUUGUCCGUAAACAAUGUACAGAUUUGGAAUAGUUGUCCGUAAACAAUGUACAUAUUUGGAAUAGUUGUCUGUAAACAAUGUACAGAUUUGGAAUAGUUGUCCGUAAACAAUGUACAGAUUUGGAAUAGUUGUCCGUAAACAAUGUACAGAUUUGGAUUAGUUGUCCGUAAACAAUGUACAGAUUUGGAUUAGUUGUCCGUAAACAAUGUACAGAUUUGGAAUAGUUGUCCGUAAACAAUGUACAGAUUUGGAAUAGUUGUCCAUAAACAAUGUACAGAUUUGGAAUAGUUGUCCGUAAACAAUGUACAGAUUUAGAAUUGUUGUCCGUAAACAAUGUACAGAUUUGGAAUAGUUGUCCGUAAAUGUUUAUGUUUUUGAGCCGGAAACCCUGGAAACAAAUUAUUUCGAAUCAUUGCGUGGUUUUCCUAUUGACACACACACACACGAAGUUAAGAAAACUCCUCCAUUUCAUGACCGUGAGGCUAAACUAUUUCAAUUUGUAGUGUCAAUGAAGGUAAUGACAUACAAUCUAUUGUAAUGUAUGUAUCAAUUAUAGUCAUUUAUUGUGAUGUGUGUCAUAUGUCCAACGCCAACACCAUUACAUAAUGCAUACAAUCGUCCUUUCCUCGUCCCACCCCCUAGCAUGCAAGACGAUAUUUAUCACGUUACAGUCGCUGUUAUUUCCAUUUCUUUCUGCACCAAACCUUGAAUAAUGUCAUACGCCAUAUUCCCGACUAAAGGAAAAGUUAAACGAGAAGCAGUCUUCUCUAACGAGAAUUUUUCAACUUACAACUUCUUGUGGCUGGGAGAGUGGCCAGAAAAUAUCUUGUUAGUUUGACUUGACUUGUCUGGAAUGUUGCCGGGGAUGUUUGCCUGGACCGUAACUUGGGGGGGGGGGUGGACUUAUCAAGAGAAAUAGCAAUGUUUGGACAACAAUAAAUUCUUGUUUGAGUUCGUGAGUUCUCAUAGUUUGUCGUCGAUUCUAGAAGAAUGUUGAGUCGGAGACUCGAAGACCGAUCGUAUUUUUGGGUGCAGUGCUGGAAUUUUUUGUGUCGAUUAAACUUUAACCUCACGGUGUUUAUAUCUUCUUUUAAGGGAUAAGUGCAACAUAGCGUCAUGGAGUCUCAUUUAUUUGGAGAUUUUUACGUUGACUUUGGAGUUGUUUUCGGUGAAAUUCGUAGGUGUCGUAGCCACAAGCACCCACUCCGCAACUGCCCGCGACUAUACAAAACCAUAAUGAACUACUAAUCUAAUAAGAUAUCUUAAGAAUAACAGCAAGCCAUCGAGCCGAAGCUUAUUUAAGCCAUCCUCAGCGCAACCCCUUUUUCCCCCCAACCCGAAAAUCCGACACUUCGGGCCACAAAGCGGCACGCCUGAAAGACUCCGCCACCGAGAUAGCCCCACCCGCCGCCCACUCGAUUGACCAAGAAAGUGGGACAAAACAACCAAGGAGCACAUGAAAGCUACGGACCUGAAAUACACCCCUUCCCAACCCGGGGUGGCCUCAGACGCCCUCUAACCGGGUUUCUGCAAAUGAUUUUCUCCCUCGUGAAAUAAGUCACUAAGCAGCCGGGAAGAACGGUUGCCUACGAACCCUCAAAGGCUGUGCCUGUAUGAUAGAAUCAUCUGCAUGAGUUGUCGCAACCCAUGCCUCAUGUUCACUAGCGACAACUUGUAAUCAUGAUCCCGACCUGUUUCUGUCGUUAUAUUCAACUGUAUUUAGUGUAAUUGGGUAGGUACCAUACAGCAGUGGUGUUGCUGACGCAGAUAUCAUGCAAGACCCUUGUCUCCCUACGUAAAUCACCUACAUGGUGGUGCUGUGCCCCGGGUAACGCCAAGGGGUGGGUGAAAGCACCGUUUAAUCUGCAUGUCACGACAGACAUAUCGACUGGAGCCCCGGGGAACCACUCAAAGGUGUGAAAACAGCACUGUUAGAGAUCAAAGAAAUCCGACGUUCAUCACACCAGAAACGCCUGCUUCAUUGAGGUGACGCGAGCUUUGGAUGCAGCUUCGUAGUAUUGGGAACUUAAAAACAAGUUUGUGUCGGUAAAGAUGAUUUUAAUUCUUCUCCGAUUUUUCAAAGAGUUGGAGAAAACACAUUCUUAGCUUGAUACAUCUCCGGAAUGUUAUGAAACUGUCCACAGCUGUAUAUUUAUGCAACAUCUGAUUGACUCAAAUUUCGGCUUAACCAACAUUUCUGGGAACCUUGCAGCAGUGCUGUUUAUACCAGGCAUAUUUCACGGAUAGGUCUACUAUUAAUGGCAUUUACAUUCGCCAAAUGACCAGAAAGAUUGUUUAAAAAGUGAACUGGAUGGCUCCAUAGCUCAAACGACCAUCUUAACCAUCCUUGAUAAGUCUUAAGCAUCAUUGCUUGAUACCAUCUUAACCAUACUAGAUACAAUUUUAAUCAUCCUUGAUACCAUCGUUCCCAUCAUUGAUACCGUCUUAACCAUCCUUGGUACCAUCUUAACCAUCCUUGAUACCAUCUUAACCAUACUCGGUACCAUCUCGACCAUCCUUAAUACCGUCUUAACCAUCCUUGGUACCAUCUCGACCAUCCUUAAUACCGUCUUAACCAUCCUUGGUACCAUCUCGACCAUCCUUAAUACCGUCUUAACCAUCCUUGGUACCAUCUCGACCAUCAUUACUUACCGUCUUAACCAUCCUUGGUACCAUCUCGACCAUCAUUACUUACCGUCUUAACCAUCCUUGGUACCAUCUCGACCAUCCUUAAUACCGUCUUAACCAUCCUUGGUACCAUCUCGACCAUCCUUAGUUUAAUACAUUAACUGGGCCGCGCCCCCUCCCCCCCUUUUUCUGCCUCGUUCGCUAUUUGUGUAGUCUGACUAGGAUCGAUACCUUGUGUUUUGAGUACUUAGAUUUACGCACUUCCUGUUGCAUGUCUUCGGGCGACAACAGCUCCGUUCUUCUGUUCCUGUCAUGCCAUGUGCUAUAAAGAAUGGAGCUGGCCCUCGCCAUAGAAGGCGUCUGAUGGCUGUCGUAAAGGUUCCAGUUAAAGGUAUGAUGCGUCUGUGAUGAGAUGCGGGGCCUCGCACGUUCUGUGCUUCGUCUGCCACCAAGAGCUGUUUACUUGGCGUUAACAAGGGGAGGAGUCCUUCGUCUGCCACCAAGAGCUGUUUACUUGGUGUUAACAUGUGGGAGGAGUCCUUCGUCUGCCACCAAGAGCUGUUUACUUGGCGUUAACAAGGGGAGGAGUCCUUCGUCUGCCACCAAGAGCUGUUUACUUGGUGUUAACAUGUGGGAGGAGUUCUUCGUCUGCCACCAAGAGCUUUUUACUUGGCGUUAACAAGGGGAGGAGUCCUUCGUCUGCCACCAAGAGCUGUUUACUUGGUGUUAACAAGGGGAGGAGUCCUUCGUCUGCCACCAAGAGCUGUUUACUUGGCGUUAACAAGGGGAGGAGUCGGGGGGGGGGGAAUAAAAACACCUCCUUAAAAGUGACAAUAAGAUCGAUGUAAUGGUUUCGAUAUGAAGGGAAAUUAAUGAACGUUUAUUGAUUGAUCUAACACAGCGGCAUGGCCGUGAAUUAGCCCUUCACCGGACUCUCGUACCGCUCUCAACGCCCGACUGAGGUGGGAGGCCAUUUCGAAGCUGACCAUGGCCUGGUCGGGCCGGGGAUUUAUUCGGGCAGGCGAGGACAGGCGGGAAAUGCGAGGGUGGGGGGGGUGAGGUAACAAAAUGAUUUCCCAGGUCCCUGUGAGUGAGUCAACUUGAUUCUGUUGGCUGGACGUGUGGGAGUGGUGGAAACUGUCGUGCAUACUACUCUUUUGCCUUGAUGUAACAUAAGUUAAUUCUUUCUUAGAUCUGUUGUUACGGUACUCUUUUGCCUUGAUGUAACAUAAGUUAAUUCUUUCUUAGAUCUGUUGUUACGGUACUCUUUUGCCUUGAUGUAACAUAAGAUACUUCUUUCUUAGAUCUGUUGUUACGGUACUCUUUUGCCUUGAUGUAACAUAAGAUACUUCUUUCUUAGAUCUGUUGUUACGGUACUCUUUUGCCUUGAUGUAACAUAAGAUACUUCUUUCUUAGAUCUGUUGUUACACUUUUGCCUUGAUGAAACAUAAGAUACUUCUUUCUUAGAUCUGUUGUUACACUUUUGCCUUGAUGUAACUUUUAUAAGUUACUUCCUUCUUAGAUCUGUUGUUACACAUUUGCCUUGAUGUAACAUAAGUUACUUCUUUCUUAGAUCUGUUGUUACACUUUUGCCUUGAUGUAACUUAAUAUAAGUUACUUCCUUCUUAGAUCUGUUAUUACACCUUUGCCUUGAUGUAACAUAAGUUACUUCUUACUUAGAUCUGUUGUUACUCUUUUGCCUUGAUGUGAUAAGUUACUUCCUUCUUAGAUCUGUUGUUACUCCUUUGCCUUGAUGUAACAUAAGUUACUCCCUUCUUAGAUCUGUUGUUACACUAUUGCCUUGAUGAAAUAGUAGAUACUAUUUUUCAGACCUGUUUUUACACCAUUGCCUUGCUCUAACAUACGACACUUCUUUCUCAGAUCUGUUCUUACACUAUUGCCUUCAGGUAACAUACGAUACUACUUUCUCAGAUCUGUUCUUAAACUAUUACUUUGAAAGCUUGUUCCAGUCCCUGAUUGUCUUGAGCAGGAAUGAGCAGUUCCUAUACUGGCUUCUUGCUGGUAUGAGCCUGAAUUGCCUUUUAUGGCCUCUUAGCUGUCUAUAUGGGAGAGGGACGAGUUUCUGUUUAAUACUGGAACAGAGGACCAGCCCAUUAUUUAUUGGAUUGUCGUCGUCGUUUCUCCAAUGGUGACCAGCCUAGUGUUUCCAGCAUGCUGCCAACACUAGAGGUAUUCCUGUAGCGGUUUAGGAUAAAGCGUGCUGCCCGUCGCUGGACCGCCUCCAACCUGUCAAUGCUGUUCUGGGUAAAUGGGUCCCAGACUGAAGAUGCCUAAUCUAAAGCCGGACGGACAAAUGCUUUAUAUGCUAUUUCUUUUACAAAGAAGUUGCCAAUCUUUAGAUUACGCCUUAAGAACCCCAGGGUCUUGUUUGCUUGGUUACAUACAUUGUAAAUAUGCUGGUCCCAGCGGACCUCUCUUUGAUUGGUAACACACAGGUACUUACACUAUUGCUUGAUGUAACAUGAUAUACUAAGUUCUCAGAUCUGUUCUUACACUAUUGCCUUGAUGUAACAUAAUAUACUACUUUCUCAGAUCUGUUCUUACACUGUGUCUUGAUGUAACAUAAGAUACUACUUUCUCAGAUCUGUUCUUACACUGUGCCUUGAUGUAACAUAAGAUACUACUUUCUCAGAUCUGUUCUUACUCUGUGCCUUGAUGUAACAUAAGAUACUACUUUCUCAGAUCUGUUCUUACACUGUGCCUUGAUGUAACAUAAGAUACUACUUUCUCAGAUCUGUUCUUACACUGUGCCUUGAUGUAACAUAAGAUACUUCUUUCUCAGAUCUGUUCUUACACUGUGCCGUGAUGUAACAUAAGUUGCUUCUUUGUAAGAUCUGUUGGUAUCAUCUUUAUUUAAUUAUAGCACGCAGAAGUCUACAGAACUCCGUGACUUCAGGAAAGUUGUUGUGAAGCGCCAUAUAGUAAUUUAUGAAUGUCAAUAUUUAAAAAAAAAAUUGUUCAUGGGGAUAUUAAUCGAUGCAUUUAGUUAGUCUUUUUAAAUUUAAAAUAAAAGAAAGAAAUAUAAUCAACUCCCUGCUGGAUGGUGUAUUAAAGUGUAAAACUACGGGACUGGUUGUCGCAGACGCAAGCACAGUUACAGUUGUAAGAUUUGUUAUUAAAUUUAGUUUAGAAAUGCCAACUCUGAAGAAUAGACGAACAUAUUUUUUCAUGUCUAUAGCAUUCUUCCGAUGAGAAAUCAUUAACUAUUUGCCUCUCCGUACAUUUCUUUCUGUUCUAGGGUACAGUACAUUUCUUUCUGUUCUGGAGUUCUAGGAUGCAGUACAUUUCUUUCUUUUCUGCAGUACAGUACACUUCUUGCUGUUCUGGGGUACAGUACAUUUAUUUCUGUUGUAGCGUACAGUACAUUUAUUUCUUUUCUGGGGCACAGUACAUUUCUUGCUUUUCGAGGGUACAGUAUAUUUCUUGCUGUUCCUGGUCGUGAUAUGGACCAUCCUUUACAUUCUAUAGAUAAAUACUGUCCCUCAAGACACCACAUAUAAAUACUGUCCCUCAAGACACCACAGAUAUGUCAUUGUCACAUUAAGACUCUUGGAUCCCCUGGGUUACUCUGUAUAUAUUCUGUUGGAUUUGAGAGACCGUAGUCACACUCUUUAAGGUUACUAUUGGCUUGUCGGGGAUAUGGUCCAGGUCUGUAUAGUUUCUAUUGGAUUUGAGAGACCGCAGUCCCACUCUAUGGUUACUAUUGGCUUUUCGGGGAUAUGGUCCAGGUUGUUUAGUUUGCUUGAUUUGAGAGACCGUAGUCCCACUCUAUAUGGUUACUAUUGGCUUGUCGGGGAUAUGGUCCAGGUCUGUAUAGUUUCUAUUGGAUUUGAGAGACUGUAGUCCCACUCUAUGGUUGCUAUUGGCUUGUCCGGAAUAUGGUCCAAGUCUAUAUAGCUUCUUUUGCCUUGUACAGUUUCUAUUGGCCUUUGGGGAUAUUCUGACCUCCUAUUUUUAAGUGAAUUCUGUGAGAUACAUUUUUUUAAAGUGUUUAAAAGGUUUACAUUUAGAACUUAAUCUUGUCUUCACUCAAGAUGGCACCGGGGUUUUCUUGGGCUGGGUUUCUUGUCUCAUUAAUGUCAUCAGAAAUUAGUUAACUUAUAACGCUGUAAACUCCACCUGCCUUCAUCCGAACUUAUAUACUAGCUUCCUUGAUCCGAACUGAUAUACUGGCUUCCUUCAUCAGAACUGAUAUACUGGCUUCCUUCAUCCGAACUGAUAUACUAGCUUCCUUGAUCCGAACUGAAAUACUGGCUUCCUUCAUCCGAACUGAUAUACUAGCUUCCUUGAUCCGAACUGAAAUACUGGCUUCCUUGAUCCGAACUGAAAUACUAGCUUCCUUGAUCCGAACUGAAAUACUAGCUUCCUUGAUCCGAACUGAAAUACUAGCUUCCUUGAUCCGAACUGAUAUACUAGCUUCCUUGAUCCGAACUGAUAUACUAGCUUCCUUGAUCCGAACUGAAAUACUAGCUUCCUUGAUCCGAACUGAUAUACUGGCUUCCUUGAUCCGAACUGAAAUACUGGCUACAAGAUAAAAAAUGGGCUGGUCCACUGUUCCAGUAUUAAACAGAAACUCGCCCCUCUCCCCCACAGACAGCGACGAGGCCAUGACAGGCAAUUCAGGCUCAUACCAACAAGAAGCCAGUAAUCAGAAGAAGUUAUCAGACCAGCAUUUUGACGCAGUUAUCAGACCAGUAUUUUGACAAGUUCAUCAGACUAGCAGUGUGACAAAAUUAUCAGAUCCGUGUUCAGCGUCAUAUAAUACUUCACAAUAGAAUCACGUAUGCCACUAUAAAGCUUUAACAUCACCGACUGUUGUCGUCGGGUGUUCCUCAUAUAUAUAUAUAGGCCGGUAUCACACAUGUAUGUAGGCCGGUAUUCCACAUGUGUGUAGGCCGGUAUUCCACAUUAUGUCUGCCGGUAUUCCAUAUAUAUGUAGGCCGGUAUUCCACAUGUAUGUAGACCGGUAUUCCACCUAUAUGUAGGCCGGUAUUCCACAUGUAUGUAGACCGGUAUUCCACAUGUACGUAGGCCGGUAUUCCACAUUAUGUCUGCCGGUAUUCCAUAUAUAUAUGUAGGCCGGUAUUCCACAUGUAUGUAGACCAGUAUUCCACCUAUAUGUAGGCCGGUAUUCCACAUGUAUGUAGACCGGUAUUCCACAUGUAUGUAGGCCGGUAUUCCACAUUAUGUCUGCCGGUAUUCCAUAUAUAUGUAGGCCGGUAUUCCACAUGUAUGUAGACCGGUAUUCCACAUGUAUGUAUGCCGGUAUUCCACAUGUAUGUAGACCGGUAUUCCACAUGUAUGUAGGCGAUGUCAAGUGUUGCUUCCCUUAGUGGAAGUCAAUGUUUCUAACACAAUUCAUACAUUGUUUUCAUUAGAAAAUAGUUUAAAAAAUUUCUCCGCAUUCCCUUUUGUUUUCCCGACAUAAAUGGAACACGUAAAUACUAGUUAAAUUAACCAAAUAAUAACGAACAUUUAUCCAUUAUGAAUGCAUGUACCAAAGGUUUACACUCUUGCUUUCAAGUAGUUGACAUAGAUAACACUAUACUAUACAUAAGUCUUCUCUCUUCAUCAAAUCUAUUAUUCCAUAGAUAACACUAGACUACUAUGCAUAAGUCUUCUCUCUCCAGCAACCUUAUUAUUCCAGUGCAACAUCCCUGUUCCCAUGGCAAUCUAACCACCUCAGCUUUAACAGCGACCCCUCUUCUUCAUAAAGUGAACACACUGUAAACGUUGUAGGCCUACACCUUCAUGGACUCGAUACGGGACUGGCUAAUCCUUGAUACACAAAUUAAGUUCUUUUCUAGUGAAUUACCUCUCAGCAUUUCUGUUUGAUGUCGGUAGACGGGACGUAACGCGUCAGCUGCCCAGUCCGUGGGAGGUGGGAGACAAUGUCCACAGACCUUGACAUUUAAGCGGAGGACCUGGGAUCACAUCUCGAUACGAGAUGGUCUGGGUGGGGGUAUCGGAUGGGGGUGACCAGUGUGUGGGUGUGAGAUGACCAGUGUGUGGGUGCGAGAUGACCAGGGUGUAGGUGUGAGAGGACUAGUGUGUGAGCGUGAGAUGACCAGUGUGUGGGCGUGAGAUAACCAAGGUGUUGGUCUGAGAUGACCAAGGUGUUGGUGUGAGAUGACCAAGGUGUGGGUUUGAGAUGACCAAGGUGUGGGUGUGAGAUGACCGAGGUGUCGGUGUUAGAUGACAAAGGUGUGGGCGUGGGAUGACCAGAUAUGGGUGUCAAAUGACCAAGGUGUGGGUGUGAGAUGACCAAGGUGUGGGUGUGAGAUGACCAGGGUGUUGGUGUGAGAUUACUAGUGCAUGGGUGUGAGAGGACCAAUGUGUUGGUGUGAGAUGACCAGAGUGUGGGUAUGAGAUGACGCCGGUGUGGGUGUGAGAUGACCAGUGUGUGGGUGUGAGAUUACCAUGGUGUGGAUGUGAGAUGACAAGGGUGUGGAUGUGAGAUAACCAAGGUGUGGAUUUGAGAUGACCAAGUAGUGGGCAUGAGAUGACCAAGGUGUUGGUGUGAGAUGACCAAGGUGUAGGGAGUAAGAUGACCAAGGUGUGGGAGUGAGAUGCCCAAGGCGUGGGCGUGAGAUGACCAAGGCGUGGGCGUGAGAUGACCAGUGUUUGGGCGUGAGAUGACCAGUUUGUGAACGUGAGAUGACCAGUGUGUGGGUGUGAGAUGACUAGUGUGUAAGCGUGAGAUGACCAGUUUGUUGGCGUGAGAUUACCAAGGUGCCGGUCUGAGAGGACCAAGGUGUGAAUGUGAGAUGACCAAGGUGUGGGUGUGAGAUGACUAAGGUGUGGGCGUGAGAUGGACAGUGUGUGGUUGUGAGAUGAUUAGUGUGUAAGCGUGAGAUGACUAGUGUGUAAGCGUGAGAUGACCUGUGUCUGGGCGUGAGGUAAACAAGGUGCUGGUCUGAGAUGACCAAGGUGUGGGUGUGAGAUGACCAAAGGUUGGGUGUGAGAUGACCAGUGUGUGGGCGUGAGAUGACCAGUGUGUGGGCGUGAGAUGACCAGUGUGGGCGUGAGAUGACCAACGUGUGGGCGUGAGAUGACCUGUGUGUGGGCGUGAGAUGGGCAGGGUGUGGGAUGACUAGUGUUAAGCAUGAGAUGACCAGUGUGUGGGCGUGAGAUGACGAAGGUGCUGGUCUGAGAUGACCAGGUUUGGGUAAAAGAUGACCAGGUGUGGGUAAAAGAUGACCAAGGCUUGGUUGUGAGAUAACCAGGGUGUGGGCAUGAGAUGACCAAGGUAUGGGAGUGAGAUGACCAACGGCUGGGCGUGAGAUUACCAGUGUUUGGGCGUUAGAUGAUCAGUGUGAGUGUGAGAUGACCAAGGUGUGGGUGUGAGAUUACCAUGGUGUGGGAGUGAGAAAACCGUUUGGUUGUGAGAUGACCAAGGUGCUGGUCUGAGAUUACCAAGUUGUGGGUGUGAGAUGACCAAGGGUUGGGUGUGAGAUUAACACGGUGUGGGCGUGAGAUGACCAAGGUUGUGGGUUUGAGAGUACCCAAGUAGGGCGUGAGAUGACAAAGGUGCAGGUCUGAGAUGACCAAGGUGUGGGUGUGAGAUGACCAAGGGUUGGGUGUGAGAUUACCAGGGUGUGGGAGUGAGAUGACCAAGGUGUGGGUGUGAGAUGACCACGUUGUGGGUGUGAGAUGACCAGUGUGUGGGCGUGAGAUGACCAGUGUGUGGGCGUGAGAUGGACAGUGUGUGGUUGUGAGAUGAUUAGUGUGUAAGCGUGAGAUGACUAGUUUGUAAGCGUGAGAUGACCUGUGUCUGGGCGUGAGGUAAACAAGGUGCUGGUCUGAGAUGACCAAGGUGUGGGUGUGAGAUGACCAAAGGUUGGGUGUGAGAUGACCAGGGUGUGGGCGUGAGAUGACCAAGGGCUAGGCAUGAGAUUAUCAGGGUGUGGGCGUGAGAUGUUCAGUGUGAGAUGAUCAAGGUGGGGAUGCGAGAUUACCACGGUGUGGUUGUUAGAUUACAAGGGUGUGGGUGUGCGAUGACCAAGGUGUUGGAGUGAGAUAACCAAGGUUGUGGGUUUGAGAUGUCCCAGGUAAGGCGUAACGUGACCAAGGUGCUGGUCCGAGAUGACCAAGGGUUGGGCUUGCGGUGACCAGGGUGUAGGCGUGAGAUGACCACUGUGUUGGGCGUGAGAUGAUCAGUGUGAGAUGACCAAGGUGUGGGUGUGAGAUUACCACUGGUUGGGCGUGAGAUGAUCAGUGUGAGAUGACCAGUGUUUUGGUUUGAGAUGACCAAUGUGUUGGUGUGAGAUGACCAGGGUGUCGAGUUAGAUGACCAGGGUGUGCGUGUGAGAUGACCAUGGAGUGGUUGUGAUAUAACCAAGGAGUUGUUGUGAUAUCAGACCUGUUUACCCCCAAACUCUUAAAAUCGUACAGUAUCAUCACAAAAUCCUUCAAUACAUUAUCUUAAUAGUAAAAAAACACACAGUGUAUAUAAUGCAUACACCUCAAAAUCGUACAUUGUACGCUAAAAUCGUAAGAGUAAACAGGUCUGUGAUAUAACCAAGGAGUGGGCGUGAGACGACCAGGGUGUGGGUGUGAUAUAACCAAGGAGUGGGCGUGUGAUGACGGGGUGUGGGUGUGAGAUGACCAGUGUGUUUGUUUGAGAUGACCGAUGUGUUUGUGUGAGAUGACCAAGCGGUGGUUGUGAUAUAACCAAGGAGUGGUUGUGAUAUAACCAAGGUGUGGGCGUUUGAUGACCAGGGUGUGGGUGUGAGAUGAGAGGAAUGUGGUUUUUAGAUGACAAGGGUAUUAGUGAGAUAAACCAGGUGUGGGUUUCAUGUGACCAAAGUGUGGGCUUGAGACGACCAAGGUGUCGGUGUGAGGUGACCAAGGUGUGGGUGUGAGGUGACCAAGGUGUGGGUGUGAGGUGACCAAGGUGUGGGUGUGAGGUGACCAGGGUGUCGGUGUGAGGUGACCAGGGUGUCGGUGGGAGAUGAUCAGUGUGUUCGCGUGACAUGAGCAGUGGGUGUGCGUGAGAUGACCAGUGUGAGGUAACCAAGGUAUGGGUGUGAGAUGACCACGUGUUGGGUUUGAGAUGACAAUGGUGUGGGUGUGAGAUGACCAAGGUGUAGGUGUGGGGUAUUACCAAGGUGUAGGUGUGUGAUGACCAAGGUGUGUGUAUGAGAUGACCAAGGUGUGUAUGAGAUGACCAAGGUGUGUGUAUGAGAUGACCAAGGUGUGUAUGAGAUGACCAAGGUGUGUGUAUGAGAUGACCAAGGUGAGGUUUUGAGACAGAACUGUUUAUUUUUACGAUUUGGCGUACAAUGUACGGUUUUUACGGUUAUUUGUGUACUCUCAUGAUAAUGUAUUGAAAGAUUUUGUCAUGAUAUUGUACGAUUUUAAGAGUUCGGGGGUAAACAGGUCUUUUGGGAUGACCAGGGUGUGGGUGUGAGUUGACUAGUGUUGUUGUCGUUAGAUGGCUAGUGUGUGAGCGUGAGAUAAAUGAGUGGGCCUGAGAUGAUCAGUGUUUGGUCCUGAGAUGACCAGUGUGAGGGUGUGAGAUAACCAAGGUUUUGGGUGUGAGAUGACCAGGGUGUGGGUGUGAAAGACCAGUGUUUGGGCUUGAGAUGACCAGAGUGCAGGCUUGAGAAGACCAAUGUGUGAGUGUCAGAUUACAUGUGUGUGGGUGUUAGAUGACCAAGGUGUGUGUGUGUGAUGACCAACGAGUGUGUAUGAGAUUACCAAGGUGUUGUCUUAAGAUGACCAAGUCGUGGCUGUGAGAUGAUCAAGGUGUGGGUGUGAUAUGACUAAGGUGUGGGCGUGAGAUGAUCAGUGUGUGGGCGUGAGAUGACCAGUGUGUGGGCCUGAGAUGACCAGGUUGUGGGUAUGAGAUGACGAAGGUGUGGGUGUGAGAUGACCAGUGUGGGUGUUAGAUGACCAGGGUGUGGGCGAAAGAUGACCAGUGUGUUGUCGUCAUAUGAUCAAGGUGAUAGUGGUUAUUAUAUUGUUUAAAUUCCACGACAGGCAGCGGUGCAAACGAUUGUGUCCCUUCUUGGCAUACUGAGACGUAUCUACGUACACUAUUACACUUGGGCCCUUUGCCAUGUCUUUGGAAUGGAUCAGUUAUAAAUGUGCACACAAUGAUAUCUAUUAUAAUUAUUGUUAGUAUUGUAUAUACAUAAGUCUGUGUUACGAUUGAAGUGACACAAGACUGUUUUAUGAUUGUACAGACACAAGGCUGUGUUACGAUUGUACUGACACAAGGCUGUGUUACGAUUGUACUGACACAAGGCUGUGUUACGAUUGUACUGACACAAGGCUGUGUUACGAUUGUACUGACACAAAGCUGUGUUACGAUUGUACUGACAAGGCUGUGUUACGAUUGUACUGACACAAGGCUGUGUUACGAUUGUAUCGACUCACACACUUGUGUUCUCUGUGGAUGGGUACACCAAACUUUUUAAGACUUUCUACACACUUAAACUUCUUUAGAUUAUUAUAUUUAAAAAAAUAAUAAACAUUUAUUGCCUCCCCGGGCCUCAGACGUGUAAUGUUUACGUAAUGUCCCUAACUGUUAUGACAAGGUUGGCCCCCGUGGCUAUGUGUGGGCCGGCCACAAUCAAUCGUGGGCAUAAUUGCCAAUCAAUAUCUGCCUAUGUGUGCAAUGUAGUACAAUUAUGCCGUUAUGAUUUGAAGUGGUUCCAUAAUUGUAUUUGUUGUAUGUUUUUCUCUAACGGGGACGUAGGAUUGCUGUUGUUACUCUUUGUUACCGGGUGGCAUAAACUUCUGUUCAAAAGUGUUAUCGUGUAGGGCUUCGGUGCAUGCAGUACUGUAGGUGUUCGGUGCAUAAUGUACUGUAGGUGUUUGGUGCAUGAAGUACUUUAGGUGUUUGGUGUAUUAAGUACUGUAGGUUUCGGUGCAUGGAGUACCGUAGGUGUUUGGUGCAUGAAGUACUGCAGGUGUUUAGUGCAUCAAGCAUUGUAGGUGUUUGGUGUAUUAUUUACUGUAGGUGUUUGGUGCAUGAAGUAUUGUAGGUUUCGGUGCAUGAAGUACUUUAGAUGUUCGGUGCAUGAAGUAAUUUUGUGUAUAUUUAGUAGUGUCAGGGGUAUACAGUUUAUACUGAGCACUUGUGUAUCACGACGUACAUCCACUGGUUAUUGUUUGUAUCACAAACCCGGGUCUCAACCUCUACCCUUAACAUUUUAUCUAUUACCUUGUCAAAAUAACAGCAUGGCCUCGAAAAUGGAAGCCAAUGAUUACGCGUGAUUAAUGCUCAUUUCACACAAUCACAUUUUUCGUCAAAUGGUCGGCAAACUUAUCUUUGAACCCACUAUGUUCUAACAGAAAAUAGAUAGUUCAAAGACAAAUUCGACACAAAUUAGAUCGUGUGAACUGAGGAUAAGUCUCGUGUCUGUGUAAUUAAUUGUAUACAGUUGAUAGUAGCGGUUGAGCAAGAAUUAAAAUGGCAGCCGGCAGAGAUGGUAAUAUCGUCAAUUUUAGAAAAGGUUUGUUUUGUCGAUUCCUAGGGCACCGUUCCCGAAAUGGUGUUCCGUAUAACGGCGCCGGCCCGCGGGCCUUACGUUGCCGGUCCGCAGAGCAUUAGUCAAGAAACAUGCUUGAGUCUCAUUUCAAAACAAAAACCCAGAGUGUCGGGAGCAUAAAAACUCUCCCCGCGCUGUAGGCUACAAGAGAUACAUGGAAAGCAAACAAUUCGUGUCUGUUAGAAUUUAUGUCAAACCUUUCCAUUAGAGGGCCGCACAAAAUAAAGCCUGCUCAAUGUAAUCAACAUUUCUUGACGUUACGAAGUUCAUGCCUAAACUGGCAACCGCGGGAAAUGUUUCUAUUGGGGAAACUAGGGAGGAGGAUGCCAGAUUAACACGUGAUAAUAACAGUUUAACAAGUUGAUUUGAGUUAAGCUGAACAAUUAAGUUCACAAACAUAUGGUCCAUUCAAUUAUCUUUCUUUUGAUACCUCAUUUUGUCUUACAAACCCAACAAUAAUAUUUUAAAUAGUUUGUUUUUUAAAAUCCCAACCUCUCACGUCUGGUACCCUUGUGCGAAUAGCCACUUCGUUAGUUUAAUAACGCUAUUUCUUGGUUGUAUCGCAGGAUUUUCCUAAUACUGUGCCGUUAAUGUUAUCAUGUUCUAUUGACCUGGAGUUACCGUGUUGUUCUCGAACUGUGACAAUGAUGAUAGCAAUGAAAAUAACAAGAAGCAAUCUUCACCAACAGAGUACACUCACGGGUCAUUGAAAUUAUAGCCCAUGAACAUAUUGAUCUGAACACAAUACGGUGGGUGGAACGUGGAGGGUCUAGUUACUGGUUGGACUCGCAACCGAAAGGUCGGGCUCGGAUAUCUGAGGUCGGUCUAUACUGGAUGGCUGGAUGGUCUAAACUGAGUCAACCCCCACAUUAAUGUACUCGAGUUCAAUCUCUAGCCAAAGCACCAACAUCACUCCGGUUACUUGGAUGACAAUUCAUCUAAGUGGAGGCAGACCUCAAAUCAAACUCCGGAGAUGGAGUCCCGUAGGUGGUAUUGACACGAUGAACGCAUCAAGAGCACAGUGAAACUCACCAGACACACUGCUGGUCAUUGCUGCAUUUCUGUCGUCUUGACCUUGUCUUGCCAUUUGGACAAAUGGCUGUCUUGCCAUUUGGACAAUUGGCCGACACAUUGAGCAACUCUCCCUUACUAAAAAAACCACCACAAUACAGCUCAAGUCAAGGCUACUGCUCAAGGAGAAAAAGGCCUUGGUCAUCCUCGAAUGCAAAGGACGAACAUGAAGAUCUCACUGGACAAGGUGGCCGUGUGCGUGCGUUGUUCAUCAUGGAUGUUCUCUUCAUUUUCACGUGCUUCUAUCUUCACGGCCGAUAUUUUGUUGAUCGCUUUUGAUCAUUUUGGAAAAUGAUUCUGGUAUCAUUAUGUCUGUUUUACUGCGACCAUUUUCUCCACAGAAAUCCCAAUCAUUGUGUCUGACUGCGACCACCUUCCCUACUGAAAUCCCAAUCAUUUUGUCUGUUUUACUGCGGCCAUUUCCUCCACUGAAAUCCCAAUCUCUCAAAAUUUUAAAAGCGCAGACAUAUAAUUUGAACACAGACAAAUUCAUUUACGUUACUGCAGUGAUUAAACUACUUAUAUUUACUUCAUAUACUCUGACCAAGGCUCGCUUAGAAAAACCCACAGAAUCACGUUAAUUUUUGGUCGUCGUUUUUGUGUGUGUUUUUGUUCCACGCCUCCAUCGGUUUGCCGUUUUUGGAAGUACAUUUUGUUACGUCUGUUCAUUGUCAAGGUUUGACCAAACGAACCACAACACGAGCUCUCUACCUCAGUCUUUCAAUACAAUGUCCUACAUUUUUCGUGUACACCCCUCAAGAGGGUGUCAUUUUAUCUUAUACUUCUUACUUGGCAUCAGAGGCGUCGUAGGACUGGCCGGAAUACCGUGUACUGAGAUUUCCUGCUCCAUCGUUAUGUUCUGGUGGUGCCACACUUGACCACACACCUGACGUUGCCACACUUGACCACACACCUGGCGUUGCCGCACGUGACCACACACCUGACUUGCCACACUUGACCACACACCUGUGUUGCCACACUUGACCACACACCUGGCGUUGCCGCACGUGACCACACACCUGCCUUGCCACACGUGACCACACACCUCCCUUGACCACACACCUGACUUGCCACACUUGACCACACACCUGUGUUGCCACACUUGACCACACACCUGUGUUGCCACACUUGACCACACACCUGGCGUUGCCACACGUGACCACACACCUGACUUGCCACACUUGACCACAUACCUGUGUUGCCACACUUGACCACACACCUGGCGUUGCCACACGUGACCAUACACCUGGUUUUGCCACGUGUGACCACAUACCUAGUGUUGCCACACUUGACCGCACACCUGGUAUUGCCACCCUUGACCACACACCUGGUGUUGCCCCACUUGACCACACACCUGUCGGUGCAACACUUAUCCUGACGUCCAUACUGUCCUUGCGUCCAUACUAUCCUAGCGUACAUACUGUCCUUGCGUCCAUACUGUCCCAUACUGUCCUGGAGUGCAUACGAUUCUGACGUCCAUACUAUCCUUGAUUCCAUACCGUCCUGGCGUUCAUACCGUCCUGGAGUCCAUACUGUCCCAUUCUGUCCUUGAGUCCAUACUAUCCUGGCGUCCAUACUGUCCUGGCGUCCAUACUGUCCUUGAGUCCAUACUGUCCUGGCGUCCAUACUGUCCUGGCGUCCAUACUGUCCUGGCGUCCAUUUUGUCCUGGUGUCCAUACUGUCCUUGAGUCCAUACUGUCUUUGAGUCCAUACUGUCCUUGAGUCCAUACUGUCCUGGCGUCCAUACUGUCCUUGAGUCCAUACUGUCCUGGCGUCCAUACUGUCCUGGCGUCCAUACUGUCCUGGCGUCCAUACUGUCCUGGCGUCCAUACUGUCCUGGCGUCCAUACUGUCCUGGCGUCCAUACUGUCCUGGCGUCCAUACUGUCCUGGCGUCCAUACUGUCCUGGCGUCCAUACUGUCCUGGCGUCCAUACCGUUCUGGCGUCCAUACCGUCCUGGCGUCCAUACCGUCCUGGUGUCCAUACCGUCCUGGCGUCCAUACCGUCCUGGCGUCCAUACUGUCCUUGAGUCCAUACUGUCCUGGCGUCCAUACUGUCCUUGAGUCCAUACUGUCCUGGCGUCCAUACUGUCCUUGAGUCCAUACUGUCCUGGCGUCCAUACUGUCCUGGCGUCCAUACUGUCCUGGCGUCCAUACUGUCCUGGCGUCCAUACUGUCCUGGCGUCCAUACUGUCCUGGCGUCCAUACUGUCCUGGCGUCCAUACUGUCCUGGAGUCCAUACUGUCCUGGCGUCCAUACUGUCCUGGCGUCCAUACUGUCCUGGCGGGGAACUAUUGGCCAAACUUUUGUCGCGAAAUGACGGGCUGUAAAACAAGAGCCCAUAAUAAGACGUUAAUAUCUUGUGGGCUGGAUAAGUCUAAGGGUAUAGAGUAGCCACGAUAGCUUAAUCAUGAUAAUAUGCCGUUGUCUGUUAUCAUUGCUCAAGUUAUCUGAGGUAUGAUUGUAAACAAUAAGGAAUUGUAAACAAUAGUAGAAUCACGGCAACAGAUGGAACGGAAAUAAUAGGUUGGUGGGGUUGAGGUACGUAGUUGGAAUCUUUUUAAAUACUUGGGAUAAAACCUAACUUCCUUCACUGACUGGAGAUAAAACCUAGCACCCAUCACUAUCUAGAGAUAAAAACUAAAUUCUUAUCACUAACUAGGGAUAAAUCCUACCAUCCAUCGCUAAGUAUAAAUACUAACAUCCAUCACUAAGGAUACAACCUAACAUCCAUCACUGACUAAGGAUAAAACCUAACAUCCGUCACUAAGGAUACAACCUACAAUCCAUCACUGACUAAGGAUACAACCUAACAUCCAUCACUGUCUAAGGAUACAACCUAAAAUCCACCACUGUCUAAGGAUACAACCUAAAAUCCACCACUGACUAAGGAUACAACCUAAAAUCCAUCACUGUCUAAGGAUAAAACCUAAAAUCCAUCACUGUCUAAGGAUAAAACCUAAAAUCCAUCACUGUCUAAGGAUACAACCUAAAAUCCAUCACUGUCUAAGGAUACAACCUAAAAUCCACCACUGACUAAGGAUACAACCUACAAUCCAUCACUGUCUAAGGAUACAACCUAAAAUCCAUCACUGUCUAAGGAUACAACCUAAAAUCCACCACUGACUAAGGAUACAACCUACAAUCCAUCACUGUCUAAGGAUACAACCUACAAUCCAUCACUGACUAAGGAUACAACCUAAAAUCCACCACUGACUAAGGAUACAACCUACAAUCCAUCACUGACUAAGGAUACAACCUAAAAUCCAUCACUGACUAAGGAUACAACCUAACAUCCAUCUCUGUCUAAGGAUAAAACCUAAAAUCCAUCACUGUCUAAGGAUACAACCUAAAAUCCAUCACUGUCUAAGAAUAAAACCUAAAAUCCAUCACUGUCUAAGGAUAAAACCUAAAAUCCACCACUGACUAAGGAUACAACCUAAAAUCCACCACUGACUAAGGAUACAACCUAAAAUCCAUCACUGACUAAGGAUACAACCUACAAUCCACCACUGACUAAGGAUACAACCUACAAUCCAUCACUGUCUAAGGAUACAACCUAAACUCCAUCACUGUCUAAGGAUACAACCUAACAUCCGACAGUGCCUAAGGAUAAAACCUAAAAUGUCUGACAGCUCUGUUGGUAGAUGCGUAACUGUGUGGUAUUGAAUUCUUUAGCGAGACAUAUAUGUUAUGGAAUCCUUUUUGUGAGACAUAGAUGUUAUAAAAGGAAACCUGGGAUUGUUGGGUGUAGGGUGGUUUCAUAUGCCAUGGUUGCGAACCCGUUGCAAAGAAAGAAUAGGGCCACAAAACAAACACAAUAUUCACCCUUGUUAUACAAUGUAAGGAUAUCGCCUUGGAUAUCUGGGAAGUAGCUUUACACAGAAAUAGUUACAAAAGGAAAGAAAGAAAACACAAUGUUUUCUAAGAAAUGUCUUUAUCUUAGAUGGCGUGCUACCAAGAGAUAAUAAAAAUUUGUGGUGGCAGGAUAGUGAAUACAUUUGAUAAUGGUUUGGGAGAACGAACAUCUAAGAUAAACGGGGCAUGAUAUGGUUAUGUGGACACAAAAUAUGGGCCACUGACAUGUGUGAUGGUUGUUGAAAACACAAAAUACGGGCCACUGACACGUACGAUGGUUGUUGAAAACACAAAAUACGGGCCACUGACAUGUAUGAUGUUUGUGGAAAACACAAAAUACGGGCCACUGACAUGUGUGAUGGUUGUUGAAAACACAAAAUACGGGCCACUGACACGUACGAUGGUUGUUGAAAACACAAAAUACGGGCCACUGACAAGUAUGAUGUUUGUGGAAAACACAAAAUACGGGCCACUGACACGUACGAUGGUUGUUGAAAACACAAAAUACGGGCCACUGACAUGUAUGAUGGUUGUUGAAAACACAAAAUACGGGCCACUGACAUGUAUGAUGGUUGUUGAAAACACAAAAUACGGGCCACUGACAUGUAUGAUAGUUGUUGAAAACACAAAAUACGGGCCACUGACACGUAUGAUGGUUGUUGAAAACACAAAAUACGGGCCACUGACAUGUGUGAUGGUUGUUGAAAACACAAAAUACGGGCCACUGACAUGUGUGAUGGUUGUUGAAAACACAAAAUACGGGCCACUGACAUAUGUGAUGGUUGUUGAAAACACAAAAUACGGGCCACUGACAUGUAUGAUGGUUGUUGAAAACACAAAAUACGGGCCACUGACACGUAUGAUGGUUGUUGAAAACACAAAAUACGGACCACUGACAUGUGUGAUGGUUGUUGAAAUGGUAAAAAUGGUUGGUUGCUUCAACAUUACAGAACCACGUUGGUUGUUAACACUCCCCAAAAUGUUGGUUCUCUGGACACAAAGAAUUGGAAUGGCUUGAUGCAGUGUCAUCACGAUCUCGUUGACACGUAGCGAUACGUCUCUUCAGCAUCAUAUCAAUUGUGUGUCCCGGGGUGGACACGGGAUUACACGCAUCAGUAGAGCUGGCCUGGCGGGCGCUGGAUGUAUGAAAGGUGCCGGACGGAUAGAUCACUCCAGAUCAGCAAUGUUUCAUCUGGAAGCGAGGGAUUGUUGCGGGUAUCAUGUGAUAGAAAUGGCUUUGUCUCAUCUUGUCGUGGCAUGAUAUCGUCACAUGACCACCGGGACAUAGGCGAUUUCUGAAACAGUAUUGGUAUUGGAAGCACCAGCGUCAAAGCAAGAACAACAAUGACUUAUGUGGAACAAAAUGUAUACAAACCUACCGUAUGACAACCUCAUUGAUCUAAUGCUAAAUGCCUUAAAGACGCGUCCGCCUGCUGUUGACACGAUGAAUCAAUGAGAAACGUUAACCAAAGUGUGGAAGAGAUCUUUAGAUCAGUGGAUGAGUGCAUGUUACUUGUCAAGUUAGGUGCGUUAGAUCGGAUGACGUCAGAAGAGCACAGUUGGUGCAAAAGCUCACUAGUUUAGAUUAGGUAUUUAUGGAAAUGAAAAUCUCCUAAAGAAACCCGUAAUCAAUUAGAUCUAUUAUCCACCCCCCCUUUCUUUUUCCUUUAAAGUUUUUAAAGAUAAUAUAUUAUCUUUUCUUCUCAUUCACCAUUUUAUUAUGUCCAAAUCCUCUUAUAAUUUUCCUCACUGUGCUCUCUCUAUCUCCCUAGUUGUUAUUCAUUCUAUAACUCCCUAAUUGUUAUUCAUUCUCUAUCUCCCUAGUUGUGGUGAUGCACUCUCUAUCUCCUUAGUUGCUAUUUUCUAUACAGUCGAACCCGGUUAUGUCGACAGCCUCGGGGUUUGCCAAAAAAAGCGUCGAGAUAACGGAUGAUCGAGAUAAUCGAAAACCAAUAUAGUGGCAAUAUAUUAAAAUUUGCUAGAAAUUUCUGUAUGUACACGAAGUGUGUUUACAAUGAGAAUGUACAUGCACGUGUUUUCAGAGUUUUUUUUUACACAACAGCGUAACCACGAUAUGUUUGAUGCAGCGAUCGGCAUGCUAUAAAAAUGCACAUACAUGUUAGCUAACGACACAAGGCAUAUGACAUAUGUGGGGUGCCACUUUUCCGGAUUAUCCCAGAAUUCCUGGAUUCGUGAGGAUACAUAUUUUUCAGCUCCGGAUUCGCGAGUUUUUAUCUUCUCUGGCUCUGGAUUCGCCAUUUCAGUUCACUCAAAAUACGGAUUCCGUUUUUUCAACAACAACAAAAAAAAAAAUUAAAAAAAUCAACGUGUAAGAACGCGUGAAAGCCUUUUUAGCGACACGCCCCGACACACUCAAGGACUACAGAACGAAUGUUACCACAACGUCUAUUGUGUCAUCUUCUGCUCCCGCCCCGACACACUCAAUGACCACACAACAACUGUUGCCACAACGUCUUUUGUGUCAUCUUCUGCUCCCGCCCCGACACACUCGAUGACCACACAACAACUGUUGCCACAACGUCUUUUGUGUCAUCUUCUGCUCCCGCCCCGACACACUCAAUGACCACACAACAACUGUUACCACAACGUCCUUUGUGUCAUCUUCUGCUCCCGCCCCGACACACUCAAUGACUACAGAACGAAUGUUACCACGACGUCCAUUGUGUCAUAUGUCAUCUCCUGCUCCCGCCCCGACACACUCGAUGACCACACAACAACUGUUGCCACAACGUCUUUUGUGUCAUCUUCUGCUCCCGCCCCGACACACUCAAUGACCACACAACAACUGUUGCCACAACGUCUUUUGUGUCAUCUUCUGCUCCCGCCCCGACACACUCAAUGACUACAGAACGAAUGUUACCACGACGUCCAUUGUGUCAUCUUCUGGUCCCGCCCCGACACACUCGAUGACUACAGAACGAAUGUUACCACGACGUCCAUUGUGUCAUCUUCUGGUCCCGCCCCGACACACUCGAUGACCACAGAACGAAUGUUACCACAACGUCCAUUGUGUCAUCUUCUGCUCCCGCCCCGACACUCAAGGACUGUCACAAAUUGUUGCUAUACAUAUAAGUAUAAGCCAAGACCUCAAAAAUCUAGUUAACUGCUAUAAAUUACUAACUCAGUAUCUCUAGUACACAGGUUCUCAAGCAACAAUCACAUUCAUAUAGAAGCAAAGUGACCCUUACAAUAAUAUGUGGGGUUUGGGGGGGGGGGGGAGAUCUUUUAAGAAGAGUAAAUUCUUGGAGGGGGAAAAAAAUCAAAAACUUAUUUUUUUAGUACAAGUUUUUUGGGGACAUUUUUAGUGGCAGGAAUGAAAUUGAAACUUUAAGACACAAAUAAACAUUUAAAACACAAAUAAAAAAAGCAACAAUCACAUUCAUAUAGAAGCAAAGUGACCCUUACAAUAAUAUGUGGGGUUUGGGGGGGCGGGGGGGAGAUCUUUUAAGAAGAGUAAAUUCUUGGAGAGGGAAAAAAAUCUAAAACUUAAUUUUCUAGUACAAUGUUUUUGGCGACAUAUUUAGUGGCAUGAAUGAAAUUGAAACUUUAAGACACCAAUAAAACUUUAAGACACCAAUUAAAUGAGAAAACUUUAAGACACCAAUUAACCAAGAAAACUUUAAGACUCCAAGAAAACUUUAAGACACCAAUUAACCAUGAAAACUUUAAGACACCAAUUAAAUAAGAAAACUUUAAGACACCAUUAAAUAAGAAAACUUUAAGACACCAAUUAAACAAAGCUUUAAGACACCAAUUAAAUAAGAAAACUUAAAGACACCAAUUAAAUAAGAAAACUUUAAGAGACCAAUUAACCAAGAAAACUUUAAGACACCAAUUAAAUAAGAAAACUUAAAGACACCAAUUAAAUAAGAAAACUUUAAGACUCCAAGAAAACUUUAAGACACCAUUUAACCAAGAAAACUUUAAGUCACCAAUUAAAUAAGAAAACUUUAAGACUCCAAGAAAACUUUUAGACUCCAAGAAAACUUUAAGACACCAAUUAAACAAGAAAGCUUUAAGACACCAAUUAAACAAGAAAACUAUAAGACACCAAUUAAACAAGAAAACUUUAAGACACCAAUUAAACAAGAAAACUUUAAGACACCAAUUAGACAAGAAAACUUUAAGACGGCAAUUAAACAAGAAAACUUUAAGACACCAAUUAAACAAGAAAAAUUUAAGGGUUAGGUGGGGGUUAGGACGCAGACGGCAGAGCUUAGUGACGCAGAUGCGCACGAGCACUGCCCCUUGCGCACAUAUUUCUGGCGGCUGGAUAGCAACAGGGAUCCUACCUGCCGACAUUGCAGCAUGGCCCCGGAGACCCCAGAGCACCCGUUGACCGAAUGUCCCUCACUGGAUCUCCCGGGGGAAGCCAGGGCGGUUGGAGGACCCUUUGUGAGGGAAAUGUUGUAUGGCUCAGCUCAACAGAUGGAGUUGAUAGCCAAUUGACUAGCCGGGGUCAUAAGAGAGUAAUCUCAGACCCUCACCAGAAUAUGUGUGUUAGUUAGUGACGGUUUCGAAACUGGGGAUAAGCAGCGGAAAAUGAAGCAACUAGUAAGUAGUCAGUGACCGAGCUCUCAACAAACAUUAACAUACAUCAAGAGAUUAUAACCAUUACACAACUAUAAAAACGGAUUAUAUUUGUUCAUUAAACUCAUUUUCUCCCGGUUUUUUUCCGGGAUCCUGGGAUGAGGAAAACUUCCUUCCCGUUUCGCCGGGAUAAGCAACAGCCCAGUAAAUGAGGACCGCUGGUAUCAGCACACUAAAGCACAAUUAAAGCCAAGUUCAAUGGAACCAUUCUGCCAUCAUUGUCUUAUUGGGCUGACGUUUAACUCGUGUGCGUACAAGCGUAUCAAGCGUUGAGUGAGACUUGAUCUAUCCGGACCCACUCCUGGUACCGUCACAGCAUCGACGGGCUGAAACUUGAUCUAUCCGGACCCACUCCUGGCACCCUCACAGCACUGACGGGCGUCACUGUCGAGCCGUUCGGACCAUUGUUUACAUUGAACGCUUUUUAAAUCCCUUAUAUGAACAGCGCAAUUCGCUUGUGGUUGGCAAAAAUCUUCGGACACCUAAUUGACCCACUUCCCGACGGCCUAUCGAGCUGAAACUUGGCACAUAGACAUAACACAUUCGACCGGUAUCAAAUUUUGAGCCAAGCCCCCAACCCCCGAAAAUAACAGUUUUUCCUGUUUUUCCAAUGGGAACAUGAAGGCAAUAUGAUGACACUAAUUUCACGAAAUAAAAUUCCCGAUAACUGCGCCCAAUGAUAUUCUUUCAGACAAAUAUAAAUACAAAAUCGCACGUGCGUUUGAUGCGUAAUAUUCUCAUUUGUUUUUUCUGAAAUCGUGAAAUAAAUCUGCGAUGUAAACGUAGGUGGGUCAUUAGAAUAUUAAUAGAGUUCAGGGGCGUGGAACAAAUGUGCGGCUGCGAGCCUUGUGGGGAUGGGGAGGGAAUCAAUAACUGGGAUUCUUAUAAAGUGCGUUACUUGUAGGCAGGUCUGGGCCCCCCCCCCCACUCCCCAUUGCUCGAUAUUCCACUUAUAAAGGAUUCAUAGGAACAGCUUUGUGUUUAGGGUUUGUUUAAUGUAAAUAAAUAGAAGAAAGUGAGAUAUGUUUACGGCUGCUGAGAUAAUGUUAAUAAAGAUAACUGUCUUAGUUUUAGCCACAGGGCUGAGAACCAGUCAUGGAUAUCUAAAAGUUUAGAUAACAGUGUUGAUACCGGUAAUGGAAAUCUUUAAGUACGUCACACCUACUAUGUGUGGAUCCGAGAUUUUAGUUACCUUACACCUGCUAUGUGAGGGCCAGUGGUGUCAGUUACCUCACACCUAUUAUGUGAGCACCAGUGAUGUUAGUUACCUUAUUCCUACUAUGUGAGGACCAGUUACCUUAUACCUACAAUGUGAGGACCAGUGAUGUUAGUACCUUAUACCUCCUAUGUGAGGACCAGUGACCUCACACUUACUAUGGAAGGUCCAGUGAUGUUAGUACCUUAUACCUCCUAUGUGAGGACCAGUGACGUCACACUUACUAUGGAAGGACCAGUGAUGUUAGUACCUUAUACCUCCUAUGUGAGGACCAGUGACGUCACAUUUACUAUGGAAGGACCAGUGAUGUUAGUACCUUAUACCUCCUAUGUGAGGACCAGUGACCUCACACAUCCUAUGUGAGGACAAUUGACCCCACACCUCCUAUGUGAGGACCAUUGACGCCACACCUCAUAUGUGAGAACCAGUGAUCCCACACCUCCUAUGUGAGGACCAGUGACCCCACACCUUCUAUGUGAGGACCAGUGACCCCACACCUCCUAUGUGAGGACCAUUGACCCCACACCUCAUAUGUGAGAACCAGUGACCCCACACCUCCUAUGUGAGGACCAGUGAUGUUAGUUACCUCACAUCGUUACCAUCGUUUCAGUGCUCCAAUGGUAACGAUCGUGAGUUCACUCAUGCGUGACAUUUGGGAUGGGAGCUGCGUCUUGAACUAAUAAGGAAGAGGCGUGUUGACACUUUCUUUUUUUUCCCCAACAUUAUCUCGGAACUGCAGUUCUAGAGCUGUGUCAUUUAGAUCGGAACUGGAGCUCUAGAGCUGGGUCAUUUUGAUCUGAACUGGAGCUCUAGAGCUGGGUCAUUUUGAUCGGAACUGGAGUUCUAGAGCUGGGUCAUUUUGAUCUGAACUGGAGUUCUAGAGCUGAGUCAUUUUGAUCGGAACUGGAGUUCUAGAGCUGUGUCAUUUAGAUCGGAACUGGAGCUCUAGAGCUGGGUCAUUUUGAUCUGAACUGGAGCUCUAGAGCUGGGUCAUUUUUAUCUGAACUGGAGUUCUAGAGCUGGGUCAUUUUGAUCGGAACUGGAGUUCUAGAGCUGGGUCAUUUUGAUCAGAACUGCAGUUCUAGAGCUGGGUCAUUUUGAUCGGAACUGGAGUUCUAGAGCUGGAUCAUUUUGAUCAGAACUGGAGUUCUAGAGCUGGGUCAUUUUGAUCGGAACUGGAGUUCUAGAGCUGGGUCAUUUUGAUCGGAACUGGAGUUCUAGUCGACCCAGUAAAACUAGUCUUGACCUCAAGAUCUCGACGGUCAUUUUGAUCGGAACUGGAGUUCUAGAGCUGGGUCAUUUUGAUCGGAACUGGAGUUCUAGAGCUGGGUCAUUUUGAUCGGAACUGGAGUUCUAGAGCUGGGUCAUUUUGAUCAGAACUGGAGCUCUAGAGCUGUGUCAUUUUGAUCGGAACUGGAGUUCUAGAGCUGGGUCAUUUUGAUCGGAACUGGAGUUCUAGAGCUGGAUCAUUUUGAUCAGAACUGGAGUUCUAGAGCUGGGUUAUUUUGAUCGGAACUGGAGUUCUAGAGCUGGGUCAUUUUGAUCAGAACUGGAGCUCUAGAGCUGGGUCAUUUUGAUCGGAACUGGAGUUCUAGAGCUGGGUCAUUUUGAUCAGAACUGGAACUCUAGAGCUGUGUCAUUUAGAUCGGAACUGGAGUUCUAGAGCUGUGUCAUUUAGAUCGGAGCUGGAGCUCUAGAGCUGGGUCAUUUUGAUCUGAACUGGAGCUCUAGAGCUGGGUCAUUUUGAUCGGAACUGGAGUUCUAGAGCUGGGUCAUUUUGAUCAGAACUGGAGCUCUAGAGCUGUGUCAUUUAGAUCGGAACUGGAGCUCUAGAGCUGUGUCAUUUUGAUCAGAACUGGAGUUCUAGAGCUGGGUCAUUUUGAUCGGAACUGGAGUUCUAGAGCUGUGUCAUUUAGAUCAGAACUGGAGUUCUAGAGCUGGGUCAUUUUGAUCGGAACUGGAGUUCUAGAGCUGGGUCAUUUUGAUCGGAACUGGAGUUCUAGAGCUGGGUCAUUUUCUAGUCUUGACCUCAAGAUCUCGACGGUCAUUUUGAUCGGAACUGGAGUUCUAGAGCUGGGUCAUUUUGAUCGGAACUGGAGUUCUAGAGCUGGGUCAUUUUGAUCAGAACUGGAGUUCUAGAGCUGGGUCAUUUUGAUCAGAACUGGAGCUGGUAAAUUUUAUCACUGCCCCGAGCUUUAAUAUUUAGGAACAUUUGAUGUUAAAAAUUAUUUGAACGUAUAGUUUUAAGCAAAUUAAUUCAUUAAAAUUGAUGCCCUAUUCUACUACCAGCAAUACUGCCAAACUCUACUACCAACAAUGUUCCCUCCACUCUUCUACCAGCAUUGUUUCUCACACUCUACUACCAGCAUUGUUGCCCACACUCUACUACCAGCAUUGUUUCUCACACUCUACUACCAGCAUUGUUGCCCACACUCUGCUACAAUGUUGCCACACUCUUCUACCGCUAUGUUGCCACACUCGUUUACCAGCUAAGUUGCCACAUUCUUAAAAUAAAUUUUUUUUGAGUCUAGUGUUUUAUUUGUUGAAAAAGAGGGGGGGGGGAGGGGGAGGGGGUUGGUGCAAAGAAAUCAGUUCUACCAUCUCCUCACCAUAUGACGCCCCCCCCCCCCCCCCCCCCUUGUUUCUUUUGAAGGUUGAUGUCCAUGAAGAUAGCUCUAUUGUGCUUAUGUUUUUUGAAAAUCGUGGAUGUUAAAUUUUAAUAAUGUAAUAAAGGCUGGGAGUGAGCAGUCUGAAAGUGGACUUGUGUACUCAGCUGAACUACGGUGUGUUAACAAUAUGAGACCUGUUGAUGACCAUUCUAAUGGACAGUGAUUUAUUUUGCUAGACAUAAGACAUUUUUUUUUGGCCAGUAUAUUUAUUUAUUGUUUAAUUUGUUCAGACUUCAACAGUGUUGGAUUACAUCAAAACUUUUAUCGUUUACAUGACGAAGAAAUAAUUCAUUUUUACAAAACAAUUCCCCGCCCCCUUCCCCCCCCCCAUUUUUUUUUUGGGGGGGACCAAAUUCUUGCAUGAUCGUUCGAAUACUUUAUCAUUAUUUGGUAAGAGCUUCAUCAUGUGACUUUCAAGUCUCAAUGACUGCAGUGGAGUAUUAUAUCUUCCCAUAGACAGACUCCCCUCUCUGGGUGUUACUAUUUAAGCAAGACCCAGCAUAUUUUGGUGGGAGCUUAGGGUAAGUGCCGUAUUGAUUUCUUCAUCAAGUGUCAAGGUUUUCUUUGACUUUUCUCCCCCGGACUCUUUUAAAAGACUUGUGUAAGUAACACGGGCGCUUAGAUAUAUCAGCCCGCUUCUCUUGCGCCGGUCUUUUUUAUGGCGUCUCUGGCGUAGGGUCCGAUCAGACACCGGCCUGUUCACCGACGGAGUAUUUCCUCAAGAUAAGCUGCCGCCGUUGUGUCGGUGAAAGGUGGCUCAGCUGUAAAGCCGGUGGAUGUCGCCCCCCUGUGUUAGUACAAUUUGAUCCAGGUCAGAACCUGGUGGAUGCCGCCCCUGUCUGGGUAAGGAGGUUCAGUUAAGAACCAGGCGUUGUGUCGGUGAAAUGUGGCUCAGCUAUGAAGCCGGUGGAUGUCGCCCCUGUGUUAGUGCAAUGUGGUCAAGCUCAGAACCUGGUGGAUGCCGCCCCUGUCAGGGUAAGGAGGACCAGUUAAGAACCAGGCGGAUGCCGCCCCUGUCAGGGAAAGGUGGCCCAUGUAGUUAAGAACCAGGUGGAUGUCGCCCCUGCCAGGGUAAGGUUGCCCAGUUAGAACCAUGUGGAUGCCGCCACUGCCAGGGUAAGGUGGCCCAGUUAAAAACCUGUCGGAUGACGUCCAUAUCCCAUUUAAGGUUGGCCCAGCUAAGAACCUGUCGAAUGACGUCCUAUGUCAUUUAAGGGUGGUCCAGCUGUCGGAUGACGUCCCUGACAGAAAAGCAAUGAAGGAAGUGACAAACAGCUCGUUGGGGAUGUGCCGGCAUCUGUGUGAGGGAAAUCAUUUGGGGCUCCUGGAGCAUAAUUCAGACAUUCAAGUAGCCCCUCCUCUCUAGCAUUUCUCAUCAAACUUGAACCAUUACAGAUCCCAGGAGGGUUUUAUGUUAUUUUUAAUUAGAGCACGGGGAAUUAGAGCAAGUAAAAAUGUCUGGAAAGUUGGAACAAAAUAUAUGUGAAUUACCAGGAAUAAAAUACUUUAAUUGAUCUUUUUUGAAACUCUAUGAAUUACCAUUAGUAAAAUACUUCAAAAUAUAAGUUUUUAAAAUCUGUGAAUUACCAUGAAUAAAUUACCGGUACUUUAAAAGACCUUUGAACAAAUCUGUGAAUUACCAGGAAUAAAUUCCCAUUACUUUAAAAGACCUUUGAACAAAUCUGUGAAUUACCUGGAGUAACAUGCUUUAAUGAUGUUAGAACAAAUAUGUGAAUUACCUGGAGUAACAUACUUUAAUGAUGUUAGAACAAAUCAGUGAAUUACCUGGAGUAACAUGCUUUAAUGAUGUUAGAACAAAUCUGUGAAUUGCCAGUAGUAAAACACUUUAAAAGACCUUUGAACAAAUCUGCGAAUUACCAGGAGUAAAAUACUUCAAAAUAUCAUUUGUAAAUAUCUGUGAAUUACCAGGAAUAAAUUACUCCCCAAAAUCUGAGAAUUAAGUGGAAUAAAUUGGAUAAUAAGAUUUUUUUGUUGAAAUGUUAGAACAAAAAGGUAGCGUAGUAUGGCAAGAAUUUGUCAGAUGGCAGUCAGUUAAAGAUUAUUCUCUCGGACUCACUCCCGAACACUUCUAGAACCUCAAUGGUCUCACCCACCCCCCCCCCCCACACACACACACCCUUUCCCUUUAACUACAGAUGUUUUGGACACAGGUGACUAACCAUAAUGACUGGUUGUCAUUAGAUUAAUGUGGUCUCAUGGGAGAAUGUUGUUGUCUGAACUGGAUGCUUGAGCCCCUGCCUCCACAACUCCCUUACAGAAACUAUAUCCGUUGUUUGAGAUGGCUUUAGUGCGCACGUGUACUUCAGUAUGUUUAGAAUGAUACGAAAUGGGGCAGUGACAAGGUGAGAUUGAAUUAUUAACAAUAAUACUUUCAAAUAAGAGAUGGAUGAAGUGAUCAGAAGGAAUGUACACAUGCACUCGCAGGUACAAGCCUCAUUCUGGGGUGGGGGAGGGUGGCUAAAUGGAUAUGGACCCCUCGGUAACCAACAGCUUAGUCAAUGUAACCACUGCCUUCUUCUUCAGUGUCACUGUAGUAGGACAGAUCACUGUUGUAGGACUGAUCACUGCAGUAGGACAGAUCACUGUUGUAGGACUGAUCACUGUAGUAGGACAGAUCACUGUUGUAGGACUGAUCACUGUAGUAGUACCGAUCGCUGUUGUAGGACAGAUCACUGUAGUAGUACCGAUCGCUGUUGUAGGACAGAUCACUGUUGUAGGACAGAUCACUGUUGUAGGACCGAUCACUGUAGUAGGACCGAUCACUGUAUUAGGACCGAUCACUGUAGUAGGACAGAUCACUGUUGUAGGACUGAUCACUGUUGUAGGACAGAUCACUGUUGUAGGACUGAUCACUGUUGUAGGACUGAUCACUGUUGUAGGACUGAUCACUGUAGUAGGACAGAUCUCUGUAGUAGGACAUAUCACUGUUGUAGGACAUAUCACUGUUGUAGGACAGAUCACUGUUGUAGGACUGAUCACUGUAGUAGGACUGCUCACUGUAGUAGGACUGAUCACUGUAGUAGGACAGAUCACUCUAGUAGUACAGAUCACUGUAGUAGGACAGAUCACUGUAGUAGGACAGAUCACUGUUGUAGGACAGAUCACUGUUGUAGGACUGAUCACUGUAGUAGGAGAGAUCACUGUUGUAGGACUGAUCACUGUUGUAGGACAGAUCACUGUUGUAGGACUGAUCACUGUAGUAGGACAGAUCACUGUAGUAGGACUGAUCACUGUAGUAGGACAGACAGAUCACUGUUGUAGGAUAGAUCACUGUUGUAGGACAGAUCACUGUAGUAGGACAGAUCACUGUAGUAGGACAUAUCACUGUAGUAGGACAGAUCACUGUUGUAGGACAGAUCACUGUUGUAGGACUGAUCACUGUAGUAGGAGAGAUCACUGUUGUAGGACUGAUCACUGUUGUAGGACAGAUCACUGUUGUAGGACUGAUCACUGUAGUAGGACAGAUCACUGUUGUAGGAUAGAUCACUGUUGUAGGACUGAUCACUGUAGUAGGACAGAUCACUGUCGCAGGACACAUCACUGUUGUAGGACACAUCACUGUUGUAGGACAGAUCACUGUUGUAGGACUGAUCACUGUUGUAGGACAGAUCACUGUUGUAGGACUGAUCACUGUUGUAGGACAGAUCACUGUUGUAGGACAGAUCACUGUUGUAGGACUGAUCACUGUUGUAGGACUGAUCACUGUUGUAGGACUGAUCACUGUUGUAGGACUGAUCACUGUUGUGGGACAGAUCACUGUUGUGGGACAGAUCACUGUUGUGGGACAGAUCACUGUUGUGGGACUGAUCACUGUUGUGGGACAGAUCACUGUUGCGGGACAGAUCACUGUUGGACAAAUCACUGUUGUAGGACAGAUACUGUUUGACAAAUCACUGUUGCAGGACAGAUCACUGUUGCAGGACAGAUCACUGUUGCAGGACAAAUCACGGGACAGAUCACAGUCACAGGACAGACACAGGACAGAUCAUUGUUGCAGGACAAAUCACGGGACAGAUCACAGUCACUGGACAAAUCACUGUUCCAGGGCAGAUUACCGUCAAAGGACAGAUGACACCGUCAGUAUGGCUUUAAAAUAAUGAAGGCUCAUUUCCAUUUUUGGGAUGUCAUUUCUGUACUAGAAAAAAUGAUAACUCGGCGUUUCGACUUCCUGGGUUGGAAAAGUAGUUUAGGUCACGGUGAGGUCGCGAUCAUGUCCCAGAUAAAAACUAACGGAACUAUCACCGCAGACGGCACCAUCUAUUUUUGAUCUGAAAUGCCUAUGAUAACAAUGAAAACACAUUUGACAAAUGACCAUUGUAUGUUUAUCUAAGAGUUAUCCCAUAGCAAACAACAUUAGCGAGCAGACCUGCCAUGUGGCGUAAGGCGAUGUGUCAGAGAUGGCGACUAUCCUCAUUCAAUAGUCAUGUAACUGGCCUUAUGAAUAUCAUACAUUUCAUUAUGAGCUGGCCUUACGAAUAUCAUACAUUUCAUAUUGAGCUGGCCUUAUGAAUAUCAUACAUUUCAUAUUGAGCUGGCCUUAUGAAUAUCAUACAUUUCAUAUUGAGCUGGCCUUAUGAAUAUCAUACAUUUCAUAUUGAGCUGACCUUAUGAAUAUCAUACAUUUCAUAUUGAGCUGGCCUUAUGAAUAUCAUACAUUUCAUAUUGACCUGGCCUUACUUUCUAUCAUAAGACAUCUCAUAUUGACCUGGCCAUAUGAAUAUCAUACAUCUCAUAUUGACCUGGCCUUACUUUUUAUCAUAAGACAUCUCAUACUGGCCUGGCCUUAUGCACAUCAUACAACAUCUCAUAUUGACCAGGCCUUAUGCACAUCAUACAACUUCUCAUAUUGACCUGGUCUUGUAAAUAUCAUUCAUCAUCUCAUAGUGACCUGACCUUAUUUAUAUCAUGCGACAUCUCAUACUGAAUUAAAUUUAACGUAAAGAGUACCAACCAUAGCUACAACUUAGAUUAGUUGUAUUUACCUAAGUUUAAAAUCUAGAGUACUAAGCCUUAUGUAUAGCAGAACUGCAAUUUUAUUGACCGAAUUUCUAAGUCUAUGUUUUGCCACCCUGUAUUACUUUCAAAUGACAGAUUCCAUGACACAACGACGCUAUGGGCCGUCUGUGUCGUCGUACUCGCUGUUGUAGAUGUAAGUUAUGCGUUAAGCCUGCACCGUACAACCUCCCAUAGUUGAAUUGGACUCACCAAGACUUGACCCUGUGUCCAUUCUAGUUUCACUUAUCAGUAUAGCAUGUCGAACGUGGCUCUGUUGAGCUACACGAUAAAACACAACUCUUUGGUUUUAUUAUGAAUAUUUUAAAAAUCAAUUAGUCACUGUGUCAAAACAACAUACACAUUCAAUCCAACAAUUCAGUUCUUAUCAUUACAUGUUUUAUCCCACUACUUCAUCCAAGCCCGGUAAUCUAUUCAUGACAUCCAACGCAUUAUUUCUCGUCGUCUACGACGUCAUUUCCCUCAUUCACAUCCCAAGCUGGUCAUCAGAUGCGCCUGUACCUCUGUGUAUUAGAACAUCUACACAGAAGCUUUUUCUUGUAUGGGAGGGGGGGGGGAGUUUUAAAGAGAUGCGUACCCACGACCAGGGCCCCAAAUGCCCGCACUGAGCAUCUGCUUGAGGACCAUUGAUCCCAAGCCAGACCCCUCAAUCAGGCACUCCUCGCAAGACUUGAAUCUUGGUUCAUUGUGCAAGAAGUCUGCGGGGCCGACCAAAUAGCCAGUGCCGCGUACCAUACGGUGGUGACCUCCUUUCGUCGUACUUGGCUUGAGGUUUUGAUCUCUGUCAAUCUAAUUAGGUGAAGACGCCAAUCAGCUGGUGGUUCCUCUCUCAGACAGUUACGUUGCGUUACAGCGCGAGCCUCUCGAAGUCUUCUAGAGUUGGUUUAUUUUAGGGUGACAAAACUAGGCAACAACACGCGGGGGUUGGGUGGUGACAGCCAAAUCUUCUGUCAGUUAUUACAUCAAUGACAAGACAACACACAGAGGUUGGGUGGUGACAGCCAAAUCUUAUGUCAGUUAUUAAAUCAAUGACAAGACAACACACAGAGGUUGGGUGGUGACAGCCAAAUCUUCUGCCAGUUAUUACAUCAAUGACAAGACAAGACAAAGAGGUUGGUUGGUGACAAACAAUUUAGCAGAGUUAUGAGAUUUAUGUCUAAGGCAGGGGUUGGAGAUGUGUGUCCAAGUCAGGGGUUGGAGAUGUGUGUCCAAGUCAGGGGUUGGAGAUGUGUGUCCAAGUCAGGGGUUGGAGAUGUGUGUCCAAGGCAGGGGUUGGAGAUUUGUGUCCAAGUCAGGGGUUGGAGAUUUGUGUCCAAGUCAGGGGUUGGAGAUGUGUGUCCAAGUCAGGGGUUGGAGAUGUGUGUCCAAGGCAGGGGUUGGAGAUGUGUGUCCAAGGCAGGGUUUGGAGAUGUGUGUCCAAGGCAGGGAUUGGAGAUGUGUGUCCAAGGCAGGGAUUGGAGAUGUGUGUCCAAGGCAGGGGUUGGAGAUGUGUGUCCAAGGCAGGGGUUGGAGAUGUGUGUCCAAGCCAGGGUUUGGAGAUGGUGUUCAAGCCAGGGGUAAAAGUAAUAAUCACAGUACUGUAUUCAGGUGUGACAUGCGGCUUUGCUUUGGUCUGAAGCAGCUAUUUGCAUUGAGUUGCCUUCCUGGUCCAAUUUAGUUUAGGAACAGCUUGUUUGACCAAAGAGCGAUUGUUGUCAACAACGUACAUAGAAUAUGUCUGAUAAAAAUGACGUAAAAAGAGAACAAGAUAUGUUAAGGCUUGAAAAAAACAACGACAGAACAAUUACAAGGACGUUUCGGCUAAAUGCCUUCUUCAUCAAAACAUUAUCUACCAGUGCUCUCAUUGUCUACCAGUGCUCUCAUUGUCUACCAGUGCUCUCAUUGUCUACCUGUGCUCUCAUUGUCUUCCAGUGCUCUCAUUGUCUACCAGUGCUCUCAUUGUCUACCCGUGCUCUGAUUGUCUACCAGUGCUCUCAUUGUCUACCAGUGCUCUCAUUGUCUACCAGUGCUCUCAUUGUCUAUUAGUGCUCUCAUUGUCUACUAGUGCUCUCAUUGCCAGUAGGCCAGUAUGAGGACAAGUAGAUCUAGUGCACUGCCCCGUACUAGUAUAUUAGGUCAGUAUGAGGUCAACCAAAGUAGAUCUACAGCACUACACAGGUUCUAGUAUACCCCGAUAGGACACCAACACUUUGUGACGUAAGCUGACUUAAAGUCACGUGACAACAAUGAAGGGAGAGCAGCACAUCUUCCUCUGCAAUAUUUUUAAUCUGCUCAGUCCGUGUCCCAGUCAACCAGGCCCAGACCCCCCCUCCCCGCCAAAAUCUUACGUCAGUACUGGAAAGUGUGUCAUCCCCCCACCCUCCCAUCGAGGGUGUGCCCUCUCCCCAAAACAACGCCUCUUAGAAUAUCUUGCCUGGCAAAUCUGGGGAAGGCGCAGCUAUUGAUUUCUAGUUUGGCUUCCCCCCCCCUCCUCACUCCCCUGUAUCCCUCCCUACCCCAGCCUCCCAGCUCAUUUUCACCCCCCCCCCUCUGUAAAUUGCCCGUCGCCUUUCUCUUAACUAGUUUUUAUUAUUUUUGUUAUUGAUUCCAUUCCUUACAUUGGCUUCCCCCCCCCUCCUCACUCCCCUGUAUCCCUCCCUACCCCAGCCUCCCAGCUCAUUUUCACCCCCCCCCUCUGUAAAUUGCCCGUCGCCUUUCUCUUAACUAGUUUUUAUUAUUUUUGUUAUUGAUUCCAUUCCUUACCCCCUCCCCCGAUUUCCGUUGUAGAGUUGUAGAGCACCUCCCCUUGCGCCUCACCCACGUACAGAAUACAACACACCCCCUCUUAUUAUUCGCCGGCUCUUACUGGCUUAAUGCUUUGAAGACUAAUUCCUCAAAUGAGCAUUUGAAAUGUCGGCAGAGCUCACUCACCAUAGGUGGUCAACGUUAUGGGAGACCAUCGCCGCUGGUUUUUGGGGUUGUCAUUAGAUUUUAAAGUAGGGUUGCUCUCCCUUUUCCUGUUUUGAUGAGAAUUAAGCGUACCGUGUGGGUGUAUUGGUCGAUAAUCAAGUUGUUGUUUGUGAUCUAAGUACUUUGUGGUUGAAAUGUAAGUCCGGCUGCUAUGGCGAGAUGGGUUGGAGGCCAUCGUAUAUGUAAGACAAUAGGAAGCAUGUUUCGAUCAAUGUAUAGUUUCAUUUGGGUUAUCUAUCUGCUCAGUAGGCGAAAUUGUUUCUAGUGUUGACGUGGAGAUGUUGUGUUUUUAGGAGGACGUUGUGUUGUGACCAAAAGCAACAAAAGUUGCCAAAUGGAUCUGAUUGCGCUAAUGCCCAAAAGGAUUCUGUCAAAUGCUGACCGCACGAUGAGCCAUUUUGCUGUAUAUUCUGGUUUAUAGGGGGACUUUCUUAAUGAACUCUGACGAAGUUGGCGAAGAAAAAUUGAUGGAGAGAUUUGUGGGAUUCAUCGAUAAGACCAAGUCUGUAGUGCAGUAGACCCAGAAAAUGUCCGGCAGAAUAUCCUCAUUACAUUUAAUGACAUGCUCAUGGUAUCCUCAUUACAUUUAAUCACGUGCUCAUUGGUAUCCUCAUUACAUUUUAAUGACGUGCUCAUGGUAUCCUCAUUACAUUUAAUCACGUGCUCAUUGGUAUCCUCAUUACAUUUUAAAUCACGUGCUCAUUGGUAUCCUCAUUACAUUUUAAUCACGUGCUCAUUGGUAUCCUCAUUACAUUUAAUCACGUGCUCAUUGGUAUCCUCAUUACAUUUUAAUCACGUGCUCAUUGGUAUCCUCAUUACAUUUAAUCAGAUGCUCAUGGUAUCCUCUUACUCUUAUUUAAUGUUAAUCGCAUUGAGGAUUUUAUUUUAUUUAUCAUUUCAUGCGUUCAAUUUUAUUUUUAGAGAAGACUUCUACUUAGCUUUUAUAAAUAUUAGCAUUUGCUUCAAAUUUAACUGAAGCAUAUUUAAUUAAAAUACAAUAAACAAGUUUAGUAUAUUUUUUUCAAAUUAAAAAAAAAUAUUUUUUUUGCUGUUGGUUUGUCACUAAUUGUAACCAUUUUUUGAGUCGUUCUUUUCAGAACUUUUUAAAACUACCCAAAAAAAUUUUUAAUAAAAAAUAAUAGGUAUUGGUUUUUUGUAAUUGUGUUGUUUACUCCCUUGAGAAAGUCUCCUGAAAAUUUGGUACUAUUAUCUUUUAAAUAAAAAUGUUGUGGUCAUAAUAAGACAGAAAUUUGGAAAGUCGGUUACACGUUUUCACAGUAACAUACAAAGUUAAAUAAGUAGCUUAAAAAUGUACCCAAAAAAAAAAUAAUAAAAAAAUAAAUGAUGACUCAAUUUCUUUAGAAGAUAUAGAGGAAAUGUGUGUUUUUAGAAAGCGUAUAGUUAGCCCUUUAAAAUGGUGUAGCACUUAGUCAAUCAGUCAAAAUGUAUAUUAUAUGUCAAAGUACCUUACUUGAUUGUUUCAGACACUUUCGGGUUGGGAAUAGACUAGUAGUGAUGAUGGACAGUUUGGGGACAGUGAUGGGUAGUUUCAGGAAAUUGUGGAGAGUUGAUGACAUGGUGGGCAGUUUGAAGGUAUCGGUGUAGGAAAUUGUGGAGUGUUGGUGACACGGUGGGCAGUGUGAGGGUAUUGGUGCCUGACAUUGGGUUAUAAGCCUCAGCUAUCACAAUGCUAUCAAUGUUGACAUGUUUAUCUAUAAGACAGUUUAAAAAAAAUAAGAUUUGACACAAGAGCAGACUGUGGCUAGCUGGUAACCUUUGAGCACUAGUUCAAUCUGAUGGCUCGUCUGCUUCUUGGUCUGUUUGCUCAGUCAAGUGCAUAGGGAGAGGCUGGUGCCACCGUGAUCUCAGUCAAGUGCAUAGGGAGAGGCUGGUGCCACCAUGAUCUCAGUCAAGUGCAUAGGGAGAGGCUGGUGCCACCGUGAUCUCAGUCAAGUGCAUAGGGAGAGGCUGGUGCCACCGUGAUCUCAGCCAAGUGCAUAGGGAGAGGCUGGUGCCACCGUGAUCUCAGUCAAGUGCAUAGGGAGAGGCUGGUGCCACCGUGAUCUCAGUCAAAGGAAUAUGCAGAGGCUGGUACCGUGAACUCGGUCAAGUGAAUAGGGAGAAGGUGUUACCGUGAACUCAGUCAAGUGAAUGUGGAGAGGCUGGUACCGUGAACUCAGUCAAGUGAAUAGGGAGAGGCUUGUACCGUGAACUCGGUCAAGUGAAUAGGGAGAAGGUGUUACCGUGAACUCAGUCAAGUGAAUAUGGAGAGGCUGGUACCGUAAACUCAGUCAAGUGAAUGUGGAGAGGCUGGUACCGUGAACUCAGUCAAGGGAAUAUGGAGAGGCUUGUACCGUGAACUCAGUCAAGUGAAUAUGGAGAGGCUUGUACCGUGAACUCAGUCAAGUGAAUGUGGAGAGGCUGGUACUGUGAACUCAGUCAAGUGAAUAUGGAGAGGCUGAUACCGUGAACUCAGUCAAAGGAAUAUGGAGAGGCUGGUACCGUGAACUCAGUCAAGUGAAUGUGGAGAGGCUGGUACCGUGAACUCAGUCAAGUGAAUAUGGAGAGGCUGGUUCUGUGAACUCAGUCAAGUGAAUAUGGAGAGGCUGGUACCGUGAACUCAGUCAAGUGAAUAGGGAGAGGCUUGUACCGUGAACUCGGUCAAGUGAAUAGGGAGAAGGUGUUACCGUGAACUCAGUCAAGUGAAUAUGGAGAGGCUGGUACCGUGAACUCAGUCAAGUGAAUAUGGAGAGGCUGGUACCGUGAACUCAGUCAAGUGAAUGUGGAGAGGCUGGUACCGUGAACUCAGUCAAGUGAAUAUGGAGAGGUUGGUACCGUGAACUCAGUCAAGUAAAUAUGGAGAGGCUGGUACCGUGAACUCAGUCAAGUGAAUAUGGAGAGGCUGUUACCGGUACCGUGCUCGAGUGGUCGGCUGACUUAACCGUAGAACGAACUCUUUGCAAGGCAGCACGUCGGGUGUGUGGUCUGAGGAAGGUACUGGGGUCACCACACCAUUUCUUGUAAAUAAUACCAGAGGUGACCAGGGGCAAAGUGGUUCAAAUAAUAGUGACCGACAUUUUACCAUCCACAUUUUACCAUCCACAUUUUACCAUCCACAUUUUACCAUCCACAUUCAGUGACAUCCACACUAAGAGAUCAAUCUCACACAAGUCAAUGCUAAAACACUUGGAACUUAUAGGAAUUUCAAUGACUAACUUCUGGGUAAUCUUCUUCACUCGAUAAUGUGUCAGCACACGAUACAUCUUCAUUUAAAACAUCAAUGCUCUCUCUUCAAUCUUCUCACAUACACUUCGUGAUUCAACCACCUGCCAUUUUAUUCAACCUCCAUUUCUUGUUUUCAAUCUUCGCUCUCCGUUUUCUCUCAAGUCCCAAUACUCUGUAUAUUAUAUCAGUAAUAACUACAUUAUUACUUGUCUCCCACAUAUUCAUAUUCAUAUCAUGUGACAACUGUAUCAAGCGACUCGUUGGACCAAUAUGUUGUUUGGUUGUUUGGGCCAAACAUAGUCGGGGCUACGUGUUGUAGCCUAGUCGGGGCUACUUGUUGUAGCCUACCAGUUUAGAACGUAGGGACGUUGCCGUCACAAUCAUUUACGCUCUGAUCAUUGAAACGUGUCAGGGAUACUAGAACUCUGAACACCCCCCCUCCCUCAAAUAAACAGGUAAACGAUCAAACCUGAUCACCAACCCAGUAAUGUGCUUGUAUAUGUCAGUGCGGUCAACAGUGUGGUGGGGAUCAAUACGGCGAUCAGUGGUGGUGAUGAUGGUGGCAUUCAUUGAAAUGACUCCACUGAUCAAACACAGAUCUGCUGCUGCACCACACUGGUCAUGUUACGAUUCAAAUCUUCGUGGUCCGUUCUUGGUUUCUGGUACAGAAUGGAAAUGUUUCGGGCGUACCUGAAGCGGAAUCGCCUGGUGCUUGUAGGGAUGUGGAGUCACCAAUGCUUGUAGUGAGUCGCAGUAGCCAAGUGAGUCGCAGUAGCCAGGUGGUUGUAGUGAGGUGUAGUUGACUGUUACUUGUGAGGCGUAGUUGACUGAUACUUGUAAUGAGGCAGAUAUGACUGAUACUUGUAGUAGGCAGAUAUGACUGAUACUUGUAAUGAGGCAGAUAUGACUGAUACUUGGUUAAACUAACAUGUAACUGACUCCCGUGUGAUGUAAAGGACUCCAUGUGUGCUGUAAAUGACUCCCGUGUGAUGGAACUGACGCCAUGUGUGCUGUAACUGACUCCCGUGUGAUGUAAAUGACUCCAUGUGUGCUGUAACUGACUCCCGUGUGAUGUAAAUGACUCCAUGUGUGCUGUAACUGACUCCCGUGUGAUGUAACUGACUCCAUGUGUGCUGUAACUGACCCCCGUGUGAUGUAACUGACUCCCGUGUGAUGUAACUGACUCCCGUGUGAUGUAACUGACUCCCGUGUGAUGUAACCGACUCCCUUGUGAUGUAACUGACUCCCGUGUGAUGUAACUGACUCCCGUGUGAUGUAACUGACUCCAUUUGUGCUGUAACUGACUCCCGUGUGAUGUAACUGACUCCAUGUGUGCUGUAACUGACUCCCGUGUGAUGUAACUGACUCCAUGUGUGCUGUAACUGACUCCCGUGUGAUGUAACUGACUCCCGUGUGAUGUAACUGACUCCUUUGUGAUGUAACUGACUCCCGUGUGAUGUAACUGACUCCCGUGUGAUGUAACUGACUCCAUGUGUGCUGUAACUGACUCCCGUGUGAUGUAAAUGACUCCAUGUGUGCUGUAACUGACUCCCGUGUGAUGUAACUGACUCCCGUGUGAUGUAACUAACCCCCGCUGCAGUCAACUGAAUGGGUCACAUUGCUCCUGAUGUGUCUUUGUCUCGUCCCAAUGCCCAGUUCACAGCACUGCCGGUCAUUUAAAGCGAGUCUUACCUUAUACCAGGGGUGGGCAACAUGUGGUUCCUUGAGGGAGUAGAUGAUCUGUAACAAAUCACCCUCUCCAAGUGGCUCCCAACAUAUCGAGUUAUUUGCUAUACAAGCCGAUGUAUCCCCUCCCUUGUGUUGCAGCGGUGUCGUUGGUUCAUUGAGUCGCUGACUUCUGAGCUGUCCUUACGUCACACAGUGGCUAAUAACUUGUAGUGCGGAUUAUUGUUUGACUGUGUGCAGGUCUGGCGAGUCUUAGAGCUCAACGUCUUCUCAGGUCUAGACGAAAUAUUGACAAGAACUGCAGUAUCGUUGGCGUGUGUGUGUGUUGUGGAGAGUGGGGGUGGGGGGGGGGGGGCGAAAGGUCGAGCACUAUCCGCAGGAACGCUCUAACUUCUUGGCUUUUUCUUGUUAUUGGGUCUUACCUUUUUCUAACCAUUGAUUUUAUUUCAUGUUAUGUUAACACAAAUCACGUGUUCUGUUGCAAAUACUCAACAACACAAAUCAUCUGUUCUGUUUGAAUAACUCAACAACACAUAUCAUGUAUGUUCGGUUGCAAUAUUCAACAAUACAAAUCAUGUGUGUUCUGUUGCAAUUACUCAACAACACAAAUCAAGAUUUCCUUAAUGAUUUUUUAAAAAAUAGUAUGACCAUGUAAGCGAAGCAAUUUUCUCCCUCCCAUUCCUAUCCCUCCCUAUCUCCCUCCUUCCCUAUCUCCCUGUCUCCCUUCCUCUCUCCCUCUCUAUUUAUCCCCUCCCUCCCUCUCUCCCUCCUUCUCUCCCCCUCUCCCUCCCUCUCUCUCUCCCUCACUCUCCCCCUCCCUCUCUCCGCCCCUCUCUCUGUCCCUCUCUCCCUCCCUCCCUCUCUCCCUCACUCUCUCUCUCCCUCACUCUCUCUCUCCCUCCCUCCCUCUUUCUCUCCCUCUCUCCCUCCCUCUCUACCUCUCCAUCCCCUCCCUCCCCCUCCCUCUCUCUCUCCCUCCCUCUCUCCCUCCCUCCCUCUCUAUCUCUCUCCCUCCCUCCCUCUUUCUCUCCCUCUCUCCCUCCCUCUCUCCCUCUCCAUCCCCUCCCUCCCCCUCCCUCUCUCUCUCCCUCCCUCUCUCCCUCCCUCCCUCUCUCUCCCUCCCUCUCUACCUCCCCUCCCUCUCUCCCUCCCUCUCCAAAAGUUUGCUCCUGCAGUACAUGAACUAUUGCUAUAAUGAAAGGGUUACCUCUAUGCUUUGAUAAUGUCCCCCUAGCAUGACAAUUUAGAGCAGUGGUUUUCAACCUUCCUAGUGCCGCGACCCUUUUAUACAGUUUCUCGUGUCGUGGCGACCCCCAGCUACACAAUUAUUUUCGUUGCUUCUUCAUAGCUGUAAGGAUAUGUGUUUUCAGAUGGUCUUAGGUGACCCCUGGGAAAGGGUCCCGCGACCCCCAAAGGGGUUGCAACCCACAGGUUGAGAACCGCUGAUUUAGAGUCUGUCAUAUUUUAUUGCUAAAGAUGUUGUUCCCUUGUGUCAGGGUUAUCUGAUUUCUUCUCAUGUUGCAUUCACAGAUCCAGUGGACAAAACUCAAGUCACAGCCCAUUAGACUGGUAAGUUCAAAUAGUUGGCUGUCAUAUGGUAUCUUAAAAUAGUUGACUGUCAUAUUGGUAAGUUCAAAUAGUUGACUGUCAUAUGGUAUCUUAAACUAGUUAACUGUCAUAUUGGUAAGUUCAAAUAGUUGAGUGUCAUAUGGUAAGUUAAAAUAGUUGACUGUCAUAUGGUAAGUUCAAAUAGUUGACUGUCAUAUGGUAAGUUCAAAUAGUUGACUGUCAUAUGGUAAGUUCAAAUAGUUGACUGUUAUAUGGUAUCUUAAAAUAGUUGACCUUCAUAUGGUAAGUUCAAAUAGUUGACUGUCAUAUGGUAUCUUAAAAUAGUUGACUGUUAUAUGGUAAGUUCAAAUAGUUGACUGUCAUAUGGUAAGUUCAAAUAGUUGACUGUCAUAUGUUAUGUUAAAGUAGUUGACUGUCAUAUGGUAUGUUCAAAUAUUUGACUAUGUCAUGUAGUACCUGGUAUGUUAAAAUAAUUGACUGUCAUAUGGUACAUUAAAAUAGUGGACUCUGUCAUAUGGUAUGUUAAAAUAGUUGACUUUGUCAUAUGGUAUGUUAAAAUAGUUGACUUUGUCAAAUGGUAUGUUAAAAUAGUUGACUCUGUCAUGUGGUAUGUUAAAAUAGUUGACUCAGUCAUUUGGUAUGUUAUGACAGUUGACACAAGGAUAUGGUAUGUUAAAAUAGUUGACUCUAGGAUAUUUGUGUUGCAUUUAUUUUCUGUCGUCAAUUUUUUUUUUGUAUAAGUCUUUUGUUUACUUUUAAAAUAUCAUGACAUGAUUAAGCAAUAAGCUUAAGGAACCAAUGUUUUUGAGAUAAGCAAUUCUGGGUUAAUCUUAAGAUUGUUUAUAAUGUCUGUCAGAGCUAACAAAACAAAGUUGAUAGGCCAAUGGGAAUUUUCUUUUAAAUUCUAUUUUUUAAUCAUUGAAAAUGUUGACUUCCUGUUUCUGUUUGAGAUGAAACCCUGCAGAAUGUUCUAUAAAUAUGCUAUUUAUAUUUGUGAUUAAAUUGACUUGACCAUAUUUUCUCUGACAGUAUCUUGACGAGGUGAUUGUGGAAACGGAAACAUGUGAACAACCUCGGCCACCCAACAACCAGAGCCAGCAGGCGUAAGUUCACAGAUAGGCCUAGUGAGAGAAUCAAACUCUCCCUACUUGACAGGAUCAUUUCAGAGUGUUAUCUUCCUCAUAUAUCCUGAUCACCGCUGUGACUAAAGCCUUGUAUACUCUUGUUUAUAUUACAUUAACUGGUAAUGACUUGGUUUCUAUUGCCAGCAAUUUAUGUUGAAGAUUGUAGUAUGCACAUGCAGCCAACAGCUUUUAUUAUGUGCUGCCAUUGUUUAUGUGGGCUGAGAGACAUUUGGCACAAAUCUCAUCCAUCUUUACUUUACAUAAAAACUAUUGAAAACAUGGGAAAACACUGCUCCAAGGCUGUCCACAUUAAUUAUUGUUAACAUGUUAAAAGUUUUUUUUUAAAACUCUCAAAAAAUUUCCGUUACAUUAUAAUGGCCCCCUUGCAGGUCUACCAUCCUAUUUAUCUUCAAUGUAAAAUAUGUUUUUAAAUAGGAUGUGGACAGAUAUUUUAUUUUUCAUAAUGAUUAUAGUUUGGCACGAGAAGGUCUAAUAGGUGGAAAAACUUACAUAAUUACCCCAAAAUAUUCACUGGCAGAUUGCAGAUACAAAUCUGUUUCAGUAUUUAAUUAUUUUUUAAAAAAUGUCCCACAGUUUCUAAUGCAGGGCACUUAAGCUUUGUAGGGCAUGCCAUUGUGAUUGAACUCACCAGGGGCUAGUACUCAUGUAGGGAGUUAUCUCUCUCUGUAGAGAUAUUGUUAAGAUCUACUGAUAAGGUUAUAUUGGCACUUGUCAGGUCAGCUCCAGAGGAGACAUGUAGCCCUAGGCCAACAUCUAAUGUGUAUUGUUCCUUCUCUCUAGUGACUCCAGAUGUUCUGUCCAAAUUGGUGGGCAGAGCUUUGAAAAAGGUUUAACAAUUUUGUCUAGAGAAAGGAUUUUUUAAAAAGGCUAAAAGAAUGUGAACACAAUCAUUAUGUGAUAAGAUUAACCAAAGCAUAUGUACAUAAAGGACAAGUUGCAUCAUUAUGUGAUAAGAUUAACCAAAGCAUAUGUACAUAAAGGACAAGUUGCAUCAUUAUGUGAUAAGAUUGACCAAAGCAUAUGUACAUAAAGGACAAGUUGCAUCAUUAUGUGAUAAGAUUGACCAAAGCAUAUGUACAUAAAGGACAAGUUGCAUCAUUAUGUGAUAAGAUUGACCAAAGCAUAUGUACAUAAAGGACAAGUUGCAUCAUUAUGUGAUAAGAUUGACCAAAGCAUAUGUACAUAAAGGACAAGUUGCAUCAUUAUGUGAUAAGAUUGACCAAAGCAUAUGUACAUAAAGGACAAGUUGCAUCAUUAUGUGAUAAGAUUGACCAAAGCAUAUGUACAUAAAGGACAAGUUGCAUCAUUAUGUGAUACGAUUGACCAAAGCAUAUGUACAUAAAGGACAAGUUGCAUCAUUAUGUGAUAAGAUUGACCAAAGCAUAUGUACAUAAAGGACAAGUUGCAUCAUUAUGUGAUAAGAUUGACCAAAGCAUAUGUACAUAAAGGACAAGUUGCAUCAUUAUGUGAUAAGAUUGACCAAAGCAUAUGUACAUAAAGGACAAGUUGCAUCAUUAUGUGAUAAGAUUGACCAAAGCAUAUGUACAUAAAGGACAAGUUGCAUCAUUAUGUGAUAAGAUUGACCAAAGCAUAUGUACAUAAAGGACAAGUUGCAUCAUUAUGUGAUAAGAGUGACCAAAGCAUAUGUACAUAAAAGACAAGUUGCAAACAUUUGUCAAAGAUCAUGUUUAAAUUUGACAAAGUUACUUGAAUGAAGCUGUUGCAAGGUUCUGAGUUCUGUCAUUUGCCAUUAAAAUGUUAGGUUACUCCUGUUGCAGGGGAAGGUUCUGUGCUCUGUUGUUUACUAUAAAAAUGUCACAGGCAAUCAAAUGAUUGUUCUUGUAAUAUUUUGUUGUUGUGUAUUUGACCUAUGUGGAUCAUAAAAUAUAAAUCCAUUCUCUCAUAGAGUUUCAAUGGCUAAUUAUGAUGUUGUCACCAGGGCAGGGGGAAAGUAUGGAUUUGUCGACAGAGUUAUGGAUGGCAUCUACGUCCACGUCAACUCUGUGGUGGUCAAGCUCAACUCUCACAAGUUCCAGGCUUCUUUACAGGUCUGUGGUCAUCUUCAAACUUCGAGUUACUAGUACCAUUAUGUGUUACAGCUAAUCAAAACUCGUAAUCCUUACCAUACUUAAAACAGAUUUCUUCCUUAAAGUAAUGGGCAAAUAUGUUGAUUAUUUUAAAGGGAAUGCAAAUGCAACACUUUUCCAAAGGUGAUGCAACUUUAUGAUCUAAAAAUGCAUUAAUGUCUAAAGCUGUCUCCCUUAGUUUUGGUUCCAGACAAACAUACAAAAGGAAUUUUAUUUGAAUUAUAUUUUGGGUCACUGGGAGAGGGUCUUAAGGCAUUUUUUUAUAUUUUAAGUCAGGGAUGGCAACAAUUAAAGGCACAACUGUCUUAGUGAAUGAAUUAAUUAUUGAGUACCGGUACCAAUAAAAUCAGGUUGUAAUAGUUCCACUAGUUACAUUGUACUUAAAGUAAGUUUGUAAUAGUUCCACUGGUUACAUUGUACAUGAAGUGCAUGAAUGCCACACACAAAUAGUGUGGUGAGAGAGUAACAAUUGAUUCUUUUGUCUCCUUCUAGUUAUCGAGGGUUACUGUCCAGUCAAUGACUCCCACAUGGCAGGCGCCAAAUGACCUGAGGUCAACACGUAUCAGAGAUGCGGGGCGUGGAGAAGUCUUACUCUUCAAGGAGAUAGAGUGGCAGACCACGCGCAUUGAGGCCACUGCCGUUGGCCUGGGGGAUGACUUCCUCACACCCUUGCGUCUAAUUGCCAACCAGGCCAAGAUACGGAUAGUUGUCAAGAAAAGGCUGAUUGGUUAGUAGUGGGUCAAGAAAGGGCUGAUUGGUUAGUAGUGGGUCAAGAAAGGGCUGAUUGGUUAGUAGUGGGUCAAGAAAGGGCUGAUUGGUUAGUAGUGGGUCAAGAAAGGGCUGAUUGGUUAGUAGUGGGUCAAGAAAGGGCUGAUUGGUUAGUAGUGGGUCAAGAAAGGGCUGAUUGGUUAGUAGUGGGUCAAGAAAGGGCUGAUUGGUUAGUAGUGGGUCAAGAAAGGGCUGAUUGGUUAGUAGUGGGUCAAGAAAGGGCUGAUUUGUUAGUAGUGGGUCAAGAAAGGGCUGAUUGGUUAGUAGUGGGUCAAGAAAGGGCUGAUUGGUUAGUAGUGGGUCAAGAAAGGGCUGAUUGGUUAGUAGUGGGUCAAGAAAGGGCUGAUUGGUUAGUAGUGGGUCAAGAAAGGGCUGAUUUGUUAGUAGUGGGUCAAGAAAGGGCUGAUUGGUAAGUAGUGGGUCAAGAAAGGGCUGAUUGGUUAGUAGUGGGUCAAGAAAGGGCUGAUUGGUUAGUAGUGGGUCAAGAAAGGGCUGAUUGGUUAGUAGUGGGUCAAGAAAAGGCUGAUUGGUGAGUGGUGGGUCAAGAAAGGGCUGAUUGGUUAGUAGUGGGUCAAGAAAGGGCUGAUUUGUUAGUAGUGGGUCAAGAAAGGGCUGAUUUGUUAGUAGUGAGACAUUGGCAAACUAAUCAAAAUUUUUUAUAAAUUGACAAAUUUAUAAUUGCUUUUUAUUUUCAAGAUAGAAUUGUCAGGUAAUGACCACCAAGAGUGAUCUGUUUCUAUGACAUUUCAAAUAGGAUUCUCUCAUUUCUCAGCUACACAAAAUAGUCUUGUUCUUUAACAAAGUUUCAGUGAUAAAUAGGGGGGGGGGAUGGAAUAUUACUGAGACAGUUUAUAUAUUGGUCUGGUCCAAGUUCGUGUAAACAAAAACCCAUUCAAAAACCCAUAAUGUGGGACAGCAUAUUAGUGUUAUUUAUUACUGCAAAAGCCAUAGUGUUUUCAAAUGAACAUUUCAUGGGGAAGUUGUGUUAGCACAAACAAGUUAAAUAAGGUUAAACCUAAAGGCAAGAAAUGGUGGUUAAUGUCCGGAGGGGGAGUCACCCAAUGGCAGAACUCACAAUCAAAAAUCACAUCAUAGACCAAGUAGAGACAUUAUAAGUACUUAGGUCCUACCAUUAAAAAUAAGCUGACAUGGCAUGAUUACGGCCAAAUUCUGUUUAAAAAAAUUCUAUCAAGGACGUUUCUAUCUUAAAACAUUGUACAAUUUUGGCAUAAGCAAACAAGUUAUUGACAUAUUUUACCGUGCAACAAUUGGAAGCCUACUAAGCUUUAGUAUUACCUGCUGUUCUAACAUCAAACACCGAUUCAAUAGACUAAUGAAUAAAACUAGUAAUAGUAACAUCACACAAACUAAACAUCAAACACAUGAACUAUUUGAAGAAGAAUGCUGUUGUAUAACAAAUACAACUUUGGGUGAUACAUCACACCCUGCUCAUCACAGAUACCUAAGAUCAUAUCUCACCCUACUCAUCACAGAUACCUGAGAUCACAUCACACCCUGCUCAUCACAGAUACCUAAGAUCAUAUCUUGCCCUACUCAUCACAGAUACUCAAGAUCACAUCUCACCCUGCUCAUCACAGAUACCUCAGAUCACAUUCCUCUCACUUCAUCACAGAUACCUCAGAUCACAUCCCACUCACUUCAUGACAGAUACCUCAGAUCACAUCCCACUCACUUCAUGACAGAUACGUCAGAUCACAUCCCACUCACUUCAUGACAGAUACCUCAGAUCACAUCCCACUCACUUCAUGACAGAUACCUCAGAUCACAUCCCACUCACUUCAUGACAGAUACCUCAGAUCACAUCCCACUCACUUCAUGACAGAUACCUCAGAUCACAUACCACUCACUUCAUGACAGAUACCUCAGAUCACAUCCCACUCACUUCAUGACAGAUACCUCAGAUCACAUACCACUCACUUCAUGACAGAUACCUCAGAUCACAUCCCACCCACUUCAUUACAAAUACCUCAGAUCACAUCCUACUCACUUCAUCACAAAUACCUCAGAUCAAAUCUCACCCACUUCAUCACAAAUACCUCAGAUCACAUCUCACCCACUUCAUCACAAAUACCUCAGAUCAAAUCCCACUCACUUCAUCACAAAUACCUCAGAUCACAUCCCACCCACUUCAUCACAAAUACCUCAGAUCACAUCCUACUCAAUUAUCACAAAUACCUCAGAUCAAAUCCCACCCACUUCAUCACAGAUACCUCAGAUCAAAUCCCACCCACUUCAUCACAAAUACCUCAGAUCAAAUCCCACUCACUUCAUCAGAUACCUCAGAUCAGUUCAAUCAGGGCAACUUUGUUCUCUUAAAGUUAGGAUCGAAAUAUAUAGAAAUUAUUUUGUUCCCCAGCCUGUAUGCAUUUACCAGCAUGCUCCCCCUGUAAUUACCAUAUCUAAAUGAUCACUAAUUAAGUCAUUAUUGCAAUUAAGGGAGUUCAUUUGACGGCUAUGUUAGAGAAAUACUUUAGAUGUCCUGUGUUUAAAUUGUUAUUAUUUUAAAAUGUUGCCCUGUUUUAAAUAUGUAUUUAUUUGUAUGCUGAAAAUGAAUAUGUAUAAUACAAUAAAAAAACAUGUCUGUUUAUUUGGAUCUAUACAAGAAUCUUAUCUUAUGUUAUCUUAUCUUAUGUAGCCUAGUUUUAACCUGAGAUCAGCCAGGCCAUGAGAUUCCCAUUAAGUGCAGCAACUUAUGACCAGGGUCUGAUGUUUCAUCAUUCGAUUUCCCGACAAAUAAAUCUGUCAUUUCUUGUAACCAGACUCAACAAUCAUCUCUUCGAGGCUGACCUUUCUGCUUGACGAUUUACUGUGGGUGCUGACCAUUACACAGCUGAAGGCGGCCAUCUUGUAUGCCAACUCCCUUAAAGAAGUUAUAGAGAGAUCUUCGCAGCAGAGCAAACGUCUAGCUGCUGAGAAGUUGAAGGUAUGGUGUAUUUAUGGAGUGAAAACAAAGCACUGGACCUACCGUAAGUGCUGGUCUAUAAGUUGAGACAUUUUAGCAAUGAAAUUCAACUUUAAAACACAAGUUGACUUAUCCAUGAAUCAGUGCUGGUUUUGAAAGAAUAUUGUACAUUGAAUGCAGGGCAAUGUUCAGUUACCGGUAGUGCUAGUGUACUUACUUGUAGUGCUAGUGUACUUACUUGUAGUGCUAGUGUACUUACUUGUAGUACUAGUGUACUUACUUGUAGUGCUAGUGUACUUACUUGUAGUGCUAGUGUACUUACUUGUAGUGCUAGUGUAUUUACAUGUAGUGCUAGUGUACUUACUUGUGCUAGUGUACUUACUUGUGCUAGUGUACUUACUUGUAGUGCUAGUGUACUUACUUGUAGUGCUAGUGUACUUACUUGUAGUGCUAGUGUACUUACUUGUAGUGCUAGUGUACUUACUUGUAGUGCUAGUUUACUUACUUGUAGUGCUAGUGUACUUACUUGUAGUGAUAGUGUACUUACUUGUAGUGCUAGUGUACUUACUUGUAGUGCUAGUGUAUUUACAUGUAGUGCUAGUGUAUUUACAUGUAGUGCUAGUGUACUUACCAGUAGUGCUAAUGUACUUAUGGGUAGUGCUAGUGUACUUACUUGUAGUGCUAGUGUACUCACUGGUAGCUGUACAUUGACCCCAGCUACCGGAUACACACACAUGGAGAUUUAGAAACAACUUAUCUGUUGUGAUAAGUCUGGAGUCAAUCAUGCAUCGGAAACAGUUGAGUAAACACUGCAGCAGUUGCUGCUCGCUAAAAUCUGAUAUAAUUAUAAAUAGGAGAGAAUUUCAGUCCCAAGAUUUACCCUCGACUUAUCCACAAGUCGUGGCAUAUUUUGUAAUGGUUAGUCAAAAAACUGCCCUCGACUUAUCCACAAGUCGUGGCAUAUUUUGUAAUGGUUAGUCAAAACACUGCCCUCGACUUAUCCACAAGUCGUGGCAUAUUUUGUAAUGAUUAGUCAAAAAACUGCCCUCGACUUAUCCACAAGUCGUGGCAUAUUUUGUAAUGAUUAGUCAAAAAACUGCCCUCGACUUAUCCACAAGUCGUGGCAUAUUUUGUAAUGGUUAGUAAAAAAACUGCCCUCGACUUAUCCACAAGUCGUGGCAUAUUUUGUAAUGGUUAGUCAAAAAACUGCCCUCGACUUAUCCACAAGUCGUGGCAUAUUUUGUAAUGGUUAGUCAAAAAACUGCCCUCGACUUAUAGACGAGUAUAUACAGUAAUUGCAUCCCCUCAUUUCUUUCCUCUCUCCUUAUCACAUUUUUGUUUGGUUUCAAAACUCAGGACCAUUUUGCACCACAAAACUGAUCACCUCUCUCCAAACCAGUUAUAGUAUUAAGUUUGAAAUGAAAAGGAAAUGGUCAGUUUAGUUCAAUCCCAAAUGACAUGAAGAAGCUUGCGCCCCCACUUUCCAGGGGACGAUGCCCCACUUUGUCUCCCAUAAUGGACUGCCAGGAAAAAUGUUGACGGUUGCUGUCUAUAGUUUAUCAUUUGUAGAUUGCGAGUGGAAAAGACCAGCACUGCACAUUUCUGAGUUGAACAAAAGCCUGUCAACAAUGUUGUACUGUAGUGAUUAGAAAUGUUGAACAAUUCCUUGAUGUGAUCUAAUAAAGUCUUUUGACCUCGCUCUACCAGAAACAAGGCUACAUCCCCGACAGCACUAACAUGCAACAGCAGCAACAGCAGCGGCAGGCCAAUGAAAGGCAGGAGUCUACCACAGCCAAAUAUUUCACCAAGUUUGAUGUGCUGAGCACCUCGUAUCACCUGAUCACGAGCCAUUUUGAUCUCCAUCUAUGUGAUGACAGUAGCCCAGGUAGGCAGGCAUCCCGUCAUGUUGUCUGACAGGUACAUGACCAGACAAUAUGUGAUGACAGUAACCCAGGUAGGCAGGCAUCCCGUCAUGUUGUGUGACAGGUACAUGACCACACAAUAUGUGAUGACAGUAGCCCAGGUAGGCAGGCAUCCCGUUACAUUGUGUGACAGGUACAUGACCAGACAAUAUGUGAUGACAGUAACCCAAGUAGGCAGGCAUCCCGUCAUGUUGUGUGACAGGUACAUGACCACACAAUAUGUGAUGACAGUAGCCCAGGUAGGCAGGCAUCCCGUCUCAUUGUGUGACAGGUACAUGACCAGACAAUAUGUGAUGACACUAACCCAGGUAGGCAGGCAUCCCGUCAUGUUGUGUGACAGGUACAUGACCAGACAAUAUGUGAUGACACUAACCCAGGUAGGCAGGCAUCCCGUCAUGUUGUGUGACAGGUACAUGACCAGACAAUAUGUGAUGACACUAACCCAGGUAGGCAGGCAUCCCGUCAUGUUGUGUGACAGGUACAUGACCAGACAAUAUGUGAUGACACUAACCCAGGUAGCCAGGCAUCCCGUCAUGUUGUGUGACAGGUACAUAACCAGACAAAACAACAGCAGUUAAUGUAUUUUACCCUGUGGCACAAGUUGUCUCACAGAGAAGAUGCCUGAUAAGAAUUGCUAAAAAUUUGUCCUCCAAAAAAUGUGAGUUCUUUUUACCUGACCAAAUUGCCAUAGCUUCUUGCAGUAUGGUUAUUAAGUAGGUCAUUGUUUGUCUUAUAGACUUUAACUAUUAGUGAAUACUCAUUGACUUAAAGGAGAUACUUUGAACAGCUGGUGUUUACCGGCUUAAGGUCAGUGUUGAUGAAGGGGAGAAAGAGUUAUGAUCACACUUGAAUUUGUUUUGAUAGGUUUAUAAUUGAUCUUGGGAUCUGCAAAUUCCUUUUAUAAGAGAAAAAUUUUUUGAGGACACGUGUUACUAAAAGCUUAGAGCCUCUAAUUUGGGAUCCACCACUUACAACACUAGGGGGAACAUUUCAUCGUCACUGAUUAUUCAUAUUCUUCCAUCUUCAUCUUGUUACAGAUCAAGAAGAAGAGAAGAGACACUGGAAGAUAAAUGGGGGCUCAAUGCAGAUCACAUUCUUUAAACUAUCCAUUGACUUCUAUCCAUUCCAUCCUGCCGGUGAGUGGUUGUCUCCCCUACCGCAUUCCCUCCCUUUCCAACCUACAUGUUUUAUUAAUUAUUGUACAAUGUUGAAUCAAGAUCAAGUAUACGAUCAUGUCAAUGGGUGUCCUUUUGAGACCUGUGAAUGGCUUGAAGUUUUUGUGUGCCAGUUUCUCUUCACAAGGAUCGUUUGGGUUUGGGUUUGGGAAGCUGAAAUGGUAGAACAGCCAUAAAAUGUGUUUCCAAUAAUCGGGUAAUUGUUGAUCUGAAUUUAUGACUUUAAGUUAGUAAAAGCUUCUUGCAAGCAUGAAAAGAUAAACUUCAUUGUAUGGACUUCAUAGAAAAAUCUAGUUGGGGGAAGUUUUAAAAUUAAAUUUUACUGUCAAUUGAAUUCUAGAAUGAUUGAAGAACUAUCGGUCACUCGUUGAGUGUUGUCAGUUUGUAUGUGAUACACAGUGAUUAGACCCGCAGGCUUCUUGUUUCCUCACAAUGUGCUCACUGUGUGUUGUACAUGUUACAAGGCUAGACAUUCAUCAUUAUUAUGAUUAUACUCGACAACAAAGCUUAAAAAAACAUCAUUUUGUUAGCAGCCGAAUUAUAUUUGACAACAAAGCACAAAAAAACAUCAUUUUGUUAGCAGCCGAAUUAUAUUUGACAACAAAGCACAAAAAACCAUCAUUUUGUUAGCAGCCGAAUUAUAUUUGACAACAAAGCACAAAAAACCAUCAUUUUGUUAGCAGCCGAAUUAUAUUUGACAACAAAGCACAAAAAACCAUCAUUUUGUUAGCAGCCGAAUUAUAUUUGACAACAAAGCACAAAAAAACAUCAUUUUGUUAGCAGCCGAAUUAUAUUUGACAACAAAGCACAAAAAACCAUCAUUUUGUUAGCAGCAGAUUGCAUUUCAUUUUGAAAGAUCUGAAGCUUGGUUCAAUAUUUAAUUCAUUGGCCAGGGAAAAUAGUUUGCUUUGGGUGGAAUUGGUUCCUGGGGUAUGUAAGGUGUGUAAUGGGUAGCUGAGAGUGUGGUUCCUGGGGUAUUUAAGGUGUGUAAUGGGUAGCUGAGAAUGUGGUUCCUGGGGUAUGUAAGGUGUGUAAUGGGUAGCUGAGAAUGUGGUUCCUGGGGUAUGUAAGGUGUGUAAUGGGUAGCUGAGAAUGUGGUUCCUGGGGUAUGUAAGGUGUGUAAUGGGUAGCUGAGAAUGUGGUUCCUGGGGUAUGUAAGGUGUGUAAUGGGUAGCUGAGAAUGUGUACGUUGGCCAGGGUGAUUAAAAGAGUGUUGGACUGCCAUAAAGCUUUAAAGUAGAUCAAUUAGAUCCAUACAAUUAGUGUCAAUAAAACAAUCUAUGUCAGCUUUAAUGAUGAUUGUAAAAAAAUACAAAUGUAGACAUUUCGGCAAAUGCCCUCAUCGAUACAAAAAGCAAAACAAUUAUAUAUGUAUAAAUUAAAUUUACAGAAUAUAUAUUUACAUGUAUCCUACCUAAAAAAGAAAAGAAUAAGAGUGGACGUAAAAACCAGACCCAAAAAAGUUAAGAAGAAGGGAAAGGAAGUGAAUGGAAUUAAAAUGUAAAAACCAAACAGGAAAAAAACAUGGUAGCUACAUUUGUAUUGUGUAUAAUGAUCAUUAAAGCUGAACAUAUAGUAUUAUUUUAUUUACACAUAUUGUUUGUGUCUAAUUAAUCUGGCAAAGGGGGUCGUAGAGUAUAUAUUCCUUAGAUACCCGAUUGCUAUGAAUGUUAUUGUCCUAUAUCUGUUUAUGUUCAGUCUAGUUUAGUAUUUAAAGGAACUGGGAGAGAUUAUUGUGGCUACUAUAAAAUAAAAAUGAUUGUGCUAUUUUUGUUUAUUCCCUUUUACAGACACGGGUGAUAACGAAAGUAAGGACUUUCACUGUACAUUUGUUUGGAGCAGAAUCGACUAGUCAAAAUUUAGUCCAACUGCAUUUCAUUCCUGUGUCUCUAUGUGUGUGUCAUCUUUUCUCUAUUUGUGUCAGACUGAACACACUGCUUAUGGGCACUCUUGUCGCUGUUCUUAGUUGUACACACUAGAGAAUGCAUCAGAAUUUCUUUUAUUUUUCUCUGUAUGUGCUUACUGUAAAUAAGGUCAAAUUAACGAGGGAAAAAAAUCAACCACGAAUGUUAUUGAUUCAACAACCCAUUUCAGUUAUUCAACCACCCAUGAAAUUGGUUCAACCACCCUUGACAUUGGUUCAACCACCCAUGUCAUUGAUUCAACCACCCAUGUCAUUGGUUUGAACAUGAUUAGGAAACAACAAUUUGUGAAAUAGUAAAAUAAAAUUUCUCUCUAAAUAAUUACCUUGGUUCCUACUAAAGAAUAGAAUGUCCCAUCUUAACAUUGCAGGAAUGGCUUGUUUACUGUAUGAAGUGACAUGUUGCAGGAAUGGCUUGUUUACUGUAUGAAGUGACAUGUUGCAGGAAUGGCUUGUUUACUGUAUGAAGUGAUAUGUUGCAGGAAUGGCUUGUUUACUGUAUGAAGUGACAUGUUGCAGGAAUGGCUUGUUUACUGAAUGGCUUGUUUACUGUAUGAAGUGACAUGUUGCAGGAAUGGCUUGUUUACUGUAUGAAGUGAUAUGUUGCAGGAAUGGCUUGUUUACUGUAUGAAGUGACAUGUUGCAGGAAUGGCUUGUUUACUGUAUGAAGUGACAUGUUGCAGGAAUGGCUUGUUUACUGUAUGAAGUGACAUAUUGCAGGAAUGGCUUGUUUACUGUAUGAAGUGACAUGUUGCAGGAAUGGCUUGUUCACUGUAUGAAGUGACAUGUUGCAGGAAUGGCUUGUUCACUGUAUGAAGUGACAUGUUGCAGGAAUGGCUUGUUCACUGUAUGAAGUGACAUGUUGCAUGCACUCACUUUCAGUUACAUUGGAAACAGGACCAUUUGCCAGGAAUGACAUUAUAAAUCCUAAUGGUCCUAAAUCUAUGUUGUUGUAUAACUCUAUCUUGUGUGGUAUAUGAGUACAGUGUGUAACUGCUGGAUGACUCUGUAACAGACAGUGAGUGAUUGGAAGCUAUCUUAUGUGGUAUAUGAGUACAGUGUCUAACUGCUGGAUGACUCUGUAACAGACAGUGAGUGAUUGGAAGCUAUCUUGUGUGGUAUGUGAGUACAUUGUGUAACUGCUGGAUGACUCUGUAACGGACAGUAAGCGGUUGGAAGCUAUCUUGUGUGUCACUGUGUAGAACUAGUUUAGCAUCCACCCACAACUGUCAUAGAAGCUAAGUGACUAGUUGGCAUAAGAACUCUCUGGACUGUUAGUUUAAAACCACAAAAACCUCAUCUUGAGCAAAUCAUUUUAUUCUUUUUAUCAUCUCUUGCUGUUCUGACAUUCUAUUUUUUUAAAUAUAUAUUUUUAUCUUUGUACUAUGUACACUAUUCAAUCAUGUCCUGUUUACAUGAUUAAAUCAUGUAUUCUGAACACAAAUCAUGCGCUAAUGUGUUUUGACUGUGUUUUCACCAUGGCAGAAGUUAAUUACAAAUCUGAAUUGAACCUUUGAUGAAAUUAAUCCUCUUAUAAAAACAAAAUACAUAGUUCAAAUUACCACUGUCUACACAAGCAUUUGUAAGAUGGUCAGCAUUUUUAAGAUGGUCAACAUUUUUAAGGUGGUCAGCAUUUUUAAGGUGGUCAGCAUUUUUAAGGUGUCAGCAUUUUUAAGAUGGUCACCACUUGUAAGUCGGUCAUGUGAAUGUUUUGAUACUCUGAGUACUUUUCUUGAUAUUUCCCAGUCACAAAAUAUGUGUGCACAGUGCUUUAUUAUUUCUGAAUUGUAUUUCAUGCAAUUAGUACAUGUUACUACUGCUUUCUCUCUGCACUCAUUAAGUCCAACCCUAUCGACAAAAGUGCCCUAUAAUGUAAUCACUGUACGGUCAUCUUAUGGUCAACUCUGUAGUUAUUCAAAAGCAUCCUGUAAUGUGAUCAUUGUGCGGCAGGCCUGCACAACUCAAAAUGUGAGGUGGGCUGCAAUACUUUAUGAAAAACUUGUGCAGGUUAAAAAGAAAAUGGGACAGGACUUGUGCGGGCCAAAAGAAAUUAGGACGGGGGGGGGGAAGCUGUUAAGAUAAGAAUAAAGAAUAUUUUGUUACUUGUGGGCCGCAAAGUGGGUGCUGGCAGGCCAUAUGUGGGAUGCGACCAUAUGUUGUGCAGGCCUGCUGUACUGUCAUUAUAAUCUGAUUUGUUAACUAUAUAGUUAGAAAAAAGUGCCCUAUAACGUAAUCACUCUACGGUCAUCAUUAUAAUCUCACUGGUCGACUCCAUAGUUAAAAAUGUAUAGGAUUAUAUAUAUAAAUAUAUUUAUAUUUUAAUGUAUAUAAUUAUCUCAUUGUUCUAGUAAUAGUCCUCAUUAUGUAAAUGUCUUAAUGUGGUCAGUGUUUUUAUUGAUCUCAUUGUUCACUCUACAGUGAUAGACCUAAUUAUGUAAAUGUCUUAAUGUGGUCAGUGUUUUUGAAUGAUCUCAUUGUUCACUCUACAGUGAUAGACCUAAUUAUGACUCAGGGUGAGUGCACCUGAUACUAACCAUUUUAAAAUCACAGUUACCUCUCUUUGUUCACUUUUAUGCCGCUGUCUAAGAUUUUCCCAGUUUACUAAUCAUUUGUGGACUAUCAAUAACUCAUUUAUUUUUGUUUGCCUCAUGAGGCAGUCCAUAAUUUUUUGUUAAUCAGUCAAAAUUUACAGGACAUUCAUUCAGUGGAGCUGUUAUUAAGGCUUUUUGGAUAUUUGGACCUUAUCAAAUAGAUGUGUCUAAUAAAUUUAACAAUGGCUUGACAUUCAACUAACAAAAUUUAUAUAGGUUCAAUGUGUAAUGAAAAAAUGUAUAAUUAUUUCUAAGGAUGUUCAAUCGGAUUUCCAAUUAUCAGUUUUGAAACCCAUGACCAUUCAUUGAUUUUCACAAAACCAUUUUCAAUUCCUUUUUUUUUUUUUACAAAUUAUUUCAAAAACAUGUUUUAAAAAAAUUAAGAAUUGUUUUAUUAGAAACUAGCAAUAGCCCACCACAUAAUAGUGGCGGCAAUGUGUUAACUUCCCAGUUACUAAAGUUACAAAACAAAACGUACAUUCAAAUAACACACUUUACUAGAAUCUCAGUUAGUGUUCCUCCCCCCCCCACCCCCACCCCCUUUUUCAACCACCACCACCUCACACUUUUUUUUCACAUCAGUGGACUAAUUUUAUUAAUAUUCUAAAGUCCCACCCCAUUUUAUACCGCAGAUUAAGACCAUAUUUAAAUUGCAAACAAAAGAAAAUAGUAUGCACCCAACUGACUUGCAGAAUUUUUAAGAAUCUCAUUUAGCGCAGUUAUCUGGAAUUUUAUUUGACUGUCCGUUGAACUCAUCAUCACACCAUACUUUCUUUCAUGCAUCGAGAACUAUAUUGAUUGAUAUGAAGAGACUUUAAGCAAAUGAUAAACAUGUGGUAUGAUUAUAAUUAACUAUCAUUACACCAUACUUUCUAUCAUGCUUAGAGAAUUAUAUUGAUUGAUAUGAAAAGAUUUUAAGCAAAUAAUAAACAUAUUGUAUGAUUAUAAUGUAGGUAGUCUCUAAUUAUUAGUAAUAGGUGGUAUCAAAAUGAGUGUUGCUUUGUCAGUUCUAAAAAUAAAUACAUUUAUAACUGCCGAUUUUAAUGUUAAAAAAAGUAUUAUGUCCAGCUGACCUUGAUAUAAGAAAAUUGGCUUUGCAUUGUAUAAACUGAUCAUUGGUUUAAAACUCUGUUUCCGAUAACUGGUUUGCCAAAAUAUCUGAAACUAACAUCAAUAAUUAUUCUUUUAAUAUUUACAACUAUAACAACCUGACAUUAAUUCAGUAUAGUAAAAAUUAUUUCUUAAAAUUCCAUUUAUGUUACUUCAUUUGGGAAUAUUGGAGGGUGUGUGUUAAAAAAAAAAAGGGGGGGGGGGGUAUUAAAGUUAUUGCCUUUGUUUUGUUACUAGCACUUACAAGUUUAGGACUGUCCUACAAAGUACAAUUUGAUCAAUUCAUGUUAGGACUAUUCUUUGUGUGCAAACCAUAAAGACUUGUUGUGUGCUGAAAAGUUUUACUGUGAUAUAAACUAAAAUAUUGCGGUGCUCGCCGCUUGGAUGUCAGCACAGCAAAGUUUGAAUGAGAUGUAUGUACAGAAGAUGGGAAUGCUCAAGAUUUGAGUAGUAAAAGAUGGGGGAAAACAAAAAAAAUGUUCUGUUUGAUCACAUUUAAUAUUAAUUCAAGAGGUUAAGUAAAGGUAUCAUGAAGAAGAUUGAUGACAUUUAAUUGGUCUCCCAUACAAUUUCAAUAUUUUCUACAUAUUAAAAGUCUCCCACUACCCUACCCUGCCCCCACCUUACCCCCACCCUACUCCCCACCUAAACAACACUACCCCACCUUACCCCACCUUACCUCACCCUACCCCACCUACCCAUACCCCACUUACCCAUACCCCACUUAGCCAUAACUCACCCUUACCCUCCUCCACCCUACCCUCCUCCACCCUACCCUCCUCCACCCUACCCUCCUCCACCCUACCCUCCUCCACCCUACCCUCGAGGUGGGAUGGGAGGAGGUGGGAGCCCUCCUCCACCCUACCCUCCUCCACCCUACCCUCCUCCACCCUACCCUCCUCCACCCUACCCUCCUCCACCCUACCCUCCUCCACCUUACCCCCCACUUUGCUCCUACCCUCACCCUACCCUCACCCUCACCCACCUUAAACCACCCUGUCCCACCCUACCCCCACCCUACAUGCACAUUUGUAUUAAAAUAAUCAAUUCAAACUAGCCCAAAACUGAUUUUAAAAUGGUUGGUUCAUUUUCAACAAUUUUCCAUGUUAUAUAUCCUAACUUUACAUUUCAUUACCUUGCUUUGAUUGUAUUUUUUUAGCAUAGCUUUUAGAUAUAGUUUAUGGGUUAUAUAUGUUAUUCCAUCCUAUUUUCAUGACUUUAUGUUUUUUUGGUGGAAGUUUUGUAUCUAAUACCUUUUGUGUGGCCGCUAUCUGGAACCUGUUUUAUAUCUCAAGAUUUUCUUAGUUUACAUAAACUUUACCACAGAGCUAUUUUAUCUGGCAUUAAAAUUUGUGUCUGUUUUGGUAUGACUUGAAGCCUUUUUUUUUUUAAAAAUAGAAGCAUCUCUGUGUCAUAUUUAAAGGCUUUCUGUCUACUCGCAUUUGUAGAGCCAAUUUUUGUGUGGACGCUUUGUUUGGGUGGUUUGAGUCUUCCUCGUUUGACCUAGAAGGUCGCCUGAGUUGAUGACACACAAUUACAGCUCUAAUAUGCAAGCUUGGUGGAUUGGGGUGGUGAGUGAUGGGGCAAUAUGAAAAGCAGGGAUUUUCUAUAGAGGGGAUUUUGUAAGCAUUCAAUUUUUAAAAUAAAUUAUUCUUUUGUGGAUCAUUUAUGAAUUAAAGUUUUCAAGCCAAAAAGUAGAGAAAAAAAACCCCAUUUUAAAAAAACACUUUCUUUGUGUAAUGGAUUUGUCAAAAUGUUAAGAGAAUAAUUUAAUAUAUUCUAGUUUGCUUAAAUCAGUAUUCGAAAGAAAGUCUUUAAAAAAAAAAAGUUGUAUUUUUAUAUUUGAAAUCUCUUGUUGGCAGUGAUUACAAGAAUGCCUAGUUGUGUAGAGUCAGACCCAUUAUCUCUUCCAGUCUUAAGACCGGAUAUUUUAGUUAUAUUUUACAUUUAUGCUGGUUUGCCUUUUUUAACAUUUUUUGUUUCUGUAGAUGUGCUUUUGUAUUUAAUUUUUGAAAGAAUCUUUAUUUGUAAAUCUGGUUAAUGUUCUGCCUGGUUUAUCAUUUGAAAAAAUAAGAAAAAUUAUGGCUUGGAUCAGACCCAUUGCUCUUUUUAUUUUGUUACAUAAGCCAAAUUUAAAACACUGGCAAGUCUGUUGUUUCAUUAGAAAUUAAUUUGCCAUAAUCAAAAUGCAAAACCAAUAAUGAGUGUAUGUUUACAAGAAUAGUUUACCAUUCAAACUUCUGCGUUGUUUCUUUGGUAGGAACAUGAAAUGCAUAAACAAUUUUUUUUAACAAUAGUCUUUUAUUCCUGGUGAUACACUUUAAUUAUUCUAUUGAAGAAUAAUAUAAGACCUGGUCAUAGUCUAAAAGCCGUAGAGGAAUUUCCUAGUGACAUUGCUUAUUACAUGGACAUUUUUACUUGUGUCCAAAACAGAAUGGGAAGGUCCUAGAAUGAGCUCCUUAUUUGUCAGCUUGUAUUCUUGACAUCUUGUGUCCAAAACAGAAUGGGAAGGUCCCAGAAUGAGCUACUUAUUUGUCAGCGUGUAUUCUUGACAUCUUGUGUCCAAAACAGAAUGGGAAGGUCCUAGAAUGAGCUCCUUAUUUGUCAGCUUGUAUUCUUGACAUCUUGUGUCCAGAACAGAAUGGGAAGGUCCUAGAAUGAGCUCCUUAUUUGUCAGCUUGUAUUCUUGAUAUCUUGUGUCCAAAACAGAAUGGGAAGGUCCUAGAAUGAGCUCCUUAUUUGUCAGCUUGUAUUCUUGACAUCUUGUGUCCAAAACAGAAUGGGAAGGUCCUAGAAUGAGCUACUUAUUUGUCAGCUUGUAUUCUUGACAUCAGUUUUAUAGGCUGUAAGCAUGGACUGUUGUAUCCCAUGAUUUGGGCUUGGACAAACUCACACUUAUGUUGUAACCUGCCUGAAUGGGACGCCCUUGUUUAGUGUCCUAAAUCAUUCUGUCUGUUUCGUGUGGUGCAUCCCUCACAAUUCUUCUGUGCAUGUCUGACCUUUAGCAGGUCGUCUAUUUGUGACUGUUUUACGAGAUUUCUCCUAUUUUUUUUAGCUUCGUCUGCCUUGUCUUGUAGCUCAUACAAAGAGUCCUUCCAUAGCACUUGCCUUUUCCUGUGUUUGUCUAGAUCAUUACUAUAGUUCUGUUUUCUCUGUUUUUUAAAACAGUUUCUAUAAAAAGCUCUGUGGACACAAUUAUUGAAUCUUGUGAGCUGCUCAGUGGUAAUCUCUAAAUAGCAACGUUAAAGCAAAAUUUUGCUCAGUUAAAUAGUCAUCCAAAUUAAUGUGCAUCUUUGUCAAGACUCGAAAUAAAUUUAUAUUUUCAUGUCAUAGAAAUAAGCCUCAGAAAUGAUACUUAUAAAAACUCAUGGACCUCCAUACAUUUCUCAGAAAUGAUAUGAAAACUCAUGAAAGUCCAUGCAUUUCUCAGAAAUUACACUUAUGAAAACUCAUGGAAAUCCAUGCAUUUCUCAGGAAUUAUACUUAUGAAAACUCAUGGAAGUCCAUGCAUUUCUCAGAAAUUAUACUUAUGAAAACUCAUGGAAGUCCAUACAUUUUCCAUUUCUGUGGCUCACCAAGGUAAACUCUUCAAUUCUUUUAGGGGGUUGGUCUCACAAGCCAUGUUUCUUUAUUGCAGGCGGUGAGAGAAAAAAGUGGUACCGCUAUGCAGACAACAUUGGCUCCCGCAACCCUUGGGUCCAGAAACUGUUCACAGAGUUCCGAGAAGAAGCCGUGAAGCUAAGGCGGGUCGUUGAGUCAUCUCCCAUGCAUUCGUCGUCAUCAGCUCCUUCCCUGCUUGCCAACCAGCCAAUGCCUUCAUCCCCUGGUGCUACCAACAAAAGAAAUCUUUCACCUUCAAACAGCAAGUCGGUUCAGUCAAGUCCAGGUACGUACGUCCAUUCACAACAGCAAGUCGGUUCAGUCAAGUCCAGGUAUGUAUGUCCAUUCACAACAGCAAGUCGAUUCAGUCAAGUCCAGGUACGUGCCAACCUGAUUGAGAUGAUAUAUAUUUAAAUAACAAGUGCACUUGUUGUUUUGAAUCAGGCCUUGGUUUAUUUUAUUACUUUCUCAAAAGAUCUUCAGUGUGGCUGUAAUCAACAGUUGUUAGAAUGACCAAUAGAUCUUGAGUUGUUAAAAUGACCAAUAGAUCUUGAGUUGUUAAAAUGACCAAUAGAUCUUCAGUUGUUAAAAUGACCAAUAGAUCUUGAGUUGUUAAAAUGACCAGAAGAUCUUCAGUUGUUAAAAUGACCAGCAGGUCUUCAGUUGUUAAAAUGACCACUAGAUCUUCAGUUGUUAAAAUGACCAAUAGAUCUUGAGUUGUUAAAAUGACCAAUAGAUCUUGAGUUGUUAAAAUGACCAAUAGAUCUUCAGUAGUUAAAUAACCAAUAGAUCUUCAGUAGUUAAAAUGACCAAUAGAUCUUGAGUUGUUAAAAUUACCAAUAGAUCUUCAGUAGUUAAAAUGACCAAUAGAUCUUCAGUAGUUAAAAUGACCAAUAGAUCUUGAGUUGUUAAAAUGACCAAUAGAUCUUGAGUUGUUAAAAUGACCAAUAGAUCUUCAGUAGUUAAAUAACCAAUAGAUCUUCAGUAGUUAAAAUGACCAAUAGAUCUUGAGUUGUUAAAAUUACCAAUAGAUCUUCAGUAGUUAAAAUGACCAAUAGAUCUUCAGUAGUUAAAAUGACCAAUAGAUCUUGAGUUGUUAAAAUGACCAAUAGAUCUUCAGUUGUUAAAAUAACCAAUUGAUAUAAUAAAUAAUAGUUAAGUUCUAAAAGUUUCUGCUAUUAAGUUGUUACAACUUCCAACAAUUAAGAUAACUCACUUGAUCGCUCACAACAACAAUGGGAGUUAAUCAUGAGUUAACAGUCAUGUUACAUAUCACAUUAUGUCUUUGUUACAAUUGGAGUUUAACCUAGAUAGUUUUACUUACUUUAUAUAAUUGACAAGGGGGCUUUGUUAUGUAUGCAUGAAUACAAACAUGUCUUUGUGUCAAUGACAGUUAGACCUAGAUAUGUUUACUUAUUUUAUAUAACAGACACAUGGGCUUGUUAUGUAUGCAUGGAAUACAAUACUAAACAUGCUCGUUAUAUGUCGACCAAUCAGUUGCAAUUAUUUGUUAACAUCAAGUUAAUUAAAUUGCUGCCUAUUAAACUUUUAAAAAAGAGCGUUUAUAAUAUCUAUGAAUAAAAUAUAAAUCCAUGAUGUAAAAUAUGGUUAAUCCACCUUACGUCAAGUUAAGUUUCACUGUCUCUCAGUACACGGCCCAAAUCAAGCUCAGAGAAAUUCCUUAGGUUCUAGAUCUGCCCAAGCUUCCCCCCAACACCAGGCUCAGGUCGCCCCACACCAGGCUCAGGUCAACAAGAGCUCCACCCGACUGUUGGAAAGCUGUUUUGUUUUCAAGGUUUGUCAUGUUCUUUAAUAAAAAAAAUAUACAUAUACCAGCUGUAAAGUACGGCGUGAUUCCUCAUUGUGGGCUUGUUUGGACUCUGGAGUGACCCGUUUUUCUGGGCUUUGGAUUGGCCUAUGCACCAUGUUGGCCUGCCUUGCCCACCCUGUGUUUUGUGUGUGCUUUUUGUGGACUUUGUUACCCAACCUAUCGUUACCCAACCUAUCGUUACCCAACUUAUCGUUACCCAACUUAUCGUUACCCAAUCUAUCGUUACCCAACCUAUCGUUACCCAACCUAUCGUUACCCAACCUAUCCAGCAGUCAUUAAAGUAUUUGCCAUUGUUCAAUGGUUAGAAUUUAUUAAUUGCCCACAAAAUAAAAUCGGGUUUCUAUAAAACACAAUGUAUUUUAUGCACAUGACAAAUGUAUGUUAAUUAAUUUGUAUGUAAUUGCCUUAUAUGCGCAGCAGAAAAUACAUUUACUAAAUGUUUCCAACUAUAAUUAUUUACCCAUUGGUCCUUGUUUUAUCUCAUUUUUCCAGCUCUAAAGUUGUAUGCCAAGGGAUUUAAUAUAAUUCAACCACCGUUACAAAUUAUUGUUAUCCUUGAAAUCACAACCACCGGUACAAAUUGUUACCCCUGAAAUCACAACCACCGGUACAAAUUUUUACCCUUGAAAUCAAAACCACCGUUACAAAUUGUUACCCCUGAAAUCAAAACCACCGUUACAAAUUGUUACCCCUGAAAUCAAAACAACCUUUCAAAUUUUUACCCCUGAAAUCAAAACCACUGUUACAAAUUGUUACCCCUGAAAUCAAAACCACCGUUACAAAUUGUUACCCCUGAAAUCAAAACCACCGUUACAAAUUAAUGUUAUCCCUGAAAUCAAAACCACCGUUACAAAUUGUUACCCCUGAAAUCAAAACCACUGUUACAAAUUGUUACCCCUGAAAUAACAACCACCGGUACAAAUUGUUACCCCUGAAAUCACAACCACUGCUACAAAUUGUUACCCCUGAAAUCACAACCACCGUUACAAAUUGUUACCCCUGAAAUCCCUUGGUGCGGCAACAUCCACUCUGGAAUUAUUGUUUUAGAUAAUAUAUCUAAACAAGCACACAAGAUUUUUCCAUAAAAAUAAUUCCAAAAAUUUAUUGCAAAAGGGACAUCCAAAGCCAUAUUUUAUGGCCAUGUUCAGAAAACAAUACACAGUAAAUACUAAAAAGGACAUCCAGUGCCAUAUUUCAUGACCAUGUUCAGGAAACAAUGGUAGGGAAAAUAUUUAUAAGAUUACUAGCAGCGGCGAUAUUUACUCUCAUGGGGCGUCAGGACCAUAUCCCUUUUGUAAGAGCAGACAUAUGUCUGAAUGGGGGUUAAAUAGCAGUGCUGUACACCCUUAUACAGGUCUGCACCAUGGUGCAUCCAUCUUCUGACUAAUUAUGUGUAAGUUUUGUCUUGAUGAGUUCACAAUGGAACACAACACACACCAUCUCAUUUAACCUUUUCACAUCCCAAACACUUUCCUUGGACCACCUGGAUCCAGGCAUUUCUGCCAUCCUACCCAAUCUUCGGAACACAUCUAUCAAAAAUAAUUUCACAGCAUCCUUCAUAAUUACCGACAUCGCAUUACUACAAUAAGGAUUGUAGUUUAGUGAACUAUUUAUUUUAAUGAUCGUUAUGUUGCCCUAAACAGUUUGAUCUCAUCAAUGUCCUCCAGCAUUGGCCAGUUGGUCUCAUCUGACACCUGUUCAAUUCAAUGUUUCCAGGUGGAAGACAUGACCAUCUACAUGGUGUCCAUGCCCGGCCAGAAGAGAACGGGGCCCAAGAAGUUGUUGUGCUCAGACAAGCAAAAGCUGCACUUGCCUCCAGAGAUGUCUAUGCUCCAUGUUGAGUACACAGACUAUUUCUUCCCCGAGGGGCUGGAGUAUCCAGGUAGGUGUUCCUGUCAUUUUCUCAACAACAGACAAUAAUUUAGUUCAAGGGAAUUUUUUUUAAACUAUCAUCCCUGACAGCUCUGGCAAGAGGAUAAGUCUGUUUUAAAUCCUUUAUUUUAACUUUUCUUUUGUUCGUGACUGACUAAAUCUUCUAGCAACUAAUUGACGCAAUUCCUGUCAACCUAUGGAGCUGAAACUUGGUACACAGACUCAUUUCCAAUGACAACACAUUCUUUCAAAUUUUCAGCCCCAACCCCAAAAAAUCAAAUUUUCUUGUUUUUCAAGGAGAAGAUGAAUGAAAUAGAGUGACACUGAUUUCACAAAAUAAAAAUCCUGAUGACUGCUUUAAGUGAGAUUCUUUUUAAAAAAAUAUCGCCAGUGCGUUUGGUGCGUAAUAUUUUCUUUUGUUUUUUUUGAAAUGGUGAAGUAAAUCUGCGGUGUAUUACCGGGUGGGUCAUUAGAAUAGACAGUGAGUCCAAGACAGUGAGUGGUAUACAUUACUUGUAUGUGUGUGACUUCACAGUACUUGUAUGUGUAUGACUUCACAGUACUCCUUGUGUGUGACUUCAGUGGUUGUAUGUGUGUGACUUCACAGUACUUGUAUACGUGUGACUUCACAGUACUUGUAAGUGUAUGACCUCACAGUACUCAUUUGUGUGUGACUUCACAGUACUUGUAUACGUGUGACUUCGCAGUACUUGCAUGUGUGUGACUUUACAUAACAUGUAUGGUUAAAUGGUGAGACCCUGUGUCACCAUGUGGAUGAAAUUGUUGCACCCACCAAAAUAUGUCAUGAUCCCUAAUGUCGGCUAUGCAGCAUUUUGUCAAGGCAAUGUCAUAAUUAAUUGACAAGUAGAACGUCAGGAUAGGCUGCAUCUGUAUUUAUUAUUGUCACCCAUCAUCCUCUAAAGUCAUGCGUUAGAUAUAUUGCAUUGUAACUACAGAACAUGGAAUAUGUUGCCAUUUUAAUGACUUCAUCAUUCAGUUAACAUUUGAUUUGGCAUGACUAAAGAAGCCUUAAUGUUAUGUCCACACAAUAAUUAUUAAAUUAAAAAGAAAAUAAAUCAUCAACUUGAAGCAAACAGUUCCAAGUCCAAGAAUGCAUUAAGUGUUGAUUUUACUCAAACCCUGGUGGUAUUGCACAUGUCCCUGGCCUGAAAGUCUAAAUGACAUUUUCAGCUAUGUCAUUCUGCUGGUCACAUGGUUUGAUUGUGCCUGGCCCUGUUUGAAGAUGGCUGAUUUCAGCAGGGCCCUGUCUCGUGUUGUCUUCUUUCUUACAUGCCAGGAAGGCCCUCCACAUGGCCUUGAUUUUUGUGUUCAUCAGGGCGUAUAUGAUAGGAUUAGUGGCGGUGUGAGACCAAGAGAUGUAGAUUACUGCAGUGUACACAGCCGGGGGGGUCCAUCUCAGGCAAGGAUCCACCGCGCUUGUCACCAGGAAUGGAAUGUAGGUGACGGAGAAAUUGAUGAGGAUGGCGCUGAUCAUUUUAAUGAGCUGUGCGUUGCGGGCCUGGCCUCUGAAUCUGACGGCGGCCUCCAACGCGGACGAGGUUGUCUUUCUUCUGGAUUUGAAGUGCACCAGGAAGAUGGACGAAUAGCAGUAGACUGAGACAAGGGAGAUGAAUGUGAUGAAAGCAAUGCUCAGCACGGCCUGGAACCCUAUCCCUCCAUGAGUGUUGAUAAGUGUGCAGUAGCCUUUCCGUGGGUCGUAGCCGUAUUGGUCCCACACACGUACUAGUGGCACAACAUAAAGGGCUGUGGAUAUAAGCCACGGCAGGCCUAAUAAAAGGAAUAAUUUCACCAUCUCCCAAUGAUGUGAGCCGGUGCCCUUUUUGGAAUGGUGCACUAUGGCCAUGUACUGGCUGAUGUUGAUGCCCAUGAGGGUUAUGCACUCUGUGGUUAUUCCCACAUACAGGACAUAGCCGAACCCCUCACAUACUAUGUCACCAAAGAGCCAGUUUUCGUGGAAGCUGUUCGCCGCAAUCAUGGGCAGGAUGAUCAGUGUGCUUACCAAGUUGGCCAGACAAAGGUCAACAAUCAAGGCCAUGGUGGGCCCGCUGCGGUACAGCCGGUUCUUGUAAAUUAAGUAGAUGGAGACGGUGUUGCCCAGUGUCCCGACCAGGCCCAGGAUCACGGAGGCAGCAAAGUGAAAGUUUCUCAAGUCUCUGCUCAUGGUGAAAGUCUCAUUGAGUGAACACAUGCCUUCGAGAGCCCAGCCGUAUUCACGACAGCAUCCAAAAUGGUGGCACGUCUAUAAUGUUGUCAUGAUUACCUGAGAGGAAAAAAAAUUAAUCAGGAAUUAGACUCUUAUUAGCUGCCGUGACCAAAAUGUUUACGUUCUGUCCGUACACAAUAAAGGUAUUGAGAAUGCUAAAAAAACAAUGAUGUUUUCAGCUUAAUCCCAUCGGGAUGUUUUUCUCAUGUUUCAAGUGAAGUGCGAGUCAAUGUUUCAUUCCAUUAGACACACCCACAAACAGGAUCUAUUGAAACCCCUUUGAAGUGAAGUGUAAAAAUGUUCUCCCUUUGAGCUAUCCAAGUAAAGUGUUAACAAAUCAAUGCUGUGUGGUUUAUGUGUUGUGGUAGCUGCCACCCAGCCCCCCUUCCCCCUUAUAAACACACACACACAAUGCCAGAAGAGAUAAAAGAUCUUUAACUUUGACAUUUUUUUUAGCAAAUUCAGUAGGGUAUUUAUUUCUGCCAUUAAGCAACAGUAAGCAGCUACCUAUUUCCCAGCAAUGUGGACACCCUAAGCUUCACUGCAUUAGGCAUUGGACAGUGGUUCCCAAACUAAAGCUUCACUGCAUAUGGCAUUGGACAGUGGUUCCCAAACUAAAGCUUCACUGCAUAUGGCAUUGGACAGUGGUUCCCAAACUAAAGCUUCACUGCAUAUGGCAUUGGACAGUGGUUCCCAAACUAAAGCUUCACUGCAUAUGGCAUUGGACAGUGGUUCCCAAACUAAAGCUUCACUGCAUAUGUCAUUGGACAGUGGUUCCCAAACUAAAGCUUCACUGCAUAUGUCAUUGGACAGUGGUUCCCAAACUAAAGCUUCACUGCAUAUGGCAUUGGACAGUGGUUCCCAAACUAAAGCUUCACUGCAUAUAGCAUUGGACAGUGGUUCCCAAACUAAAGCUUCACUGCAUAUGGCAUUGGACAGUGGUUCCCAAACUAAAGCUUCACUGCAUAUGGCAUUGGACAGUGGUUCCCAAACUAAAGCUUUACUGCAUAUGGCAUUGGACAGUGGUUCCCAAACUAAAGCUUUACUGCAUAUUGCUUAGGACAGUGGUUCCCAAACUAUUUUUCCCUUCAUUUUAAUUUUAGGAAGAUGAAAAAUACUCCUUAAAAAAAUAUAGCCGUUCAACUGAAAGUUCUAUAUCAACAACAUAGGAUGAAUCAACAGCCUAAGUUGUAUCAAUAGCAUAGGUUGUAUCAAAAGCAUUGGUUGUUUCCAGGGCAAAUGUAUCAGAAAUAGAAGAACUAGGCAUCCUAGACUUGAAUUCAUUGACAGGACAAAACAUUUUAACGUUUCGGCUUAGAGCCUUCAUCAGAAAACAAGACAAAAAGAAGUAUGACAAAUGUCAGGAUUCAGCCUGCAAGGCCAUGUCAUCCGGUCUGCCGACGGUAAUUGAACUUUCUUGAUAAAAUGUCUGGAACACGAUGGUGUGAUACAACUUAAAAUUUCAUUAUUAUGUUUAGAAUAUUAGAUCUUCACACGUGCGGAGACCUCCUGGCUGCUAUGCGCCGUAAUUUACCCUUUUCUAUUAUUGUGUCUUGAUUUUCUUUUUUUAUUACGGACCUGUUUACCCUCAAACUCCAAAAAUCGUACAAUAUCGUCUCAAAAUUGUACAGUACAGUACCUUAAUAUUAAAUAAAUAAACAUACAGUAUGUAAAAUUAAUAUAAUAACUAUCGACAUUGCAGUGCUUAGUGGGAUCGAGCUAAGAUCGCCACAAAAGUUAUCUACUAAAAGUAGAUGACCGACGUUUAUAAUACAAUCUGGGGUCACUUUGUUUUGCAGACAUGUAUUUGCUAUUGAUAUUAAUUUAUAUUGAAUGGAGGUACAGAGCACAUUAUCACAGUCUAUCACUGGUAAAAAAUAAAGUUACUCUGAUAUUUAAGGUGAUUCAAACUCGAACUCAGAUCAGCAUAAAACAAGAAGUAUUUAAAUAAGAAUUAAUGAACAAAUGAUGACAUCAUUUAAAAAAACUAGCAAGUAACUUGAGGUUUUUGUUUUUAGGGAAAGCUGGUUUAAAAAUAUUAUAAAAUAAGAAUCAAUUUCCAUUAAGCCUUUUCCCUCUAAUAUACUAUAGUCUGAUAACUACCACAAACCUGUAAAUGGGUGAAAGAAAGAGGAGUGUUGGAAACGUAAGAUGAAAUUAAAAAUCGUAGUUGCCACAGUUGAAACUAACAGCCCUUCGGCAAGUUCAGUUUUUCGGAGAAUAGAAGACCUUGGAGAGAACUUAGUGCUACAGAUAUGUGAGAAAUACAUGGUAUUCUCUGGCGCUGGAUGAGUCUACUGAUCUCUCACAACUUCUCAUGUUUAUUUAUGGUGUCAAUUAGGACUUUCAGAUAAUGGAAGAUUUGGCAUCCAUUUGCAGCAUGCAUGGAACAACUUGUACAUGUGAAGUCAACACAUCGAACAAGAGGGAUUGAUGAACAUUUGAAAACAAUUCUUUUGAUUGGAUGCAGGAAAUGCAAACCAAACAUUGAUGAUAUCUUGAAAGCCAAGCGUCGGUUUCACAAAUCUCACUAAACUUUUUUGCUGCUUAGUUUGUGAGAUUCGAAUAUGUGCGCACUAGGUCUGAUGUAACUAUCUUUUUGGCUAAUGUCGCCUUCUUUGCUAACUUUUUAGUAAAUAAAUAUUUUGCUUGUAUUUGUUUUUUUGCAUUGCACAGCACUCACCCAUGAUUAACAUGGAAUACUAAACCUUAGUUUUUCGUCUUUUAUCCCAGAGCUUUUGUUCUUGCUUGCAAGUAUUGUACAGAAUGAUUAUCCGGCCUGCAUUCGUCAAUUUUUUCCAUUAUCCCGCCCGCCGUGAAAAAAGUUUGGUGACCCCCUGAUCUAGAUCAAUAAUAAAACUCUUAACUGAAUUGUCAACUAAAUGAUCCUAAUGUUGGAUGAAUCAAAUGCCUUCAUCUAGAUCACUAAUGAAGCACAGAACACUGAGUUAAGCCUCUUCCACCUUCAAUUGUGGGGCGGAGAAUGGAAACUUUCAAAUCUCUCACAUUAAGCUUUACAAAUAAUUCAAGCAAUUUCUGCAGCUUCAGUUUCAAGCUAAGAAAACUGUCAUAAAUAUUCUUGGUAUAACAAGAUUGAGUUUAGUUUGUCCAAAUUUGGUUUGAGUACUUUAGGGCUACAUAACACAUUAAGAUCAACACAUUUAUUCAAAGUAACAUUUGACAACUAUUAUAAUCUGAGGCUUGUUCACAUUCUUGCUUGUUUUAUGAGCCAAUAUCUCAAUUAUAUGGGGCCAACUAACCACAAGUACUCAUUGGAAAAUUUCUGGUGUGUAGAGUAAGACUGUCAGAGAAAAAAAUCUAUAAUGAUUGGCCUCACCUGACUCCUCCUUGAAAUGACUUGAAUGGUAGAACUGUGUUUUAUGGACAUGUCAUUCCAAGACAUGUCAUUGUCUCACAUCAAAUGUCAAUCCAAGACAUGUCAUUGUCUCACAUAUUUCAAUCUCACUCCAAGAAAUGUCCCACACCAUCUCCCACUAUAAAACCUGUGUUUAAUCCAGUAGCCAUAUAACAACCAGUCCAGAGUUUGCACAUUUACUGAUUGAAUCAAGGACAGAGAGUGAGCUGUGAAGGUGGUGGCUGGGGUCCAAUGAUUCUCACAUAGUUACAGUCAGCCCAGAGUUUGCUCAUUUACUGAUAGAAUCAAGGACAGAGAGUGAGCUGUGAAGGUGGUGGCUGGGGUCCAAUGAUUCUCAGAUAGUUAGUCAGCCCAGAGUUUGAUCAUUUACUGAUAGAAUCAAGGACAGAGAGUAAGCUGUGAAGGUGGUGGCUGGGGUCCAAUGAUUCUCACAUAGUUACAGUCAGCCCAGAGUUUGCUCAUUUACUGAUAGAAUCAAGGACAGAGAGUGAGCUGUGAAGGUGGUGGCUGGGGUCCAAUGAUUCUCACAUAGUUACAGUCAGCCCAGAGUUUGCUCAUUUACUGAUAGAAUCAAGGACAGAGAAUCAAGGACAGGGUGUGAGCUGUCAUGAUGGUGGCUGGGGUCCAAUGAUUCUCACAUAAUUACAGUCAGCCCAGAGUUUGCUCAUUUACUGAUAGAAUCAAGGACAGAGAAUCAAGGACAGGGUGUGAGCUGUCAUGAUGGUGGCUGGGGUCCAAUGAUUCUCACAUAGUUACAGUCAGCCCAGAGUUUGCUCAUUUACUGAUAGAAUCAAGGACAGAGAAUCAAGGACAGGGUGUGAGCUGUCAUGAUGGUGGCUGGGGUCCAAUGAUUCCCACAUAGUUACAGUCAGCCCAGAGUUUGCUCAUUUACUGAUAGAUUCAAUGACAGAGAAUCAAGGACAGGGUGUGAGCUGUCAUGAUGGUGGCUGUGGUCCAAUGAUUCCCACAUAUUUGCCAUAAUUAAAUAACAUAAAUUUAAUAAGAGCUUUAAGAGGAUAUUCUUUUUAAAUUAAAAAAAAAAUAAUAAUAAAGAGAGCAAAAAUUGAGCCAUAAAUAUAAGAAAACAACGUAUAGAUGGAAAACACCCCACUUUGCCACUCCCUAAUGUACUCACUAUUAAAUGCUUCUCAAGCACAACACUUAGAACUGUUUAAAAGAAAUAAACUCAGGAUCCCAUCCCAUGGAACACAAUUUAAUUUUGAUAACUUAUAAAAGGUUCUCUCUUAAUUUAAUCAAAACAUUCAAUAUUUUAUGCAGUACUUUCUCAGUUCCAUUUGAAGAAAAAAAUCCUUUUAAAAAAAUGACAGGUCGGAUUUUUCCCUCAUCCUAUUAACAGCAAAACAAAUUUCUGUCCCCAUUUGAAACAGCAUUUAUUUGACACAUCUGACGGCCAGUCCAACAGCCACUCGGCCAGUCCAACAGCCACUCGGCCAGUCCAACAGCCACUCGUACUUCUGACAGACAUGCAAACCUGGCAGUCAGACACAUGACUGGUCCUACCCUUUUUCCAAUCAGAUCUAUGGCAGUCUUAAGAAAACUGACAUUGGAGAUAAUGAGCACACAGCCAUGAUGUGGCUACAGAAGAAUAGGACUGGAAUUACGGCUUGGAGAAUGCUAUAGAAUUUUACUGUUUUAAUAACAACCCGGAGAUGUGGUGCAAUAAGGUGGUUUGUUUCUCUGAUGUUUGUCCAUCUAUAAUGCAUGUAAGUUGUGUUACGAUACACAAGCAGACCAAUGAGUUCUGUUUGAAAACACCAGGACACAGUGUUUACCUAAGAUGGAUCCUUAGAUUACUGACAGGCUGGUGGAGAUUUGUUUACUCAAGCAUCCAACAAAAGUUGAUGACAUAAAGCAUUUAUGGUAGUUCAAAUAUCAUGUUCUUUUAUGACGGCUUCAACAUCACUUGCUUAUACAUAUAUAUAUAUAUGUGUGUGUGUGCAUGUAUGUAUACAUGUUUCCUAGUUGUGUUAUCUGUGAGUGGCAUCUGGCUAUGUUGUGUUAUCUGUGAGUGGCAUCUGGCUAUGUUGUGUUAUCUGUGAGUGGCAUCUGGCUAUGUUGUGUUAUCUGAUUCUGUGAGUGGUAUCUGGCUAUUUUGUGUUAUCUGUGAGUGGCAUCUGGCUAUGUUGUGUUCCCUGUGAGUGGCAUCUGGCUAUGUUGUGUCCUCCGAGUGACAUCUGGCUAUGUUUGUGUCCUCUGAGUGACAUCUGGCUAUGUUUGUGUCCUCUGAGUGACAUCUGGCUAUUGAGUGGCAUCUGGCUACAGUGUGUCUUAUCAGCAUUAGGUCAACCAUAGUUUUGAUUAACAACCAGCCCUUCCUUAUCAGUAAUUGUAUUCUUGGUCUUUUCUUUGUGGUGUGAGCACACUUGAGACAAGGGCUGGAAUACUUGACAUUGUGAUAAGCUCAGUGGCAGGACUUAACAGUUAGAUGUGCAUCCAUUUCAUCCCACGCCAUGGAUUACUCUCCCUAACGUCCAUCCUUAUUCCAUCUUUUGAUAGAACUGUAUUUGAUGCCCCUAAUGGUCAUGGAACAGAUUCCAUUGUUGAAUAAUGAUUUCAAAAAAUGAAUGGUUUGAACCGUGAUCGUAAGAAUGAACGUCCAACCAAAUAACAUGCAAGCUGUUCUUAACUUCAAAGAUUGACUUCUAAUUUUAAAAUCUCCCACAAUUCCUCACCCACUUUUCAGGAUGUUACAUGAUGUGUUCUUCUGGUGCCCAGUUUUCAAGCCAAAAAUGAAAUGACCAUUUGGUCCUUACUUCUGAGAAAUGGUUGGCAAUAAGCUGUUGACAGAAAUAGUUAAUCCAUAAUUAAUUGCAGGUUAAUUGAUGCUCUAAUGAAUGUUUACAUCCCUAGGAUAUCUCUGCUUAAUCCAGGGGCUUCCUCAACUCUUUGAAAGGUUCAGUGAUUAGCACAUUUGGUCAACACACCAAGUAGUUUUGUCAUGCUUGAUGUUCACAUGUUUAACUCAUCCCAUUGAUGGGUUGGUUCUCAAACUUGUUGAAUCACUUAAACUCAUACUUUGUUGGAGUGGUUCUCAAACUUGUUGAAUCACUUAAACUCAUACAUUGGUGGAGUGGUUCUCAAACUUGUUCAAUCACUUAAACUCAUACAUUGGUGGAGUGGUUCUCAAACUUGUUCGAUCACUUAAACUCAUACAUUGGUGGAGUGGUUCUCAAACUUGUUCGAUCACUUAAACUCAUACAUUGGUGGAGUGGUUCUCAAAUUUGUUCGAUCACUUAAACUCAUACAUUGUUGGAGUGGUUCUCAAACUUGUUCAAUCACUUAAACUCAUACAUUGGUGGAGUGGUUCUCAAACUUGUUCAAUCAGUUAAACCAGAGGUCUCAAACUCAAAUCAUUUGGGGGCCGCAGGAGGUAGAGUCUGAGUGAGACAUUUUUUCACAAAAAAAGAAAAAAUGCAAUUACAAAAUAAUUACAAUUAAAGGGUUCUCAAGAACAAGGCUUCACUUUCUUCCUCCUACUCCGUGUUGUCAGAGGCCUGGCAGCGCUUCUUCUUACACAGCUUAGAAACAUUUUGCUUGAGUGAAGAAGCAACUGAGACCCUCAAUAUAGAUUGAAGAUGCUCGUCAGUAAGUUUCGUUCUGAACUUUGACUUGUUAAAUUUCAUAGUGGAAAAGAGCUUUUCACACACAUAGCUACUCCCAAAAGGGCACAUGAUCCGCUUGAACAACCUGGAAAUCUCAGGGAAGGUGGAGGACAAUGCUCUCAUAAAUUGUCCAUGCUAGACUGUCUUUCCAUUCAUCUCCCUUAACUUAGAAUUGCACUGAAGAUCAAUCAGCUCCAUUUGAAGUGCAAGGAGGAGGGCAUCUUCCACAUUAAUGGAGAAAGGGUCAGCAAAAAUUUAAAAAAUGGCUCUGUGUGUUUUAAGUCUAAAAAUAUGUGAUCAAAUUCUUUCUGUAGCUGUGCAAAGUGCCUGAAUCCAUGAGUACUUUGCAUGUUGGGAAAUGGCAGAGGUUUCUAUCAGUUUUGUGCGGAAUGCCCUGACAUUGUCAUAGGCAACACUGACAAGCUGCCCCUGGUCUUGUAACUUCUUGUUGAGUACAUUCAGCUCCUGUGUAAUGUCAACAAGAAAAGCCACUUCCAUGAGCCAUUUGGGAUCACUUAGUACAGGAACAACCACCCCAUCCUUCUCCAUGAAGUCUUUAGAUCCUAAAACAUGUUCAAACAAUAUGCAGGAGACGGCAAUAUUUAUGAAUUAUUGAUGCGAAGGAAGAUGCUAUUGUAGGAAGAAUGAAUUUUGAUUUUUGAUCGUAGAAAAGGCCUUUUGACUAAACUUACUUUAAAAGUCAUCUAGAUGACAAGCUCGGGAUUUUCCUCACUCAUAAACACUAGCGGCGAUUUUAAUUGGGACUCUUUGAUACUGUGUCAGAUUGCUACGAUCUACACAAUUACGGUUGUGCUUUACCCUCUAACUGACCUUUAAAACUUUUCUCAAAACAGCUCUUUGGUCAAUACGGUCAUGUUUGUCGAAUAAAGUGCUAUAAAAUUAAAACCAUUUUAAAACGGUUUUUACCAUUCUAAUCAACGUCCAAAUCUAUACAAACAUAAUACAAAUCAGAAUGUUGUCUACCAUCUUUUCCAGCUAGAUAUUAUCUCCUAGAUGUAUAUUGGCUUGUGUUUUUUAUGGUUGCAAGGGAUGAAAGACCUUGAAAGGGUAUGCUUGUUUGUAGUUUUUUGUAGCGUUGCGUUUUGUAUUUCAGUGUGGUCAAAUAGAGAUUGUUUCGUUUAAUAUGGUUGACUUUGUAUCGCGCUUCGAUAAAGCAUGAUUUUUUUCAAAUAAACUUUAUUAUUAUUAUUAUUAUUAUUAAUAAUAUACUAGUCGUUGAGAUUCGACUGAAACUGUCGUGGACGGUCACAUUAUAGAUGUGAGAAGGGGGAAAACGCGCGGGCUGCAUUAGCACUAAAUCUUGCUGUCAUGUAGCGGACUGCAAAAUAUCAUCUUGUGGGCCGCGAGUUUGAGACCCCUGACUUAAACUCAUACAUUGUUGGAGUGGUUCUCAAACAUGUUCAUUCACUUAAACUCACACACUGUUGGAGUGGUUCUCAAACAUGUUUAUUCAUUUAAAUUCAUGGUUCUCAAACUCAGAACAUUUAAUUAACUUAUCAAAUUCAUGUAGUUGUUAUAAAUCUUGUUCAGCACCAGGACACUUCUUUAACCAGUCAUAUUGAUGUAGUCGAUCUCAAACUUGUUCAGCCCCAGGACAGUUCUUUAACCAGUCAUAUUGAUGUAGUCGAUCUCAAACUUGUUCAGCCCCGGGCUGCAUAAAUUAAUUAAAUAUUUGAAAAGUAGCUUAACUUAAAAGACAAUAAUAUUUUAUACUUUUUACACUAGAAAAAUUAAAUGUUUCCAUAUCUAAAACCAUAAUGAGGACUUGAGUUUAUAUUUUCCCACGGAGAGGAUUUCUCCAUUAAUUGCCAGAAUUGAUCUUAUUUAACUUAUCUGACAUUCUGAACUAAAGAAUAAUUUAAAUGAUAAGUGGUUUAUGAAAUGGCUUACAAAACAGAAAUGCUUGAGAAACACUGAACUUAAAAAUAAAAAAUUUGCAUCACAUAGAAAAGAAUAAUAAAAGAAAAGAGCUGGGGGGUGGAAGAGGGAGUUGGGCGGAAUAGUUUAAUCAGUAAAACAUAAAAGCCCUGAAAGUAUGAAUAUUUCAUAUCCUUGAAAACCUUUGUUUGCCCAGGAUGGCUGUGGGAGCAUUGAGUUUGUUUGAUGAGAUUUGUCUAAUACUUGUUUGUAAAUGCUUGUUUUAAAAACUUGACAUUCAUCCAUUGGCAGCCUUAAAAAAGGUUGGCCCAUUCGUCAAGACAACUCAUGCUGCCAAAGGGAAAAACAAAUACGUAAAAAUAAUGGAUCAAUAAGCAAUAUAAAAUAAAAGGAAGAAAACAAAAUAAGUGAAACAAUAAGUUUAAAGUAGAAUUAAGAAACAUCUUUUUGGUCAAUAGCAUAAGUCAAAGCUUUGUUUGCUUUUCCAAAGAAUAGCCGUUGCAAAAAAGGUUUCCAUUUAUUUGGUGUUGGGGAAAAUGUCAUUAUAUCUGGGUUUAAAAAAAUUGCUUUGGCUUAUACAAUCCAGAAAAUGAGAUAGCUAGCCCAGUAGUCUACUACAUAUAACACAUCUCUGGUGAUGAUAGCUACCCCAGUAGUCUACUACAUAUAACACAUCUCUGGUGAUGAUAGCUACCCCAGUAGUCUACUACAUAUAACACAUCUCUGGUGACGAGUGCAUCGAUGAGCCUGAUGAACUGAUGGAAAUUGUUGUUUUGUUUCAGUUCCACACUCCAACAUUUACGUGAUGGUCAAUCCUGUCCGUGUAACAUUGGACUUCCUCACACUGCUGUGGUCAAACGUUUUCUUGCUGACUCUCUCCAACUCCCUGGUAAGAUAUGUGUAUCAUGUUAUUUGUACCAUCAUGUUAUUUGUAUAAAUGAGACUUAUCUUCUUUGAAUACUUGUAAACAUCCCAGUUCAAAAGGGGUGGGGGGGGGGAUUUAUUAUCUAAUGCCUUUUACUUUGUAGGAAUAUAAAAAAAAAUUUAGUGUUAUUUAUUUUUCAAAUCAGAAGGCUACAAAUAAAAAAUGUAACAACAAAAUUAAAAUGAAAAUUUCAGUUGUUUUGAAAAAUAAAAUAAAAUGUUUAGAUGUUUUUACAUCUCAUCUAAAUUGAAACACCCAACUUUUUUUGUAAAACAAUAUAUAGAUCUUUGUGCUGGUCUUUACACACUUGGUGCUAAUGUCAUGUGUAACAUCUCCAUGAAGGUAUUUACACACUUGAUGAUCAUGCCCUGUGUAACCAUCUCCAUGAAGGUAUUUACACACUUGAUGAUCAUGCCAUGUGUAACCAUCUCUGUGAAGCUAUUUUCCUUGUUUAUUAAAACCACAAAGCACAAAUUGAUAAAUUCUCCAUUUCUUAACUUUGAUGAUCAGGACAUGGACUUUGAUGACAGCGCACCCAAGGAACAUGUGGACAUUAAAGCAGAAUUUCUCAUGCCAAGGGUAGGUCAUCUCAUGCUAAGGGUAGGUCAUCUCAUGCCAAGGGUAGGUCAUCUCAUGCCAAGGGUAGGUCAUCUCGUGCCAAGGGUAGGUCAUCUCAUGCCAAGGGUAAGCCAUCUCAUCCCAAGGGUAGGUCAUCUUGUGCCAAGGAUAGGUCAUCUCAUCAAAUUGUUUCAGUUCUUACUUGUUGCAGAAAUAAAUCACUCGCUAGUUUGUCUAUCUUCCUCACUUUCAUUUGUCAUUAAAAAGCUGGGAGAUACCUCUCAUCACUCUUCCCUUAAAUACUUAAGUACAGAAGAGAAUUAUGUCAGAAAAUUUUGUCUAUUUGAACAUCUCAUGUGACUUCCAUCCAUUUUCUACUUGCAGGUAAUUGCCCUGGCAGAAGAGAAAAUUGACAAUCAGCCUGACAGGCCCGAUGCAGUCCAGCUCCAAAUAUCUAAGCUGGUGGUCAGCAAUCGACGUACGGAGGACAAGAUGACCAGGGAAGAUCUCAAAGCAUUUCUCAACCAGUACAAUGCAGGGAAACUCUUUUCACAAACAGAAUUUCCAAAUGAUGACGAUCAUCAUGGCCCGGGUGAAGAGUGGAUCCCGGCAAGCAUCCGAGACCACGCUCUGGCCAAGGAUGACCCCUACAUCGAUAAAAGUGAGGAGCUUGUUUUUAUCAUCUCUACAAUUUAAUACAAGUUUGAAAUAUGAAAGAUUCAGAUAGAAACUCAGCUGACUGCAUUAACACGGUUGUUGUCAACCUUCCUAAUGCCGCGGCCCUCGAAUAUGGUUCCUCAUGUUGUGGCGACCCCCAACCACAGAGUUUUUUUUGCGUGGCUACUUCAUAACUGCAGUGUAAAGUAUUUUCCGAUGGCGUAGGUGACCCCUGUGAAAGAGUUGUUCGACCCCCAAAGGGGUCGCUACCCACAGAUUGAGAACCACUGCAUUAACAAGUUUGUGUUGAACACUGAAAGAGUCUAGCAAUCUGCAAAUCUCAAUAUAGAGUUUUAAAGGUUUGAAAAUAUGAGUCAGGCCAGGCACUUAGAUCAUUAGUUUUAAAGUUUUGUGACCAAGCACUUUUUCUUUUAGCCUGGCAAGGUUCAUGAGACUGAGAGAUUCUUGAUGCUUAAGACAAAACUGCCACAGUAAACAAUGAAUUUGGAAAGCUUAGUGCUCAGUGCAUUUUUAUGGACAACAUUAACUCAGCCACACACCAGAUUAGAGAAACAAGAUAUAUUCCUACAUAGACAUAAUAACUUUUUUUCUGUUUCAAGAUGACUUUAAACUAAAACCACUAAAUCACGAGUCUCCAACCCAUUCCAUCUACAUGGGCUUAACUGUACACUCUGCUCAGGGUGCAGAGAAACCAAUAUCUAAGAUGCAUUACUGUCCUCCUUUUAAAACCUAACAUUCUUUCAAUUGUUGGUUUCAGCUGUGAAGGUAUUACUAACAUUCUUUCAAUUGUUGGUUUCAGCUGUGAAGGUAUUACUUACAUUCUUUCAAUUGUUGGUUUCAGAUGUGAAGGUAUUACUAACAUUCUUUCAAUUGUUGGUUUCAGCUGUGAAGGUAUUAUUAAAUCACAACACGAGCGGCUUAAAACUAUCUCCGUCAGAUGCCAGCCUGCAGGACCCCCACCACGUCCACCACCACCUCCCCUUUCAUCAGCUCAAUUGUAACAGUCUCAAACGUCUGGCAGACUCCGAUAUUUGGUCUGCCGCUGCUGACCAGGUGUGGCUCGAGUUUUUGGGUGUUCCAAACAGUAAGAACCGACCCGCUCCAUUUGUGGAGGCUGUACCAAUUACGUUGUGGCUGAGCAGCAGGAUUGACCCCAAACAGUGCGACAACGUCACAAGAGCGUUCCACAACAAAGUGAACACUCUGAACCCAGCCACCCUUAACCCAACAGCCAGGAAUGGAGAAUUACACCAAGGAAUCAACGCCAGUCAGGCACCAUUGGGUCCGGUCAGCACACAGUAUGUCUUUGAUAACCCGGACAUUCAAUGUGAUAAGAAUGGUAGUGAUCAUCAUGGUGACACCAGGCACGUUUCAGGCUCUGGUGACAAACAUGUACCACAGAGACAACAAGACGGCACCGACCACAGACAUCAUGCCCACGAUGGGAAUAGCUCGGCAACAUCCCAUCAGAAGUAUCCAUUUCAAGAAGAAGACAGACGGCCAACAAAACUUUCCAUAUCGGGCUGUGAUAGCAAUGGAUCUCGAGCGAACAAUAAAAAGUUAUCUCGCGCAGACUCAUUCCAUGAGAGUGACCACUCACUCCCAGAGUGCCCCUCUCACGUGAAAGCACGCGGGGAUGAUAUUUAUGAAAGAGCGGAGCAGUGCAGUGACAGACGGAGAGGGCGGCAGAAUGCAGAUUCUGACGUUGGUUAUCAUCAGUCUCGGCACAGAAAAGAAAAACACAGAGAGGAUUCCAGAUCAAACUCGAGCCCUCCCCUUCUACCCACAGAGUCUUACAGUAGGAGAAGAGAGGAAUCAAGGGAGAGGGUUUCAAAAGAAAGGAGAAUGAGGCACAGCAGCAGUUCUAGUGCUGAAGGGGGAGGUGGUAGAAAAUCUGGAGAGGUUGAUGGAAGAUCCAGCGGUGAAGGUCAGGUGAGCUCAGAUUCCUUCAGGAGUGCGGAGGAGAGAAAGAAUGGAAGAGAUGGGCGGAGGAGUGAGGAGUAUUAUUUUGAUGAGGAAAGGGUGAAGCCUAAGAGAAGAGAAGGGAGUUCAGGAAGAUCAAAGGAUGAUAGGUUUCAUAGAUCUGGAAGUCGAGAGAGGAGGGUUUUUUAUGAGAGGCAGGUCAAAGAAGCCAACCGGAGGUCACCCAAAGAUGAGGAGGACAGAGCAUCACCAAGGGAUGUUUAUGACAGGAAGUCUGCCCGAGAUAGAAGCAGAGAGACUGUAGAGAGAAGACGUGAUAUGCUGGAAGGCACCAACUUUGAACGAUCAUCUCUAAAGUCCAACAAGCGCGACCAGAUGGAUGGCAUUCCCUUAAGCCGGCGGCUAUCACGAGAUCGUGAUGGAGGCAUGAGUGAUGAUGCUACAGACAUUCGACGCAGACGGCACAGGUCACAUAGUCGAGGAGGUGAGUCCGACGCCUCCAGGGAGAAGAGGGUCACUGACGGGGACCAUGGCAGGUCGAGGUACACACCAGAUGAUCCUGAAUUCAGGACAAGGGCAGGGGAUCCAGUAAGGUCUAAGAACUCUGAUGCAGACUGUGACAAUGAUCGAUUCAGUCCAGCAUCACACAGUUCUUUGGAGACACUGGGCCGAGACGGUGGUCAAAGCCUAGUAGCAGACGAACUCAAGGCGGGCAGCAAUCAAAGAGAAGAAAAUACAGACUCAAGACCAGAUGAAACAUGGGACCGGACCAGCAAAAGACUUCCUCCCGAGGGGUGUAAAUCACAAGAGGACGUCUGCUGUGGAUCAGGGGGGUCCAAGACUCGGCCGGAAGUCGAGAGAAAUAUCUGCGUCCUGACCAAGAUUUACGACAAGCUGAGAAUUCAGCUGAACCACUUCCAGUACUUGUUCCUGUUACGACUCUCCGAGUCAUUUGCCGCCUUUCAAAACGAUCUCACCUCCAAUCUCGGCUCUCUGACUUCCGGCGCCUCAAAGAAGCAAUCCAUCACGGAGGCCAGUCAGGCCCAGCCGCCGGCAAUCACCAUGAUUCCUCUCAUGAUCAAAGAGCUGGAGUUUGCUGUGGUCUGUCCAUAUCAGAUGCAC